GAGCUGGGGAAAAAAGUUUCAUCCGGUUAACUGUCGCUCUUUCGCUUUGCGGCGAGAGGAGAAGCGGAGGAGGAGGCAGGCCGUGCGGGCGGGCGCGGAACAGAGUCGGGGCUAAAGCGGGCGGCGUAGCGCGGUCGCGGAGCUCAACCGGGUCAAUGUGCGGACUCCCGGGACGCCGGACUGGGAAGCGCGCUCGAUGGACGGGACCAUUAAGGUAAGGGGGGGGGGAGAAACUGGGGGAACCAGGACGGAUGAAGAAGUGGAUGGAUGGAUACGGGGAGAGAGGAUCACAGGGAGCAGGCGUUGAGGGGCAGAAUUGUGAAGAGGGCUGCUGUGGCUAUUUCCGAAGGGGGAGGUCCAGAAAGGGUUAAAACCCGGCCGGCGAGCGAGAAGCACCCCCUCCUGCCCAUUCUCCUCUCCUUGCUACUUGGCUUGCGCGGCGCCGGCUGCGAUCCUACGCAAAGGGCGCAAGCGGCGCGCGGCAGAGCGCAAGUCUGAGCUGCUUGCCUUCCCUCCAGCUUAGUCUCCCCCUCGGCUGGGGAAUCGGGGUUGGCAGCAUCUGGUGGGAUCUUGGGGGCUAGUCUUGCGCGUUUCCUCCCUUCUCCCCAUGCACACGUUGGAACGGGCAGAGCUGGCGGGAGGGCGAGAAGCGCUGGACCCGGCAGCUCCGGGCUAGAGGAGCUGCUCGGGUCGGGGAUGCUUUUGCAGAAGGACUGCAGUGUGCGCAACGAAAUCCAGGUCCAGGGUAAUCGGGAUCGGUGCGGCGUCAGGAUCUCCGGUUCCCCUCCCUCUGUGUUUUGCAAUCCCCCCACCCCCACAAUUUUCAGGGCAACUUCUACCCGCGAAGCGCGUGCCGUCGAUUGGGCGCUGCUAUUCGCCUGCCUGGCUCCACGCGCGCCCUUCCCACGGCGGGGGCGCCACUGUUCGGGGUUUCUUUGGAUUGCUGCGACCGGGGUGGAGUGUCUGAAUGUCCCGAGCCCGGCCACUCGGUCGCUAGGACUGGGGCAGUCCCCUUUCAAGGCAUGGGCACGGUUGAUCCUCGGGCUCGUCUGAACACGCGCCGCUCGACAGAAAAAACAACAACGCCACACGCGGGGCAAAGGGGCUCCCUUCCUCCACCCCCAGCUCCAUUACGGACCUGCUUAAUUUCUUGGUCGCCUUUCAGAGGAAGAAAGAGGCGGGGAAGGGAUCUUUUAAAGCUUCCGUGUGUCGGGCGGGACUUCGUUGCGAGGCGCACGAGUUGGAUCUGGGUCCCGGGGGGAAAGGGAGCUGGCCCGGAGGGUGCUCUCCCCCACCAAACGUAUCUGCCUGUUUUUGGAGAUUCGUCGUUGCUGUUGUCGGAAUCAUAGAAAUGCAGAUUGGGAAGGGACCCACAGGGUCAUCUAGUCCAACCCACUGCAAUGCAGGAAAGUUGUUUUGUGUUGUUGUUUUGACGGCUUCGCCAGCAGCCCCUGAAACGGAUCCGAGGAGGCGAAUGUGCGCAGGAACGCGGCGGGCGGGCGGAGAAACAGCCAUAGCGGCUUCUUUGCCUGGGCGGGGCGGCGGCGGCAGCAGCUUCCCUUCCUCUCCUCCCUCCCUCCCUCUCCCGCACCCGCCUCGCCCGCAAGUGAUCUCUUGCGGAAUCUGCCAGAUUCCUCGUAGUGAGUAACAAGUGCAGCAUCCCACCCUGCAGGGAGGGUGGAAGGGAGGGGGGAAGGAGCCGGCGACGUCUUGAUGACCUGGCAAGGAGGCUGCCGCUGCUGCCGCUACCACGAAGCAUUCAGCUAUUUUGCGUCCUAACUACCAACUCCUGGAGAGAAAAAACAUCAGUUUCUCCUUCAGCCUCCCAGGCACUGACUGAAGCCAACUACUGCAAAUCCUCCUUCUCUCUCUCUCGCGGACAGAAACACUCCGGAGUAAAACCAGGAGAAGGCAACAGGGCUCUGGGAAUUAUUUAUUUGGGCUUUCAAGGUUUUCCCUACCUAGAAGUGAAUUUGAGCCCUGGUCCUGGGUGGGAGAUGUAGAUCGGCAACAUCUGGAGGGCCAGAGGUUCCCUGCCCUUGCCCUAUAGCGAAGUGGUAGAGCCCUGAGGCUGCCGGUAGAGGAUGGCAAUUUUUUGAAUGGAAAGGAAACCCCUCCCUGUAUUCAGCAACACAUCAUUGAUGUAAUGCCAGGGCCUCUGUGGUGGAUUUAUACUAGAUCAUUCAUACAUCAUUCUGCUUUGCUAGUUGUUCUGUGUCGCACAGAUACAGCAAAGGUGCCAUUAUUGUAGCUGCUUGGGGAGUCUUUUUAUAGUUCACUAAUAAUAAUAACAAUAAUAAUAAUGGGAAUCGGUAAGAGGGAAAGGAACAAGGAACAGUUCUGUGAAUGGUUCAAAAGCUUGCUUUUGUAUCCCUUCCCAGCUGAACUGCCAAAAAGCAGCAUGCAUUUACAAGUAUUUGCUGUUCUUGCUGCUAAAAAUCUCUGUAAUAACUUCUGUGCAACAUGAAAUAUGGGGGAGCACCUACUCCCUUAUGACUUUUCCCAGCAACACUCUUAAGAGCUAUGUUUUGUGUUGUCUGGGCCAAAAUUGGAUACUUGUAUAAUAGGCCUUAGUAUUGUUUCGAUAGGCUUGAACUCCGUGUGUAGCUUUACGGGACCUAAUGUGUAAAUCAGCCAGUGAGGUGUAAUGGUUGGACAGACGGACUAUGACCUGGGAGACUAGAGUUCAAAUCACUGGGUGACCUUAGGGCUAAUCACAAUCUCUCUGCCUGACCUAACUUGCAGGCUUGUUGUGGGGAUUAAUUGAGGAGGGGUAGAACCAUGUCCACCACCUUGAGCUCAUUGAAGAAAAAGUGUGGGAUAGAAAUGCAGUAAAUAAAUAAAGCUUCCUAGAUGCUGCUGGAUUCCAGUUGCUGGUGUCUCUGAUGGUUGGACAGGUUUUUUUGGAGCCAGGAGUCUAACAACAGUUAAAGUGAGGAGCGGGGGGGGGGGACGGACAGCGGAGAUCUUUGGCCCUCCAGCUGUUGCUGAACUACCCCUCCCAUCAACCCCAGCCAGCCUGGACUCUUGGCUGAUAGGAAGUGUCAUUUGGCAAACAUCUGGAGGGCCACAAGUUGCCCAAUCCAUGAUGUAAAGGACAGUUUACGUUUUGGAUUCAGGGCAGUGUGACAGGUUCCCCCGCACUGGUGCCGCACCAUAGUGCAUUCUGCAGAAUGGAAGGCAAGAGGUGAUGGGGGGGGCACGGAAUUUUGGCUUUGGACAGGGGGGCGCAGCCAGGGCCGGAUUUUGGUUUGAUGAGGCCCUAAGCUACUGAAGGUAAUGGGGCCCUUUAUAUGGCAGAUGGGGCCCUUUACUUAUAUCAUAGGAGCCUACACAACACAAAACAAAACAAAACAAAACAAAACACUGUUGCUGUAUGUAGGUUUUAUUUUAUUUGUUUUUUAUCUUAUAUUUUGGAAAUGUACAUCCAGGUUUUUUUCCCUUUAAAUUUUUUGGGGCCCCGCAAGAGAGUGGGGCCCUAAGCUAUAGCUUGUUUAGCUUAUACGUAAAACCGGCACUGGGUGCAGCUGGAAUUUGAAAGGCGAAAGCCCACCCUUGUCAUUACUGCCCCGGCUGCUGUGGGAAAAGGCUUUUUCCUGUGUUAGCCACCCGCAAGAGGAGCAGGUGGUGGGAAUGAAAUGUAUGUGCUGUAACUAGUACUUUUUUCCAGGGGGUACUCAGGGUAUGUAGUACUGGCAGCUCCCCCCCCCUGAAGAAAAACACUGGUUAAAAGUGUGGCGCUUACUGUAACAUCUUCGUGGUGAGAACUGGCACCUUUCUUUCUUGAAGAAAAGCACCAGCUGUAACCAUGUGCAUCCAUGUAAAUGGAAGUGGUGCAUUCUGGUUGGCAUUAUCUGCCCUUAUAGCGAAAUGCAGUUUGUAUUUAAACAGUUCAGUGUUGCUCCCAGCAAGGCAGGUGGGGGAGUUGGAGGCGCUGGUCCCAGCAGCUGACAUGCAAUGUAUCCAGGAGCCCUGGGUAAAAUGGCAAAAUAUUAAUCUCGCUAGGUCUGCAGAACUGCAGAAUCAGGAGGCAACCCAACACCCGAGUUUUUGCUCCUGCAUGAUGUUGGGCAUCAGAGCUCAUCUGUACCAGCCAGCCUGGACAACGGUUAGGGGAACAUGGAAGUUGCAAUCCAACGUUGUCUGGAGGGUCCCACAUUCCCCAUCCCUGCUAUAUGUACAUGAGCGGCCACAUUCUUCUCCCUUUUCCAAAUUCAAGUGCAUCUAAAAAGGGAAGAAACGUAAGCUGCAUUAGCAGAAUGCUCGCCAGAAGGUGGAGGGAAUGGAUUUGGAAAUGUGGACAUAAAUAUGAGCUGUGGGUGAGCGUUGGUGGUUGUUUGCCUUUGUUACAGUGGCAGCUGGUGCCCAUAGGGUACUGGUAGGGUGAAAGGCAGGGAGCCCAACAGUAGGGGACACCAGAGCCAAUGACUGGCAGGGUCAACUAAGUCUGCUUUGGCUCAAAUCCUUCUCUCUGCUGAGUUAUACAAGGGCAAUACUGAAGAGGAGGAAGUUGAUAGGCAGGGCCACCUGCUGGACUGGCUGUCAGUAGGAAGGCCAGGAUGGAGGCGCUUGGAGGAAGACCAAGGUUAGGGUUGCCAUAUGUAUGGAUUUUCCUGGAUGUAUCCAAAAUACUGCAGUCAGCAGCAGUAUCCGGGCAGAAAUCAGGAAAAUGUCCUGGAAAAUCUGGGCGUAUGGCAGCCCAUGUCAGCAGUUCCGUUUUUGCCAUUUCCCUAUAAAAAUAGCUCAAAAACGGCAUUUUAAUGCAAUUUUGCGGGGGAAAAGCUCAACCACCUUUCUGUCUGGAUUUCCACUGUUUUUGAAAUAUAGCAACCCUAACCAAGGUUGAUGGGGCAGUGCUCCAUUUUCCCUAAUGGGUCAGGUUCCACUGCUGCCUUUGGAUAUACUUGUUCACCCUUGCCCCUUUGCUCCAUAAGCAAGCAUGGCAAUUUGUGCCCUUGAUUGCCAAUCAUGCAGGUUUCCUCAGCCUAGCUCCCUUUGGACCACAACGUGCCUCAUCCCUGAGUGCUUGUCAUGCUACCUGGGGCUGAUGUGUUCCAACAACCCCUGGAGGGAACCGGGUUGGCGAAGGCUGAUCUGGCAUCUGCUAAUGUUCUGGCUCUCAAGACAGAGGCAUAGGUUGGGGAGAGGGCAAAAUGUCUUGUGUCUGCAUUCUGUUGGCUUCUCUCUCCUGGCAAACAGGCCUGGAAGAUGGCAUGGGUGUGUUUGAGCCCCUUCAAACAUGCAGUUCCUAUCAGUGUUAAUCUUAUUAUUCACCCCUUUCGGUGUCCAAGGCAAGAAACAAUCCUGUCCAAAUCAUCACAUCUGUGUACUUAUUUGAGGAACGCUGGACAUUUCUUCUUCUGGAAGAAUCUGGGACUGCAAAACAGCACCGAGAUGACCUUUACAUUGCUUUAAAUUUAAAUUGCUUUUAAUGUUGUGUUUUAAUUACAUGACCUGCCCUGGGACUGUAAGGAGGGCAAUAAAUAAAUAAAUUAGGAGGAAACCCAGUUUGGUCCUUUGCCAGUUGGCCAAGCCAGAGAGGCUAGUGGAGUGAGAAAGCUUUCCAAGUGGAAUGACUGCUUCUGGGCCACCGGGAGAUGGGUGCAGCGCAAGACGGUCCCCUUCCAGGCAGGAGGCUACUCUCGAUGCACCUGGCAACAUCCUAACGGUAACGGGCAUUUUUCUGCAGCUGCGGCUCCUCUUUGCAAAGUUGGUUUGCCGCAACAUAACAGAUGGAGGAGGGAAGAUCUGUGAAAGGACAGGGAAGGAACCCUUGAGCGUAGCCUGCAAGGGAAAGAGCAGUUGCCCGCAAGGCUGGGUAAUUUGUCCAACCUCAGAGCCAGAGCUCUGUGCGCUUCCUGAGAGUCUGUGCCUAUUUCUGUCCUCUGAAACAUGCAACCGACAUACACCGUCUGCCUGCCUGUCAUUUAGAACAGGGGCUGGCCCUUUUCUUUUAAAAAAAGGUUGUCAGUGGUCAACUCUUAACCCGCGUGAUACGCUGGCUGUGUUUUUAAAUGUGCUUCUUUGGGAUCUCUUAAAGGACAGCCAAAUCUGUGAUGUAGAGUGAUCCUGUAUAUGUUUUUAGCAGGUGUCAAAAAGAGGACCCUGAAGGCACCUGCUUGAUCUCAACAGGCAGGGAGUUCCAAAGUGCAGGUGCUGCCAUACUAAAUGACCGAGUUAUUACAAAUGCCGAGAGGCUAUUAUGUGGCAAGUGUAUUAGUGCCAAUUCCAUCAAUUGAAGCAGUCAAGUGGGCACAUGUGGGGUAAGGCGAUCUCAUAGGGAAAGUGAUCCCAGGUUGUUAAGGGCUUUAUAUACUAUUAGCAACACCUGGAACCUGGCACAGUAGCAAACCAGCAAACAGUGCAGGUCUCUGAGCUGGAAAGGAAAGUUUAAAACAAACAGCAGCAGACUACUGUGGAUGGGCUAGACUGUGGCACAGUGGGUCAGUGCAUCUGGCUGUUUACCAGAAGGUUGGUGGUUCGAGCCCACCCAGGCAUUAAUCUUGGGCAGGAUUGCUGCAUUGCAGCGGGCUGGACUAGAUAAUAAUAAUAAUAAUUUAUAAUUUAUACCCUGCCCAUCUGGCUGGGUUUUCCCAGUCACUCUGGGUGGCUUCCAACAGAAUAUUAAAAUACAAUAAUCUAUUAAACAUUAAAGCUUCCCUAAACAGGGCUGACCUGUGGGUCCCUUCUAACUCCACAGUUCUAUGAAUUGCUUGAACAGGCCUGGCAGAAUAGAAACAUUUUUAGCAGGCCUUUAAAAGUUGGCACAGAAGUCGCCCACUGGAUCUCUGUCCGCAGAGUGUGUGUCUCUUUCACUGGCAUCCUAUGGGGGUCACUAGGGCCAAUAAUACCUCCCCCUCCCCGUGUUUUCUUCUGGUUGUCACAAUUAUUUCAUUCUUCAGAACAGGUGGGGGCAGCUUUCAGACUUGUCGGAUGUCCUUUGUUUCUUUGUUUUUAUUGGAACCAGAUUUCCCAAGCAUAGCCAGGUGCUAAGUAAAUAAGAAAAAAAAAUAUAAUAAAAAAGAAAAUGUGUUUUUUUUUGGGGGGGGGAAUCAAAUAACAUGGUACAUCUGAGCACUUUUUGAGCCUAAGGAUUUGUUUCUAGUAUCAGUACUGAACUCUCACAAAAAGCCAUGCCUGAUUAGGUUGCUUCAUCUCAACAGACGUAUCUAGAUUGGGAAAGGAGGUUAUUUCGUUGUUGUGGUUGCUGCUGCUGUGGUUAAAACGAUUUGCCAAGGUGUGUUGCACAUCCCCUUUCUGUUCUCUGCUUUAGAGGGUUGCUAGCGAUGCACUUCGUAGAACUGAAGAAUUGCAGAGUUUGAAGGGCCAUCUAGUCCAACCCCCUGAAAUGCCGGAAUCACAGCUGAUUUCCGUCAUUUCCAGCCAGACAGUGAUGCCCUUUCCCAAGACUCCAUUCCAUCCCUCCUCCUCACCUUCCUCUUCCCACCGCAACAUUCUGUGCCCACUGGGCAUGCUCAGUCUUCGCCAAGCUCUUUGGUGUUUCAAUUCCUGCAUUACAGUCUCCCUGUCCCCCUUUGAAGAUAUUCUGUAAUACUGCAAGCCUUUGAAUUUUCCCAAGCCUGUUGAUAUCUCCCACUUCUGUGAGGAUGGUGCCAUUUUGGUUACAUAAAAACUGAGUUCACUGUUGGUGUGUAAGGUGCUGGGGGCAGCCUCCUUUGUGAAUGGAGCAUUUAUUAUUAAAUUGACCCAUUUUUCACAUCAAACAAGCAGUUUUCUCCCCCCAUGGAAAGAGCCCAACAUGCCUCUUUGAAUGUUCACCUGUGCCCAAGGCAAAUGGAAUACAAAGGUGUUUGGUUGCUUUCCUAACCCAAUAGUGGUAAAAUUGCAAAUAUCUGCCUGAGGAUUGAAGAUGUGUUCUCGCACCUGUAAGCCAUCUUAGGCUGCCACUGUUGGAAAACAUCAGCCUCUGGCUGUAUCAUUGAUAGUUCUUGAGUGCAUCGUAAAUUAAUUUUACGUGCAAAGGAAAAGUGAACUGCAGUCAAGAAAUGGUUGGCUGCCUUUCAGGGAUUCACAGCUUCCUCUCUGAUGUUUCCCGUUUUCCUCCAUAACCUCUUAAGAAGCACCAUAACCUCAGAAAAUUGCUUAAAUAUGUGACACACAUUGUUGCAUGGUUGGGUGGGGGAAAUGGUUGGCAUGUGUCAUUUUUGGAUCUAACACCACUAGAGUUUUAUACAGUUUGGUGGAGCUCCAGAAAUUGGGGUCAUAGAAAAGAGUGUUGAGUUAGACCAACUGGUGUCCAAUUGGUGGUGGGACUGGACACCAGGAAGCCUUAGGUAUGGCUCCUAGACUGGGCACCAUUAAUGGUAGCAGUAAGCAGAAAGGCUCAGAGUCACCAGCUUCCCUGGGAUUCUCCUCUUUGGCUUUCCCCAGAUGGUCCAUAUUCAAGUGCAGACCCAAAAUUUAGGUUUGCACAGUUAAAGUGGGUGAAAGUGCACAAAUUUAGAAAAUCCAGACUUUUGUGGUUGGGAAAAUGACAGGGAGAUGCAUGGGAAAGUGUGGGAGAUGGAUGGAUGAUUGACAGGAAGAUGUACCAAACACUCGGCAAGCGAAUCAAGGUGAAAGCUCAUUGCCGUAUAAUCUCCCUUUAAGCAUAUUGGAAUGAAUGCUCAGUAAAGCCCAGAAAUGGUCUGAUCUCUGCCUAGGCAAAGCAGGUUGUUUGGAAAAUUAAGAAGCCUUUUGGAAUUAGAAAGUCAAAUCAAUCAGACUGGGCAAUAUCAAAGCAAGACACACUUUGCUAAAAGAAUAGAUGAAAAGAGAGUUCUACGUGAAAGUACAUGUGUUAGGUGAUGUUCUUGAAUGUUGCAGACAGAUCACCUCCUUCCAGAAUGUGGCGUGCUAGAGGCACAUGAUAUCAAUGGUAUCCAAUGCUCAACAUAGCCAUAUUUUUUUGUUGUAGUGAAUGGAUUAUCUGUAUAAGUUUGUCCACAAGAGAGAACCUCCAUAUUCUCUAAUACCGUUGAGAAACUGAUAAGUGAUUCUGUAUUUUUACAGUGCUUAGAAAUCGUGAGUCUGGCUGCUAAUAAGUCAAAUGUGAUCAAGUCUCGAUAAGAAUAAUCUUCCUUGUCAGACAUGCCUAGAAGUGCUAAGUACGCAUAGAUCUCAAUUCAUGAUCAAUUAUCAGUUAUAGUUCUCUGAAGAUAUUUCCACACUACCCAGUAAGGUUAUACUUGGACACAUGACUUAAAAGAGCACCCACAUUCCCACAGCCUCUCCUGUAAGUGUGUGUUAUAUCAAACCUAUAAAGUUUUAUAGGAGCCAAGUGCCAUCUAGGCAUCAGCUUUGAAGUCUCACUUCAACAGAAAUAGAAGGAAACAUAAGUUUGUUCCACACCGCAAUCAAAUUUAUUUAAUAAGUAAAUAAACAUUUGUGCCAUAAACAAACAUAGAACCAAACUGCAAAAGGGCUGUAGUUGCCUGGUUGUCUGUGAAAUUGUUCUAUUUGAAAAAAUGAAACCAUGUUAACCUAAAUUCAUCAACUUCACCUGCUAAGAGCUCAAAUGUUAACCUACCUGCUAACCUAGAUAAGAAAUUGGUGGCUUUGGAUGAGUCAUACCUUUCCCAGAGGCUGGUGAAUGUUGUCACGCUAAGCCUCCCCAAGUCAAGAACUGUUUUUUGGAGAACCCAAUGGAGCUGAACAAUGGAGAAUCUGUGGCCCUGCAAAGGUUGUUGAACUACAACUCCCAUCAGCCCCAGCUGACAUGGCUAAAGACCAGGAACAUGAUAACUGUAUUUAACAGCAUCUAGAGGGUUUGCAGGUUCCUCACCUGUGGCAUGCUUUAAGAUCCCAAAGGGUAGGUGAGGAUUCUGAAGCCAGAACCGUCAACCCAACUGGUGCCAUUGGUGUGAUAAUGAUGUCUGCAAGGGGAACGGGUUGCCACCGACAGUCUUGCCUUGUGAUGCUUCAGGACAUACCAACUGGCAUGGGAGAUGUUAUGGAGACACCUCCAGUUGCUUUGCUUGUGCCUCUGCAUUUGGUCAUCCAGUGAUUCUCCUGGACAUGGGAGCCCUGGGAUAGCUCAGUUGGUAGAGCAUGAGACUCUUCAUCUCAGGGUUGUGGGUUUGAGUCCCAUGUUGGGCAAAAGAGUCCUGCAUUGCAGGGGGUUGGACUAGAUAGAUGACCCUCUGGGUCCCUUCCAACUCUAGGAUUCUAUGUGCUGAAGGCAAUAGGUUGUGUGAGCCAUGCUCUCCCUGUGUUGUUCUGUUUGCAGAUGAUAAUAAUAAUAAUACUUUAUUAUUUAUACCCCGCCCAUCUGGCUGGGUCACCCCAGCCACCCUGGGCAGCUUCCAACAACGUAUUAAAAUACAGUGGUCUGUUAGACAUUAAAAGCUUCCCUAAACAGGGCUGCCUUCAGAUGUCUUCUAAAAGUCUGGUAGUUGUUCUUCUCUUUGACAUCUGGUGAGUGCCGCCUCUGAGAAGGCCCUCUGCCUGGUUCCCUGUAACUUGGCUUCUUGCAGUGAGGGAACCACCAAAAGGCCCUCGACACUGGACCUCAGUGUCCAGGCUGAAUGAUGGGGGUGGAGACGCUCCUUCAGGUAUACUGGACCAAGGCCGUUUAAGGCUUUAAAGGUCAGCACCAACACUUUGAAUUGUGGUCGGAAACGUACUGGGCUCAGAUAGGCUCAGAUCUUCUCUCUCUCCAGAGGUGGGAGGAUGGCACUCUUUAUGUCUUCCCCACAAAUUGUUUUUUGCCUCUCACUCAUCCCACCAGCAGUGGUGAGGAUAGUCAACAGGCAGGUGGCAGGCUAAGCCCAAUCUCCCCUGUCUUGGGUCUGGGGUCCAGUGCUUGCUCAACAAACGAUCUUUGGGUUGCAUUUAAUGCGGCAACUUGGUUGUUCUCUGCACAAAUUUAAAAUCUUUCUGCUGCAACUCCUCUGUCCAGGUUUGAUUGACUUAUAACUGCAUCCAAACCCACUUCGCUUCAGUUCUUUUUAUCAGGCUGAGAGAGGCUUCCUGCGCUCCACAGCCUGGCUUCCUGAUGCGUUUCCUUUUUCCCUUUUAACAGAACAAAGGAAGCUAUAACUCUCAGCUGCUCCUGUUCCAGCUCUCCUGGGGAACCUCACAUAAUGUUUGCAUUGAACAUUGCCUUCUUUCUUUCUUUCUUUCUUUCUUUCUUUCUUUCUUUCUUUCUUUCUUUCUUUCUCUCUCUCUCUCUCUCUCUCUCUCUCUCUCUCUCUCUCUCGGUAAAGCAUGCAUUGUCUGAAUACCGGCCAGUAUGUUUUUCAUUUCACAUACUGUUUUCAACAGUUUCUUUUUAAAAAGUGCUUUAAUUGUGGAAUGGAUUGACCAUGUCAGCCUGAAAGCUCUUUACCUCUAGGGUAAAAAAAGGGGUAGCUGGGUCAACUUUAAAGGGUCAAGCUUCUAGGUGAGAGAUUUUUCAAGAGGUUCCUUUUGCCGAGCUAGAGGGCUAUGCCUCUAUCUUCUUAGGGAUGCAUUGGAUCCGUCUGUUUUCAAUCUGUGUUAAUUUUGCAUGUCUUCGUUCAUAACUCCAUUCCAUCCUGUUUCCCUAGCAACCUGAUUUUUUUAAAGGGGAAAAAAUGCAUGAAACUUCACAUUAUUUUUGAAUCUUUUUGCAUGAAAUACGCAUUGUUGUAGGCAAUUUACCCCCAGAAAUGUAAUUCUUGCUGUUAUAGGCACACACAAUUUCUAUAUGCAUAUUGGUACAAUUUUUUUUAUUGCAAAAUUCAAAACAGUGUGUAAACCAAAGGAUAAGUUGUACUCUGAUACAGGGGAUAACCCAUGAAGUGCAAGCUGAGCCAGUUUGCUUAAAAAGGUUGACCAAAGAAAACUCUCCAGUAUCUGCUCUCAUCCAUCCUCUGUAUCCCUUGUUUCGGAAAUUUAGAUGCUGCAGGAGACACAUGUGGGAAUCUCAAAUCUGCUGCCCUCAGUGCAGGCUCAAGAACCUAACACAUCAUCACAGAUCCUGGGAGAGUGUUAAUCUAUAUGCAUAUUCCACACAGUGGAGAUGGAUAGUGAACCAAUAGGAAUUCAUCUUGCAAACUCCCUUAGGCAGGGUUUGGGGCUUUUUAGAGAAAAGAAAAGUAAGAGGUAACAUGAAAGAUGUUCAUUAAACUAAGGAACUUGCUGCCACGGAAGGCAGUAAUGACCACCAAUCUGGAUGGCUUUAGAAGAGAAUUAGACAAAUUCACGGAGAAGAGGGCUAUUAAUGGCUGUGCUCUGCCUCCACAGUCAGAGGCAGUGAUGCUCCUGAAUACAGUGGUACCUCGGGUUAAGAACUUAAUUCGUUCUGGAGGUCCAUUGUUAACCUGAAACUGUUCUUAACCUGAGGUACCACUUUAGCUAAUGGGGCCUCCUGCUGCUGCCGCUGCCCGAUUUCUGUUCUCAUCCUGAAGCAAAGUUCUUAACCUGAGGUACUAUUUCUGGCUUAGCAGAGUCUGUAACCUGAAACGUCUGUAACCUGAAGUGUCUGUAACUCAAGAAACACCAGUUUCUGGAAACAACAGGAGAGGAAAGGACUCUUGUGAUCUAAUCCUGCUUGUGGGUUUCCCACAGGCUUCUGGGUGGCCACUGUGAGAACAGGAUGCUGGACUAGAUGGGCCAUUGGCCUGAUCCAGCAGGCUCUUCUCAUUAUGUCCUUCAGCCUGGUGCCGUGCUGAUGUUUUGGACUACAACUCCCAUCAGUUGUAGGUGGGACCUGUAAUUCAAAACAUCUGGGUGGGUGUGGCUGGCAAAGGAUGCCAGAAACACAUUCAGCACUUCUUGUUUAUUGGGGACAACCCCUAUAUUUUGGUGCCUUCCCCUAGAAAAUCCCUGUCUCCAUUGUGCUUCCUAUUUUUGCCUUUUUGGAGGAUGCAGUCUUGAAACGAUGUUAAGUGUUAGUUGCUAGAUUUGGGUUGUUCUCCAGAUUCAGUUCAGCUUCCUUCCCAGAAGCACAAACAGUCAGAUCUUCUGAGUUGGCAGGUGAAUACAGUAUACCUCCAACACACAUCCAUGAAAAUUUUAACAACAUUCCUCCCCCCCCCCCAAUUUGUAGAGAAAUUAUUUGGAUUCAAAGCACAGGGUGGCUUGUUGCAGUUACCUCCUUUGAACUUGGAUAGGUGUCGAUCCCCUGAUGUCAUUGGGCCGGUUGAUCAGCCUGCCAAAGUUGGCCCAUGGAGGGAUGGGGGAUUGAGGGAUCCUGCCUGGUGUCUCACCUCCUGUGGCUUCCAGGAACUGAUAUUCGGAAGCAUUGUUGCCAACGACUGGGGAGACCGAGCCAAGCCUCCAUGGUUGGUAGCCAUCAAUAGCCAUCAACGGUACGCAACUGUACCAACCGAAUCCAGGUUUCCUUGGUGGUGGGUGAAGACAGCUCAUCAGAAUCCACGGUAAAGUUCUGAAGCUUUUGAGCAGGACAUAAGUAGAACAUUAGCUGUGUGCCUGAGGGUCAUGUGAGUCGACCCCACAGAUGAGAACUAAUUAGUCUGACUAUAUAUAUGUAUAGGCUCCCUUUUAUGCAAAUGAUGCUUAGAGACUGGAUUGUCUUCAGUGCUCAUCUUCGCUGAAUGCCAAUCGGACACCUGGGUUAGCACCUGGCAAGACAGCAAAGAUGCAAAUAAGCCCUGGAAAUCUGAGCUUGAUCAGCCGAGGCCAUAAUGAAGGCUAAUAGACAUGACAACAAUGCUUCUGAAUGGCUUUCCCUUUAGACGGGGCCAGGCGUGGAUAUUGACUCAAUUGCAUUAAUUAACAAGUCAGAAUGGAAAAGGCAGCAUUGCUCCCCUGCGCAUUAAACAAAACAAAAGAAAGAAUUCUCAGUGCUUUCUUUCUUGUGUGUGUGGUUUCUUGUUUUUGUUUUUUUGGUUGCUGCUUGGUUUCCUUUCUUUUUAAAUAAAUGAAUGGGGAGGGAGAGCUUUUAUUAUUUGUGCAAGCAAUGUGCUCCAGGGACUCUGAUGUGUUCCGCAGAUAGGUGGUGGUGUGUGUGUGAGUGAGAGAGAGAGAGAGAGGAAUUUUGUUGCUGAAAGCUUAAAUUGCAGAAAAAUGAUUUCCGCUUAUUCAUAGCAGCAACAGGCUGGAGAUGUUUUUCCAGAUUGUGGCUUUCAAGUAUGCAUUUAUGGGAGUCUAUGGGGCACCCAGGGACUCAACAGUGCCACUAAAAUUUGCAAGGGAAAUGGAGGAGUGAGUUAAGAUAAUAUGAUGGUCCCUGGAUUUUUUGUUGCAGUACUUUGCAAAUAUGUCAGCAUUGCUUCACCAUGUGACAUUAUGAAGCACAUAAUGUGAUAUAUCACAUGAUGUGAUAUGAUGAAGCACCAUGUACACCGAUAGUACUAUUUAAUAAGUAUCGUAAACUGAUCCUGGGGAUAUUGCCUGCCAAACUCAAUGGCUUCAAAAGAGGAUUAGACAAAUUCAUGGAGGAGAGGGCUAUUGAUGGCUACUAUACUAGGGACGCAGGUGGUGCUGUGAGUUAAACCACAGAGCCUAGAACUUGCCAAUCAGAAGGCUGGCAGUUCACAUCCCCGCGACGGGGUGAGCUCCCAUUGCUCGGUCCCUGCUCCUGCCAACCCAGCAGUUCAAAAGCACGUCAAAGUGCAAGUAGAUAAAUAGGUACAGCUCCAGCAGGAAGGUAAACAGCGUUUCCGUGUGCUGCUCUGGUUCACCAGAAGUAGCUUAGUCAUGCUGGCCACAUGACCCGGAAGCUGUACGCCGGCUCCCUCGGCCAAUAAAGCGAGAUGAGCGCCACAACCCCAGUCGGCCACGACUGGACCUCAUGGUCAGGGUCCCUUUACCUUUUUAGCCAUCAUAAACUAUGCUUUGCCUGCACAGCUGGCUGUAGCAAAGCUUUUGAAUCCCAGUUUCUGGAAGCCAAAGGAGGAGAGAGGGUGCUUGGGCUCAGAUCCCACUUGUGGGUUUCUCACAGGCAUCUGUUUGGCUGCUGUGAGGACAAGAUAAUGGACUAGAUGGGCCGUUGCCCUGAUCCAGCAGGUUCUGAUGUCCAAAGGAGCACAUGAUGUCUCUUCACAUUCACAUAUUACGGUACUUGUCUCUGCUGGAAGUGCAGCAGCACGGGUCAUUGAAACUUAAGGGUUAGGCCAGGUACAGGGGAUGCUUAGCAACCAAGCAGAGUGGCAUGAUUUUCAUAGGGGGAAGAAGGUGCCCUGAUUGACUGUGUAGUCCUGAGGGUUCUUUUCCUCUGUGUGUUUGGUUGAAUGUCUCCCUCAAAUGUUUCUCCUUCAGUUAUCUGCUGUUUUUGUUCAGUUGGCUUAGUUAAGCGUUACCAGGACGUUUCCCUCUGGACUCCGUUGGUGUUCUUUAAGUGACUUUGCAAACAGUCUCUUCCUCUCAUGCUUCUUUUGCUUAUUUUCAUGAGUUCCCUUCCUUUUUCUGUCUAGAAAUCUAGAAAUUCUGGUGGUGUCAGCAGAAAGCUCCCCUCCCCUCCCCAUCCCUUGAGUUCUGCUUCCAUUUUUGAGUUGUGAUUCAUAAAUUUAGCAGAAUCAUACAAUAAAGCUUUCCCUGGAAUGCAUAUGAGGAAAUCACAUACACUGGUACCUCAGGUUAAGAACUUAAUUCGUUCCAGAGGUCCGUUCUUAACCUGAAACUGUUCUUAACCUGAGGUACCACUUUAGCUAAUGGGGCCUCCUGCUGCCGCUGCGCCGCUGCCGUGCGAUUUCUGUUCUCAUCCUGAAGCAAAGUUCUUAACUCGAGGUACCAUUUCUGGGUUAGAGGAGUCUGUAACCUGAAGCGUAUGUAACCUGAAGCGUAUGUAACCCGAGGUACCACUGUAUCUAUAACCCACCUUUUUCUCCUAGGACCUCAAGGUGGUCUGUGUGGUUCUCCCCAUCCUCAUGUAAUCCCCAAAGCAACCCUGUGAGGUAGGCUAGACUGAGAUGCAGUGACUGGCCUUUAAGGUCACCCAGUGAGCUUCAUGGCCAAGUGGGCAUUUGAACCCUCAUCUCUCCCAGGCCCUAGUCUGACACUCUAACCACUACACUACACUGGCUCUCUAACUGGCAGAAAGCAGGGCCUCCAGCUCUUUUUGGACUACAGUUCCCAUCAUCCAUGACCACUGGUCCUGCUAGCUAGGGAUGAUGGGAGUUGUAGUCCAACAACAGCUGGAAGAACCAAGUUUGCGAAAACCUGGUUAGAGUGUUGGACUAAAUGUGGAAGAGACCAAGGUUCGAAUCCCUGCUUGGCCAUGUAACUCACUGGUUGUGACCUUGGGGACUAGUCACUGUCUCUCAGCCUAAGCUACCUUGCAGGGUUGUUGUGUGGAUUGAAUUAAGGGAGGAAGAGCCAUGUACGCAACCUGGAGCUCCUUGGGGGGAAAGAAGGUGGGAUAUGAAUGCAAUGCAAUGCAAUGCAAUGCAAUGCAAUGCAAUGCAAUGCAAUAAAAUAAAAUAAAAUAAAAUAAAAUAAAAUAAAAUAAAAUAAAAAGCUUCUGGAUCCCCAUAGCAACUCUGUAUUUUCAUGUCUACAUUUCUUGUGCAAAUCUGCAGUCUUGCGCUAACGUUCUUUUUUGUUGAUGGCCAUGCCUUCCAUCGUUUUUGGUGAUGCACAAACAGGUUUAUGGCUGAGCUGGGAAAUGGCGGACCUAAAGAAAGUGAGUGCCCAACCCAGGCAAUUGUAGUCACAUUAGCCAAAUGGGUAACCCAGCCCUGAUGGCGUUUGAGAUUUGCACAUCCGAAGCCCCUUUAAGUGCAAAGUCCUGGGACCUGGUUCUUUGGCAGAUUGACCAUAACAGCAAAGUGCUUUUCAGUUCCACUUCAUGCAGAUUUUGGGGUGCAGAAUUUCAUCUUUCUGAGAAACUUUGCACUUGUGUGUGUUUUCAAAACCUUUCCAAAAUCUGCUUUCAACUGUGGGCAAAAUGCCUAGUGACAUCUCACAUGCCAAAAGGUUUCCAGCGGUUGUAAGAUGGGGCUCCGAGCAUCUUGCAUCGCUUCCUGCCUUUCCCCGUGACUAGCAGAAAUCAGAAUAAAACAUGAAAAUAGAGGUGUUUAGUGAAAUAAUAAUAAUCUGCAGAAUUAGGACUGAGAUGAAAGUUGCGUUCAGAACUUCAGUGCAGGAAUCACAACUAAAAAACUCCUUGCUGAUGGCCAUCCUGCCUCUGUUUAAAAGUGGACUUUUCUUCACUGGAGCUGUUUAAACAGAGCUUGGGUGGCCAUCUGUCAGGGAUGCUUUAGCUGUGAUUCCUGCAUUGCAAGGGGCUGGACUAGAUGACCCCUGGAGGUCCAACUUUACAAUACUAUGAUUCUAAUUUUUCCAGCUAAAAUAGGGAGGGUACCCUCUGUGAUCCUGGUAGUGGUGAUUAUGCCCCCAAGGGAAGCCAUGGGGGCUGGUGGACACCAUUUCUCCCCCUCAGGAGACUGGAGAGUGUGGGCGGCCAGGAGUAGCUUUACACUGAUUGGCCUGGUGGUGGUAAAUGGAAGGCAAGUAACAUUUCAAAACCACUACAACUCCCGGGACUGCGAUUUUCACCAGCAUUAAAAUCAUGGCACCUCCCCCUCCCCACAAAACACACUUUUUUUCUGCUGCCGCCUUUGCCAAACCUCUCCCUCUCAACCAUUGCAUGUGUAUAAAAUGUUAAAGUUGGAGAAGCAUUUUUGGUUCAGCCCUUUAAUAAAUUGUGGGGAGAGGAGGGUGGGAAGGAGUGGAAAAUUGCUUGUUUUCUUAUUAUUAUUACUAAGGCUUUUUUAAAGAAAGAGAGCAAAUCUAAUAACAUCAUAAAACACCCCUGUAAAAAUUGGGAUUCCCCACCCCUUCUCUUUCCACAUUACUGUGUCUUCAUGAAUAUAAGGUUGAUAAUGUCUUUACAAUCUUCAAUCAGAAAUGCCUUAUUUUGCUGUUUGUCUUGCAAGCCACAAAGUUUUGGUUGAAAGGCACCCAGCUCUGUGCCUUUAUUUUUUUGGGGGGGGAGGGAGGGGAAGCAGACAGCCCUAGUUACAAGCCCCUAUAGGAUCCGAGUGAGAAGGAUGAGGUUAACGCUCGCCUAUUCUUUCCCCCUUUGCAUCGCCACCUUUAUUUCUUAUUUUUUGAACGUGCAUCACCAUAUUUUCAGAAUGUCACUUUUGGGAUAAACACAAUUGCGCUAUAAAUACUCUGGGCCAUUUCCUGUUGUUGUUCUUGCUGCAGCUUUGAGCCUGGCAAAGGGUGUGCCUGCUGUCCACGCACUGACAUAUGCGAACUGUCCUCUCUCGGUUUCCGAGGCCCUUUGCUGUGUGGGCUGGAAUAACUUUGCAAAUCUUCCCUCUUUCUCCCAAGUUUUUUCAUCUUCCCAUUUGGCCAGGAUACCAUUCUGCAAGGCAUCAUACACAUUCAGCGAACACAUGCAGUUUCAGGAUCAUUUGCAUUGUGCCAUUUUUAACACAUGUGGACACACCCAUGUGCAUGACUGGGGCAGGAUAGAACCGCAGGCCAAAUCACCCUUUUGAUUUCUAUAGGCUUGGUUAUAUACAGGUCUGAAUUACCAAACAACCUAAUCUCAGUUAAGAAAGGAGACUUGAUGGCGUUCAUUAUCUGUGCUGUGUUGCUCCUGCACCAGCUGAGCUGGUGCAGGCAGCACAGAGCACUGAAUUACUUUGGCAACACAGCAGCUUUCAGUCCAGGUUCUGUGAGGGAAGGGGCAGCUGUCAGUUUGGCUUGGAUUAAAACUUCUCAAAGAAGUAGGCUGGGGAAUGGAAAAAAGCCCUGGGAUGCAGAAAACUGGGAGAAUUUAAAUUGCUCUUUAAAUCCCUAAAAGGGUGAGAAUAGUUCCCCUUUUGAAAUUCAUAUCUAUUAUUCAUAGUCCUCUUCAGAGAAAACCCACUGACAUGAAUGGAUCACUUAGCUAUGAUUCCUGCUUUGCAAGGAGUUGAACUAGAUGACCCUUGGGCUCCCUCCCAGCUCUAUGAUAACAGGUUUGUUCAUUUCAAUGGGUAUACUCUGAGUAGAAAUUGCUUGGGAUUAACCCUCUGAACCCAAUCCCCCUGUGACUGAGCUGUUGUGUGAGGGGCAAUCUUUUGCCACCUAUUGGCCACCUGCUUUGUGGGUUCCUGUGUAUAAUUAUGUAGUUGUAUUUUUCUACAACACCUUUGGUGUGCUGUACAUGAUGCUCAGCAUAUACCAAAAGGGUUAUACCUCUGCCCCAAGAAGCUUAUUCAUCUAAAGUUUACCACAAAGGAUUUGGCAGAGGAGAGAGAGAGAGAGAGAGAGAGAGAGGAGUGAUGCUUCUUUGCUCCUCAAAGGCUCAUCAAGGAACCAAGGCUUGGACUUGGAGGAGCUGAGCCAUGGGGCAGGUGUCUUCCAAUUAUCUUCUCCACGCCUCCAGUGGUUACUUUGAGCUCCAGACCGAGAAGGACCAAAGAGGAGGUUGCUUGCUGCAGCAGGCUCAUUUCUGCAGACAAACUCACACAACUUUCUCUGUCCUGCAUUUGGACAAACAAGAGGAACAACCAGAGUUCAUUACAGCCGGGCAAAAUCUCAGAAGGAGGAUGCAAAGUAGGGGGAAGGAGGGAACUGACCUGACAGAGGGUGUGGGGCCUGAGGAGAAUCCCAAAGGCUAGGCAAAGAUGCUGGAUGAGGUGGGGGCUGCAUUUAUAGAAUUGUAUAGAGUUGGAAGGAACCUCCGUAGGUCAUUGAGUCCAGCCCCCUGAGAUGCAGGAAUCACAGCUAAAGAAUCCUUGACAGAUGGCAUCCAAACUCACUUUACAAACCUCCAGUGAAGGAGAGCCCACCAACAAGGGUCUGUGGCAUUUCCCAUCAAGUAGAUGGGAAUUCAGGCACUUUUUGAAAUGCGAAGCAUUCCUAGCCCUUCAGGGUUGGUUUGUAUCCAGUGCCGGAUGAAUGCAGGAUGUGUUUCUAUGUGUGUCAGGAGGCCUGGAGCCUUGUGAGCACAAGACAUAAUCAAUUUGAGCCCCUCGAACCUUCUUACAAUGACAGACUCAUCCCCAGUGCUCCCUUCUUCCUGCAGGGAGGAUGUGAAAUCAUAGAAUCAUAGAACUGUGCAGUUGGAAGAGAUGCCCGAGGAUUAUCUGGUCCAAACCCCUUCCUUGCCGGAAUUAGGAGGGAAAGCAUAGUUGGCUAGAACCCUGACAUCAAAGUCACAAUAUCCUUUAUGAACUGCGCCCGCAUAGCAUAUUUCUUUUAACCUACUGCAAUGCACAUGCCAUACCCUACAACAUCACAAUGAUCAAAAUCAGGAUAUUUGUGUUUGUGUGCUGUGUGGACUCACCAGUCUACAUGUGCUUCUGCAUUUUAUGGUAUUGAUAGUUCAGGCAGUGGCACUGCUUUUUAUAUACACUUUUAUAGAUGCUCCUUUUCCUGUCAGUGUUUGUAGGGUUUUGUCACAGUCUUUGGCGAGUACAAGAAAGCUUGUUUUGAGCGAUUGAUUGAUUGGUCCCUAGCUCUUGUGGGCGUCAGCUGAUUUGCACCAGAGCACCAGACCAAAAAAUGGAACAUUCUGGGAUCCAUUCAGAAGGCUUCCAUAAUUCUGAGAUGUCCUCCUCCCAUUGAGAGGGUUGAGGGCUAUGUCAUAACAUUUUAUCCAGUUCAAUUUUCAGAUUAUCUCAUUCAAAACAGGACUCUCAGUAUGCUUGGUAGGCUUUCUUCUGUCUUUGGCAAUCACUCGUAGCUGAGUAAGAUUGUCUUCCAUAAACACGGUUUUAACAAUGAGUCCGUAAGUGACUGUGGAGGCCAAUUCUGGAUCCACAUGUCCUUCCACAAUGGGGACAUUGGUUUCCGGGCAGGAGUUGAUCACGGUGUGGAUUUGCCAAGCGUGCCUUCCACUUAGCACGUUUCUCCCUUGCGUCCUGAGUUUGAGUGUCUUCAAAGCCCAUGACACCUUUGGUAAAGGCUGUUCUCCAACUGGAGCACUCGCAGGCCAGUGUUUCCCAGUUGUCUGUGUUUAUACUACAUUUUUAAAGAUUUGCCUUGAGACAGUCUUUAAACCUCUUUUGUUGACCACCAGCAUUGCACUUUCCAUUUUUAAGUUCAGAAUAGAGUAGUUACUUUGGAAGAUGAUCAUCAGGCAUCCACACAACAUGACCAGUCCAAUGAAGUUGAUGUUGAAGAAUCAUUGCUUCCACACUGGUGAUCUUUGCUUCUUCCAGUACACUGGUAUUAGUUCACCUGUCUUCCCAAGUGAUGUGAAUAAAGCUGGGGUACAAUAUGAUAGACAAAAUUGGAGUGAAGAGUUAGGGGUACAGAUAACAAAUGAUAUAUGGGAGUCAAGUAUAAAAUCAACAGAAAUAGCCUCUAUGGAUCUAAGACUAAGACUUGUUCAACAGAAAAUAAUAUUCAGAGCCCACUGGACUCCAGCAAAACUAUACCAAAAGAAAAUAACAAGUGCAGACAACUGCUGGAGAUGUGGGAGUAAAAAUGCGAACUUAGUACAUAUGUUGAUUAACUGCCCAAUGAUAAGAUCAUUUUGGUGUGAGGUGAGGAUAUUUAUAGCAAGAGUAAUAAAAAGAAAUUGUUAUUUAGGGGAACUGAAUCUCAUUCUAAAUUAUAUAGCGGAAAUGUGGGUGAUUUCAAGGGGUCAAAAAAAAAAAUGGAUGUACCGUGCUAUAUUAGAAGCAAAAAAGCUUUUUUUGAUGAAUGGAAGAGCCACAGAAAGAUUCCAUUGAGCAUAUGGAUUGAUAAUAUGGACAGAUUAGCUACAUAUGAACGAAUUGCAUGUCGAUGCAAAAUAUGAAUGGAUAAAUAUGAAGAAAUCUUGAAUGAAUAUUUAAGCGAUAACGCGGAUAGUGGUGGGAAGUAGGGGGAGGAGAGAGAGGUGGGAAAUACUGUUAAAAAAGGUGUAGUCACAGGUAUAUCAGUGUAUUCAAAUCUGAAUUGUUAAAUUGUGUUAUUAUUGUUAUUAUGGUUUUUGUUGUAUGUGACUGUUGUGGUUUAUGUUUGUAAAAGAAAAAAAAAACACCCUUCAAAUAAAGCUCACCAAAAACCAACAGGCUACUAUUAUAAGCGUUUAUGCACCAACACUGGAUGCCGAUGAAGACAUUAAAGAACAUUUUUACUGUCAGCUGGAUACCGUCCUAUCAGAGAUGCCUAAGGAAGAUAAAAUUAUCCUCCUGGGUGAUUUUAAUGCAAGAGUUGGGCGAGAUUUCGAUCUGCAGCCUGGGACUAUUGGGAAAGAAGGAGUUGGCAACAGCAACCAGAACGGAAUCUUACUUUUGACGAUAUGUGCAGCGCACAACCUUGUUAUUACCAACACACUCUUUCGACAGAAAAAUAAAUUUAAAACUUCAUGGAGGCAUAGGCUUUCUUAACCUGCUCACAAACUACAGAGCUUGUGGGUUUCUUCCAAAUGGGAGCUAAUAAGCUAAAAGAUUAGACAAAAUACCUAAGUCCAGCAAAAAACCCUGAAUCCUGAGCUAGUGUACCACCCGGCAACAACACUAUGAAAUCAAACAAAUAAAAGUAAUUACAUCCUUUAUUUGUUUGAUUUAAUAUAUUUCUAUCCCACUUUUUCUCCAGGCUGGAAUUCAAGGUGGUUGCCCUCAGCCGCCAACCCCGAUCUAGGUGCUGGGUGGUGAGAUUUAUUUAAAGAUCAUUCUUUAAUUAAUUUAUAUGCCCCAUACUGCCAAAAUAGGCUCCUAAGUAGUUUACAAAAUAGAAAAGCUAAUUGCACAGCAUUAAAAUAUAUGAAAUAAAUAUAUCGAUUCUAUUAAUGCUUAAUUGUUUUUUCAUCAUUGUCUUCAUCCCCGCCAUGUUUUUAGAUACAGGUAUGUAGCCAUGUUGGUCUGCCGUAGUCAAAACAAAAUAAAAAAAAUCCUUCCAGUAGCGCCUUAGAGACCAACUACCAUAAGUUUGUUGUUGGUAUGAGUUUUCGUGUACAUGCACACUUCUUCAGAUACCUUCAUAUUUUUAGAUAUUACUCCUUUAGCUGUACUCUGCCUUGUGUCCCUGUCAGGAAAAAGGAAUACAGUGGUACCUCAGGUUAAGAACUUAAUUCGUUCUGGAGGUCUGUUCUUAACCUGAAACUGUUCUUAACCUGAGGUACCACUUUAGCUAAUGGGGCCAUGCCCUUGUUGUGCGAUUUGUUCUCAUCCUGAAGCAAAGUUCUUAACUCGAGGUACUAUUUCUGGGUUAGCGGAGUCUGUAACCUGAAGCGUCUGUAACCUGAGGUACCACUGUACUAAUACUAAUAAUUCCACAAUCAAAAUAUACAAUAAAACCAUUCUGGGUUAAUGUUAUCAACAAGCUUGCCCAAUUUUAGCUCAAUAUGAAUUUAUUUCAAGUAAUUUUCAAGCUGUGUUUCAGGUGGCAUACAUGUGAAAGAAAAAAGCCAAUGUUCUUUCUUCCUUUCACUGAUUGCGCUCCUCCCCUCAAUGUUCGCUAUAGUGGGGGAUUUUUUUAAAAAAAACAACCUGUCCUAUUGGGCCAAUGAAACCGAUUGACUUAUGCUGGCUGGGGGAGGGCAAGGCUGAGCUUUGCAGCAAAGGCUCCCUCCCCCCCCUUCCCGCCCACCCCACCCCUCUGAGCAAAGUUAGUUUUGCACACCCACACGUGGCCCAAAUGGCUGCUCCAUGAAUGGGUGCCUUUGUUCCCCGACCAGAUCAACAAGACAGGCUGUUUAGUUCAUGUCUGCGCCUCAGCAGAGGAGGAGAAGCCGGCCUGGGAGGCAGAUGUGGCCUCUUAAUUGCGUGGAAAGGUUAGCAGAUUGUUAAGCUCUCUUUGACAAGGGGUUCCUGUUGGGGCAAGGAGGCCAGGGCUGCGGCUGCAGGAAGGCAGGGGCAGACGACUCCUUUUGCCCCUCUCCAUCAGAGCCUGCCCCUCUUCCGUUGCCCCUCAGGGGCAAAGCAAGGGCUUGGAUCAAGGGGUGUCUCCUGUCCCGCGUCCCCAACCUGCCUCAUCAGGGGAAAGGAUCCCACCAACACCUGUCUGGUGUUUUGCUAGAUCAGGUGGGGCAGAUCAGCCCACAGAAGAACUCAACGGAGAGGUCCAGUCUUCAUAAGAGAGGCUUCGUCCACCUAGGUCAGUGUUGUAAGAAGAUACAGUGGUACAUCAGGUUAAGUACUUAACUCGUUCCGGAGGUCCGUUCUUAACCUGAAACUGUUCUUAACCUGAAGCACCACUUUAGCUAAUGGGGCCUCCCACUGCUGCCGCACUGCCGGAGCACAAUUUCUGUUCUCAUCCUGAAGCAAAGUUCUUAACCUGAACCACUAUUUCUGGGUUAGCGGAGUCUGUAACCUGAAGCGUAUGUAACCUAUACAGUGGUACAGGUACCACUGUAAGAAGACCCUGGUAGACCAGGCUCCAGCAUCUGCUUCUCACAGUGGCCAACUGAUGCUUGUGGGAAAUCCCAAGCAGGAUUCGAGCACCAGAGCACUCUCCUGCCCUGUGGUUUUCCCUCCUUGGUUUCCAGCAACCAGUGUUCAGAGCACAGGCUUCUGUGGCUAUAGCCAUGGAUAGCCUCUCCUCCUCCAUGAAUUUGUCUAAUCCGCUUGUAAAGCCAUCCAAGUUGGUGGCCAUUACUGCUUCCUGUGAGAGGGAGUUUCCACAGUUUUAACUCUGUGCUGAGUGAAGGACUUUUUCCUUUUCCUUUUCAGAUACAUGAUUCUGCUAAAGUGCUUCGCCAUCUUUUUUUUUUAGCUCUAGCAUUCUUUAUUUUAUUUUUUAAACAUUUUUUUAAAAAUUAAUUUUCCAGUUAUUUUUAAACAUUCUCAAUCAAACCUAAACAGCAAAAGAAAAAAACAGAUACAAAAUUCUCUUGCAUCCUUGGACCUCCCUCUACCCUUCAGUGGGUUCCAUAUUUAACCUUUUCUGCUGCAUAUUUGAGGCCCUCCAUUUAUUCCAUUUAACAUUUAUAUCUUAAGUCUCUGUUAACUCACAAGUGUUAUCUACCGGUAAGUCCCGUUAAAGAGCUCAGCAGUUUAUAGCGGUCUUCUAGGUAGAACAUAAUUUUUCUCCGGUCUUUAUUAAAAUAUUGGUCUUCCUGGUUUCUGAUUUUCCCAGUCAUUUUUGCCAUCUCAACAUAGUCCAUCAGUAUAGUUUGCCAUUCCUUUCUGGUUGGGACCUUGCCGUCUUUCCAUCUGUGGGCAAGUACUUUGCCAUCUUAGGCUGGAUCAUGCUCCCUUAGAAGACAUCUCAUAAGUGGCUUCAUGCAUACGGCAAUUUCUUCUAGUUCCCCAACAUUUCCCUGACUGUCAGUUUCCACACUAUAUUUGAGAUACUGGAAUUAUAGUGGAAUAUAGUGCUUAUUUCCAUAUCAUUUGCUUCCAGGGAAAAAAAAUCCAUUUGCGAAUCCCAUGGAACUGAAAACAGGUUGAUUAGCAUGGGAAUUUGCAAAGAGCUAAUUUCUCCAGCACCUCUAGUCAUUGCGAGUGACCUCACAGUCUAUUGCUAUGCCUAGGGCUCACUUUGAGGUCAUGUGACCUGGAUGGUGGAACUUAGAUCACUGACUCCUCCUUGAGUUCUUGAUGGAAGAAAGGUGGGAAAUAAACGUUAUAAAAAUAAAUAGAGAAAUAAAUAUUGUGGUUUUAGGGUAGGCUCAAUGGGUAGUCCCAAUUCCAAGAGCAUUUAAAAUAUAUUUGCAAAAGAACAGAUGUGGGGAAAACAGAAAAACUCUUUCAUAUCCUUUAUGUCUCCAUAGAGGCCUCGUUUAUUAGUUCAUUGACCUUUGCCACAGCUCUGUCUCCCUACACAACUGUUGAAAUUCUAUUGCAGAGAUAUAUAUGCAUUUUGGUUACCUUGAUCACAUCCACGCAUGCAGAACCAUCACAUCUAGGCGACCUAGAUGCCAAUUUUGGCAUCCUUCGGCUUCUCAUUUUUUCCAACUUUUAGUUCUCCACCUUCCCACAUCAGUUUUCAAUUUUAAAAAUCCUCAUGAAAAAUUAUUAGCAUUUUCAUGCAUUUCCCCCCCUAAUAAUAUUCACAUUUUUUUGGUAUGCAGUUCUGACUAAUAUGCACAUUUUUUUGCAGAGCAUUUCCCCAUUUUUGUAUGCUGUUUUUACUAAUAUAUGCAUUUUCACGCACACUUUACCCUUGCAUCUAAUUGCCUUGCAAGUUUUGGAGAUGUGAAAGAUUCAGUGAAUGGCGGGUGUUCCGGUUUGUGUAUAGUUGCAGAAAGUGUGAAUCAGGAUUAGGGCUGCAUUUUCAGUGCAAACUGGAUUUAAUUUCACCCUAGGUGUGGAACUCGGGCUGCAAUCCUAGACAUAAUUUUCCUGGGGCUUACUUCUGAGUAGACACCAUCAGUUGUGCAAAGCAGUAGACAGUUGGCAGCAAGUGAAAGGGUUACGUGAUCCACACUCCCAUUCUCACCCAUUCUACAAUGGGGGGGAAGUCUCCUGGCAUUUCUCCCCAACCAACUGGAAGACUUGGCAGAGAGCUGAAUGUUGGCUCUCUUAUGCUUAAAGCAAGAAUUGUCUCCACAGGCAUGUCAAUGGGGUCCCCUUGCCCAAUGAGCUUGAUCCUGGCUGGAGCUGGUGGGCAGCUGAGUCCAGCAGAAUUGGACAACACUACGUUGCCUACCCCCCACUACAUUGAUGGGAGAAGAUCUUGUAUGGAAACAUAUUAGAAUCAUAGAAUUGUAGGGCUGGGAGGAACCCCAAUUCUGUAAUGAAGGGUUCCUGGCAGAUGGUCACCCAAUUUCGGGCAAUACGUUUCACCAUCCAGCAUUCUCUGACCAAGUCAGCCAUCCUGCACCAACUGUUACAACAGGAAUCUUACGUGUUUUGUUACUGAUUGCAGAUUUUUGUGAUUGCAAAUUUUGAGGUCAACACCUAAACCAGUGUGUCAAAUGGAGUUUUCUCUCAUUUCCCUGAGUGCAGUCAUCCCUUUUUCAUCUUUGGUCUGCGUUACUCAUAUCAAGACUGUGCUCAAAGCACCAAAAUCCCCACGAAUGUGAAACGCCAACCGAUUUCCUAUACUCAUUGCACCCAGACGUAGGAGGAAUAGGAUGCAGAGUUUGGGCACAAAGAGCAUUGAAGUGUUUAGGUUUGCAUUCAAGCUUCUGCCUUGCAAAACCUUUGAGGGAAACCUGAAUAGGACUCUAUCUGGUCUGCUUGCUUGUAAUUAUUGUAAUUAUUAUUUAUUGCAUUUGGAUCCCACGUUUUUCUGUGAGGUAGGUCAGGUUGAGAGGCGGUGACUGCUGGGCCAGGAUGACCCAAUGAGCUUCAUGGCUGAGUGGGAUUUGAACCCUGGUCCUUGCCAGGUCCUACUCUGACCCUCUAACCACUACACCACCCUGCCUCUCUUUAUGCCCUCCAAAACCUCAGGAUAGCCUACAUGAUUAUCCCUCUCACUCUGUCCUCACAAUAACUUUGUGAGGUCAGCUAGGGUAUGCAUGAGUGGCCGACCCAAAGUCACCUUCUAAGCUGCCUGCCUGAGCCUGGAUUUGAACCCUUGGCUCAAUGAAUACUUUAAGCAGAAGCCCUUAUGCAUUCAGCUGGAAUGUUUUUUUUAAAAUUGUUUUUAUUAAAGAUUUUCUUAGCUUAUGAAAGUUACAUGCAUUGUCUCUAUUUUCAGAUCGUAAAAUCCUUUCUACAGAUCAGUUAUAUUCGAUGUGAGACUUUAAUGUUGAGGAAAUGGAGCAAUAACAACUUCACCCUUUCAGACAAAAUAACCGUGAUCAAAACAUGAUCACCCUCCCAAAAUUAACCUCCCUAUUCCAACCCCUCCCAAUCUGGAUUCCCCCAACCUACCUCCAUAAAUGGCAGCGGGGGAAACUACACUUGUUUAUUUUCUCACACAAAAAACCCAAGGAUAAACUGAAAUGAAAAUGUUCUUCAGUUGUUUCUGGAAAGUACAACAAAGGGGGUGCCUGUUGCAUCCCAACAAAGAUGCUGUUCUGCAGAACUAGGACAUCGGGAAGAUUUUGUGCCCCGUGAUCACUGCAGGAUCCUUGGACUGGAUCUUUCCCUUGAAGGGAAACUAGUUUAUUGCUCCGACCAUUGCCCCACCCUCCUUGGAAGUGAACGACACAUUGCUGUGUUAACUUUGGGUCUGCGCCCAGCAUGGUCUGAAACCCCCCCCCAAACCAACAUUCCAUCCCACCCUGCGACCCACCAAGCCCCUCCAGGGGACACCCUUUUGCUCUUUUGGAGAUUGGAACAUUAAUGAAUCUUUUUGUGGAAAAUGAGAUCAGCCAAGCCCGCCUCCCCCGACAGAAGUUUAGGCAGUUUGAAGCUGGAUUUUCAAUCCCCCACGGUGCGAUUGGGACUGACAAAGAAAAUAGCUUGAUGUAAUCCCAUUGAGAUGUUUUUGUUGGAAUGCCACGAGAGGACUCGUUCACAACGCGCACACACACAAAAAGAAAGUCUAUACUCCUGCCACCGUGACACACACUCGUAGAAGUGCGUGGAGGCAAGCUGGCCAGCGUGGAGCCGAAGGCUGGACUGGGUGUGGAAAGAAAACACAGACGCUUGCCAGCCCAGUGGGGGCAGCAGAUUUGGGCUGGGCUGCCAAAUGUGGGGGGCCAGUCAGGGGAGAGACGCAGAGGAGUUCAAGGGAAGGACAUAUUUGUGGAGGAGGCCAACCAGUGGAUUGCCAAAUAACUCGAGGUGGGCAGCACUAAUAUUGUCCACCCCAGGGCACAGCUAGAAAGACAAAUGAUGGUUUCCUCCCACUUCCCCAAAGAGAGGGAUGGAGAUGGCCUGGAAUAAUUCGUGGUGGUGUAUAGAUUCAUCACACAGUUGUCUCUCAUGGACAGACCCAGGGGACAGCUGCUGGAUCAGGGCAAUGGCCCAUCUAGUCCAGCAUUCUGUUCUCACAGUGGCUGACCAGAUGCCUGGAGGAAGUCAGCAAGCAGGAUUCAUGUACAAGAGUACUCUCUCCUGUCUAUGGGUGCCAAUUUGAAUAAAAUUGGGGGGGGGAGGUAAGCUCUGCCCCACACAAUCAAUCAUAAGACGUGACAUACUCAUUUGAAUGGCAAUGCCCAUUAAUUCUGGGGGAGGACCAUCCUCCUCAAAUAUUUUAUUGGGUGGCCCCAAAGGAACCUCAGCCCCUAGGUGUUGGCUCCUAUGGUUUCCACAAAUGGUAUUCAGAAGCAUUGCUGCCUUCAGCUGUGGAGGCAGAGCAGAGCCAUCGUGGCUAAUAGCCAUUGACAUACCCUUCAACGUUUCGCCAAGAAAAUAGGGACGUCCCAUUCCAUAAUGAUAAUUUUACUAUUUGUACCCCACACAUCUUACUGGGUUGCCCCAGCCACUCUGGGUGGCUUCCAAUAUACGUAAGAACAUAAUAAAGCAUUAAACGUUUUUUGAAAACUUCCCUAUACAGGAUUGCCUUCAUAUGGCUUGGGGGUCAGAUAACUCCAUGCCCUCCAACAUUUCUCCAAUGAAAAUAGGAACAUCUUAAGGAAAAGGGGGACAUUCUGGGAUCAAAUCAGAAAUCAGGGUGGCUUCUCUAAAUCAAGGACAUCCCUGGAAAGUACGGACAACUUGGAAGGUCUGCAUUGAUAGCCUUCUCCACCCGUUGAAAGCACAUUGAAAGGGCGUUCUUUCAAAAAAUUCCAGGCCCUGUCGUUGAGGGUUGGUAGUAAUGGUAACUCCAAGAGGGGGAAUACUACAGUUCCCAGAAUUCUCUGAGGGAAAGAAUGAGCUUUGGAAGUGCUUUAAAGGGAUAGUGUGUGCACAACCUCAGUCUUUCUUCAGGGACAUCAUCAGUCAAAAAACAACACAUUGCAUCAUUUACAGAAGACAACAGGAAGCCAAUGGGAUUGUUGGAGCAGUGGUGGCAUGUGUUGUAACCCUUUGGUAUUACAUGCCCCCAGCAGGAGACAAGCUGCUGAACGUGUUACAUGAAUUCACAGCACCAGGAAGCUGCCAUGACAAAGAUCUUCAGGGUUUAGGCAGGAGUCAAAACCAGCACUUUGAAUUGCUCUGGUGAACGACCUGGCCACUGAAUUCUGCACUAGCUGAAGUUUCCGAACUGUCUUCAGAGGCAGUCCUAUGUAUAGCGCAUUGCAGUAAUCUAACCUUGAGGUUACCAGAGUGUAGACAACAGUAGUUGGGCUACCCCUGUUCAGAUAGGGGCAUAGCUGGGCCACCAGCCGAACCUGAUGGAAGGCACUCUGGGCCACUGAGGCCACCUGAGCCUCGAGCAACAGCAAAGGAUCCAGGAGGACCCCCAAGCUACGAACCUGCUCUUUCAGAAGAAGUGUAACCCCAUCAAGAGCAGAUGAUCUCCCACCCAUCUGGUCUAGGGAACCACCCACUAACAGUGCCUCAGUCUUAUCUGGAUUGAGUUUCAGUUUGUUGGCUCUCAUCCAGUUCAUUACUGAGGCAAGACUCUGGUCCAGCACUUCCACUGCCUCACUUGCAGAUGUAAAGGUGAAACAGAGCUGAGUGUCAUCAGCAUACUGCUGACAAUGUACUCCGAACCUCUGGAUAACCCCACCCAGCGGUUUCAUGUAGAUGUUAAACAACGUGGGGGAUAGGAUUGAGCCCUGCAGAACCCCACAUUGAAGGUGCUACGGGGCUGAAAAGCAUUUCCUAAGCAACACUGUCAGGGAACAACCAUCCAAGUAGGACUGGAACCACCGCAAAGCAGUGCCACCCACCCCUAGUUUGGAGAGUUGCUCCAGAAGGAUACCAUGGUUGAUGGUAUUGAAAGCCACUGAGAGGUCAAGAAGAAUUGACAGGGACAUACUUCCUUUGUCUCUCUCUCAACAGAGGUAAUCAUACAGGGCAACCAAAGCAGUUUCUGUGCCAAAACCGAGCCUAAAAUCCAAUUGAGAUGGAUCCAGAAAAUCAGUUUCUUCCCAAAGCACCUGGAUUUGGUCUGCAACCACUCUCUCCAGAACCUUGCUCAGGAAAAGAAGAUUGGCAACUGACUGGUAGUUAGUUAGGUUUUCUGAAUCCAGGGAAGGUUUCUUAGGGAGUGGUUUUAGCACUGCCUCCUUCAAACAGGCAGGGAUCACCCCCUCUCGUAAAGAGGCAUUGAUCACCUCCCUGGCCCAGCCACCUGUUCCCUCCCUGAUGGUUUUUACCAGCCAAGAGGGGCAAGGGUCUAGAGCACUAGUGGUCGCCCUGACCGAUCCGAGCACCGUGUCCACAUCCUCAAGCCUUACCAACUGAGCCUGAAUCUUUAACUGGGCCCGCGAACAUCCUCAAAUUGCAUUCUUUCUCUUCCUGUGACUUUUUCUUUAGGCAGUCCUAUUUGUUUUUGAUUGUCCCCCCCCUUUAGUCUUCAAUAAAACAUCUCAUGCUGGAAGUGAAUGUUUUGGUGUUUGAACCAGACUCUAUCAGCAACACCUUGUGAAUGUUUCCUAGUGGGCUUCCGCUAAUUGUUCUGGAAAUGGCGUUGGGAUAAGGAAACAGGAUGUUGCAACACAAUGCUUAUGAAUGUAGGUGGAAUAAUAACGUCACGAGUUGGUUUAAGAAAAAUAAUGAAUGGGCAUUGCUUGUAGAUGGUGGAUCAACAUAGCAGACUUCAGAAGCCGCUACGUAUGUCCCUCAGCUUCUCUGAAUGAGUUGUAUAGACUGGUGGCUUCCCAACUGUGUUCCUGGGGAACAUUUUGUUCCUGGUUGAGAAGAUCAGUCAUGACAGACAAGAUUCCCUGGGAGAUAGGAUGUCCAAUACUGCUGGGCUUUUCUUAUAACGGUCAACCCACAAGGUAGCACUGGGUUCAUUCUAAGGCAAAUUUUCAUCUAGUGUGGGAUGGGAUUCAAAAUUCAGUAACUGAGCACAUGUUUCCAUGGAUAAAGUCUUAAGUUCAACCCAUAAUAUCUUCCGUUAGUGGUAAUGAGGGAGACUUCCAGCUGAGACCUUGAAGAGCCCACUGCCUCUUUGAGUGGACCAGCCUUCCCUUGACCCUCCAGAUGUUUGGGACUUUGGUUUCCGUUAUGCCUUACCUUUGGGCAUGUUGGCCGGGACUGAUGGGAGUUGUGGUCCCACAACAUCAGGAGGCACCGGGUUGGAGAAGGCUGGAAUAGAGAAUACUGGUUGAGAUGGGCAAACAGCCUGAACUUCUGGGGGAGUUGUGGUGAGUAGGGGUGUGGUCUCUGAAGCCAUCUCUGUGACCUCCAUGGUGAUUCAUGAGCUUUGCCUAACCAUUCUCCCGCUGAGGUUGCAUGGGUAGCCUCAAGCUUCAGGGCAAAAAUUAGCAGAACUGCAACAGGAGAGUGUUUCUGGAAGGAUCCAUUUGUGUGAGGUACUGAGGCAAGAGAAACAACAGCAAAUUAGAACAGAGAGUUCCUGCUAGUGUGCCCAGUCAGUGAGCACAAAUGUGGAGAUCUAUGCCCAGGAACUGAAUUGGAGUAGCCUAUUGAUAGAUACUGUUAACUGGGGUGAGGAGAUAAGUAACUGAAGUAGACAUUACGUAGCACUGUGAUCCUGACUGAUAGAGUAGUAGCUUAUUGGAAAAUGAAGUUUUAGAAUAAGGGUUGAGAUCAUUUGCAAGGGGUUCGGAUAGUUUAUAAGAAAUUGUUGAGAUACUAGUAAAAUUCAUGGUGGGGUUUGUGGAAUAUAUUUAUUAAAGGAAUAGUGCAAUGUUAUUCAAAACGAAGGGAUUGUGCAAUAUACCUAGAAAGCUGUGCUUACUGUGGGUUGUGAAUUUUAUAGAGGGUCUGGAAGAAGUAUCUGUGUAUUUGAGGAAUGCAAUAAAUAGAUAAAUGAAGAUGGAACCUAUUCAGGGAACCAGUCCUCAUUAAGAACAAAUCAAUACAGAAUAAAGAUGACACCGAAUAUUCACAGAGUGUUAGUGAGUGUCCUCCAGGACAUGAAGACGAGGUUUCAUAAUUUCAGUGAUAAUAUUAAAGGCUUUGAAAAAGGAUGAAUUAGUAAAUAAGAAAAAAAGAUAAAAGCAGAAAUAAAAUUAAAAUUAAAUACGUUUGAGAGAAGUUUUCUUUAAAAGGAUUUUAAUCCAUAAUUGAUAAAUAAGGUAUUUCAGAAAGCAGAAGUACACAGCAAAAUUGUCACUGUUAUGAGAAAAGUGGAAAAGAUGAAAGAAGAAAACAGAUUCACCGAAGCAGUGAGCAAGAUUGAUGAACCUUAGAUAAGCAUACAAGAAAGUCAUUUAGUGGAAGAAGAAAACGAAUGUAGUUGUGCUAACAGUGAGAACAGAGGCACUGAAGAGCUAAGCAGGUUGCUAGAAGAAUUAUUAGCAACCAUCCUAGCAGGGGCGUAGCAAGGGGGGUGCGGUAAGUGCGGUCCGCCCCAGGUGUCCCCACUGAGGGGGGUGACAAAAUGGUGGGCGGCAGUCACCGCGGGGCCUGCAGCGCACCCGAGCCACACAUCUCUCCUGGGAGUGACAUGGUGGCCACUGGCAGAGGAAGAGGAGUGCGGGGGGAGUGCACCGCCCCUGGCAGCACGAUCCCGGAGGAGUGCCAUCGCAGCUGCCCUUCUGCCCGGGCUGGGCGCUACGCCUCUACAGGCUGUGCGCCACACGCCCAGGACAUGUGCCACCCCCGCCGCCCACCUGCUCUCCACCCCCGGUGCUGGAGCAUGAAGCUCUGCAACUGGUAGUGGCUCCCCCUCAGCUGUAGGGUGGCUGAGUGGGAGGAGGCAGGCAGACUCCUCAGAGGCGCUGCGGUGCCCCCAUGGGUGGCUGGCCCCACCCCCAGGCACCCGAUCGGCUUUCUCCACUGCUGCAUCCUAGGAACAAAAGUGGAUCAUUGUCAGUUGAGCCAAAAUAUGCAUACUGGGCCCAUGAAAGUAGGCAAGUCCCUGGGGAGGAACUCACAGGUGCUUUGGUCUGGUCUUUUUUCACUCCUGCACAGCACUGAGCAAAGUCCCUAGUCCUCCGUCUGCUCUGCAGGAUUUCUCAGGCCUCUGGGGCAGGUUUUGGGAGGCCAGGAUGGUCAAGCGGAGGACAGAGGAACCCUGUGGCGGUAACAGUUGUCUGCUCAUGCUAGGUUGGAUCUCAACCUUAAUUUGGAUUUUUUUUUUUUUUUUUGGAUCAUUUCCACUGCUGAAAUAAUGCUAUAGGUAAAGGACAGAUCGUCUCCUGCCACACUGGUGUGGCGCACCACACUCUUUGAGAACCACUGCUGUCGGUCAAUCAGUGCGGAAAAGGGCUGACCCCACAGUGAGGCAGAGGGAGGCAACUGCCUCAGGCAGCCCAUUCUGGGGUCCUUGAAGGGCAGCACUUAAUUCAUUGUUGUGUUUUUACUGCCGUUGGGAAGUUUGUGCCUUGACUUGAGGAGGCGCCAUUUGUUUACUUCAUUCAUCAACAGCUUCCUUUGGGGAAGGGGGUCAGAGUUCAGUGGCAGAGCUCGGGUCUUGCAGGCAGAUGGUUCCAGGUUCCAUCCCUGCCAUCGCUGGAGAGUCUUUCCUGCAAGUCGGUGUGUAGACAGUGCCGACCAAGAUGAGCCAAUGGCCUGACUCAGUCCAAUGAAGCACCUCAAAGCACUUUCGCAACGAAGAACGGCAUCUUUAACAUAAAAAGUCACAACAAAGCAUGCGGCGUAUUCACAUAUCAAAACAACAGUUAGCUCCUCCAAAUGCCUUCCACGCCGGCUCUGUUUCGAGAGAGGAAGUUUGGAAAUGGUCGGCUUGGUUUUGUUCAAAAGGACAUUUGAUGUCCUCUGUGGUUCUGCGUCUUUUUAUUUCCUUCUGAUGUGGCGUGCUAACAAAAGGUAACCUUCUGACCGGAGAGUCGUCCUUUCAUAUUCCCCCUCACCCCACAUUUGUUUAUCCUUUCUGAAUGGGGAAAUCAAACCGCAGGACCGUCGGACAGAGCGUCUCUUGGUCUGGCUGGGCAUGUGGCUAGAGAGGCUUCUAAACUUUCCUGCACCAGGAAUAAAAACCAAAGCUUUGGGAAGCGAAAAGGACUUAAUGCUCAAGCUUCAGAUUAAAUCAGAGAAGCGAACAGGGCUGCAGAUGGAGAUGGAUUUUAUUCGGAAUAAUUUGCCAUGUUUCUCAGCCCAGCCAGCUCCACAUCAAUCGCUUAACCCUUCUCAUCUCUAUAGCUGGCCCUGCCAUGGGGCACUGGGAGGCAGUUGCCUCAGGUGGCAGGUGUUGGGCAGCUACAACAGGAGCAGAAGCCCUCCAGCAGUUCUUCCUGAGGACCUGAUCCCUUCUGUGGGAGGGGAGAGCUGUGCAUGCUCCUCACACACUAGACUUCUGAUGAAGGAUGCUACCUAGUCACUAGUGUCAAAGUGAGAUCAAACUGUUGAUCCAGUGGGUUUCUGUGAACAGAUUAGGGGUGGAGAAGGGGAACACAGCAUCUUGUCCUUGACCUCAGGCAGCAAAAUGUCUUGGGCCAGCCACACAACCGAUUAAGACCACUUCACCUGCGUGCCUGGGGCAGAGGACAACUUUGGUAUUGCAGAGGGGAGGGUUAAAUACCCACCGAAUCUGCAGUCUCUCUCCCACCCCCAUUGCUCAGCUGAUUGGCAGGGAACAACUGAUUGGCAGGAGAAAGAAGACUGCAGCCCAUUUGCAGUGAGAUGGAUGAAUGAGGAAAGGGGAAAUGCAUGGCCAUCAUUUGAGCAAAUCAGAAUAAAGUUUCCAUGUCACAUAACUUUGGCUGAUUAGCAAGAGUGGGACACCACGAGUCACGUAAAAUUGGGCACUGCCUCGCAUGUGUCCUGUGGGCAACUGUUUGCCCACCUUUGAACUAGACACAAAAAGGAAGGACGUGCUUCUCAGACAGUACAUGCAUAUUAACUGGAGAAUGUGCAUAUUACCCAGAGAAUGUUCAAAACACUUUUUCAGAUGCAUGCAUUAUAUCCAAGGCCUGUUGGAGAUCGUGUCUGUUGACUGGAUAAUGUAUAAAACUUUAUUGAGAUAUGCAUGAUCCUCAUUCCUUUUUUUGGAGACUAUGUACACUGACUGGGAAAUGUGCACAAUUCCCUCUAUAGGGCAUGUUAAAUGUGCAUAAUAGCCUGUUGCAGACCCUCCAAGUGUCCGUAUUUUUCAGGGACAGUCCCAGAUUUACAGAAGCUGUCCCAGUUUCUGAUUUGAUCCCAGAAUGUCCUGCUUUUCCUUUGUUGUUGUUUAGUCGUUUAGUCGUGUCCGACUCUUCGUGACCCCAUGAACCAGAGCACGCCAGGCACUCCUGUCUUCCACUGCCUCCCGCAGUUUGGUCAGACUCAUGUUUGUAGCUUCGAGAACACUGUCUAACCAUCUCAUCCUCUGUCGUCCCCUUCUUCUUGUGCCCUCAAUCUUUCCCAACAUCAGGGUCUUUUCCAGGGAGUCUUCUCUUCUCAUGAGGUAGCCAAAGUAUUGGAGCCUCAGCUUCACGAUCUGUCCUUCCAGUGAGCACUCAGGGCUGAUUUCCUUAAGAAUGGAUACGUUUGAUCUUCUUGCAGUCCAUGGGACUCUCAAGAGUCUCCUCCAGCACCAUAAUUCAAAAGCAUCAAUUCUUCGGCGAUCAGCCUUCUUUAUGGUCCAGCUCUCGCUUCCAUACAUCACUACUGGAAAAACCAUAGCUUUUACAAUACGGACCUUUGUUGGCAAGGUGAUGUCUCUGCUUUUUAAGAUGUUGUCUAGGUUUGCCAUCGCCUUUCUCCCAAGGAGCAGGAGUCUUUUAAUUUCGUGGCUGCUGUCACCAUCUGCAGUGAUCAUGGAGCCCAAGAAAGUAAAAUCUCUCACUGCCUCCAUUUCUUCCCCUUCUAUUUGCCAGGAGGUGAUGGGCCCAGUGGCCAUGAUCUUCGUUUUUUGAUGUUGAGCUUCAAACCAUAUUUUGCGCUCUCCUCUUUCACCCUCAUUAAAAGGUUCUUUAAUUCCUCCUCACUUUCUGCCAUCAAGGUUGUGUCAUCUGCAUAUCUGAGGUUGUUGAUAUUUCUUCCAGCGAUCUUAAUUCUGGCUUGGGAUUCAUCCAGCCCAGCCUUUCGCAUGAUGAAUUCUGCAUAUAAGUUAAAUAAGCAGGGAGACAAUAUACAGCCUUGCUGUGCUCCUUUCCCAAUUUUGAACCAAUCAGUUGUUCCAUAUCCAGUUCUAACUGUAGCUUCUUGUCCCACAUAGAGAUUUCUCAGGAGACAGAUGAGGUGAUCAGGCACUCCCAUUUCUUUAAGAACUUGCCAUAGUUUGCUGUGGUCGACACAGUCAAAGGCUUUUGCAUAGUCAAUGAAGCAGAAGUAGAUGUCUUUCUGGAACUCUCUAGCUUUCUCCAUAAUCCAGCGCAUGUUUGCAAUUUGGUCUCUGGUUCCUCUGCCCCUUCGAAAUCCAGCUUGCACUUCUCGGAGUUCUCGGCCCACAUACUGCUUAAGCCUGCCUUGUAGAAUUUUAAGCAUAACCUUGCUAGCAUGUGAAAUGAGUGCAAUUGUGUGGUAGUUGGAGCAUUCUUUGGCACUGCCCUUCUUUGGGAUUGGGAUGUAGACUGAUCUUCUCCAAUCCUCUGGCCACUGCUGAGUUUUCCAAAUUUGCUGGCAUAUUGAGUGUAUCACCUUAACAGCAUCAUCUUUUAAAAUUUUAAAUAGUUCAGCUGGAAUAUCAUCACUUCCACUGGCCUUGUUAUUAGCAGUGCUUUCUAAGGCUCAUUUGACUUCACUCUCCAGGAUGUCUGGCUCAAGGUCGGCAACCACACUACCUGGGGUGUACGAGCCAUCCAUUUCUUUCUGGUAUAGUUCCUCUGUGUAUUCUUGCCACCUCUUCUUGAUGUCUUCUGCUUCUGUUAGGUCCUUUCCACUUUUGUCUUUUAAUAUGGUAAUCUUUGUAUAAAAUGUUCCUUUCAUAUCUCCAAUUUUCUUGAACAGAUCUCUGGUUUUUCCCAUUCUGUUGUUUUCCUCUAUUUCUUUGCAUUGCUCGUUUAAGAAGGCCUUCUUGUCUCUCCUUGCUAUUUUUUGGAAAUCUGCAUUCAAUUUCCUGUAUCUUUCACUAUCUCCCUCGCAUUUUGCUUGCCUUCUCUCCCCCGCUAUUUGUAAGGCCUCGUUGGACAGCCACUUUGCUUUCUUGCAUUUCCUUUUCAUUGGGAUGGUUUUCGUUGCUGCCUCCUGCAUAAUGUUACGAGCCUCCAUCCAUAGUUCUUCAGGCACUCUGUCCACCAAAUCUAAAUCCUUAAACCUGUUCCUUACUUCCACUGUGUAUUCAUAAGGGAUUUGACUUAGAUUGUAUCUUACCGGCCCAGUGGUUUUUCCUACUUUCUUCAGUUUAAGCUUGAAUUUUGCUAUAAGAAGCUGAUGAUCUGAGCCACAGUCAGCUCCAGGUCUUGUUUUUGCUGACUAUAUAGAGCUUCUCCAUCUUUGGCUGCAGAGAAUAUAAUCAAUCUGAUUUCGAUGCUGCCCAUCUGGUGAUGUCCAUGUGUAGAGUCGUCUCUUGUGUUGUUGGAAAAGAGUGUUUGUGAUGACCAGCUUAUUCUCUUGGCAGAACUCUAUUAGCCUUUGCCCUGCUUCAUUUUGCUCUCCAAGGCCAAACUUGCCAGUUGUUCCUUUUAUCUCUUGAUUCCCUACUUUAGCAUUCCAAUCCCCUAUAAUGAGAAGAACAUCCUUCUUUGGUGUCAUUUCUAUAAGGUGUUGUAAGUCUUUAUAGAAUUGCUCAAUUUCAGUUUCUUCAGCACCAGUGGUUGGUGCAUAAACUUGGAUUACUGUGAUGUUAAAAGGUCUGCCUUGGAUUCGUAUCGAGAUCAUUCUAUCAUUUUUGAGAUUGCAUCCCAGUACAGCUUUCGCCACUCUUUUGUUGACUAUGAGGGCCACUCCAUUUCUUUUACGGGUUUCUUGCCCACAGUAGUAGAUAUGAUGGUCAUCCGAACUGAAUUCGCCCAUUCCUGUCCAUUUUAGUUUACUGAUGCCCAGGAUGUCAAUAUUUAUUCUUGCCAUCUCAUUUUUGACCACAUCCAACUUACCAAGGUUCAUGGUUCUUACAUUCCAGGUUCCUAUGCAAUAUUUUUCUUUACAGCAUUGGACUUUCCUUUCGCUUCCAGGCAUAUCCGCAACUGAGCGUCCUUUCGGCUUUGGCCCAGCCGCUUCAUCAGCUCUGAAUCUACUUGUACUUGUCCUCCGCUCUUCCUCAGUAGCAUGUUGGACGCCUUCCGACCUGAGGGGCUCAUCUUCCAGCAUCAUAACUUUUAUAUGCCUGUUGCUUUUCCUUAGGACGUCCCUAUUUUCAUUGAAUAACUGUUGGAGGGUAUGGUAGGAUGUCUCUAUUUUCGUCGGAUAAAUGUUGGAGGGUAUGGAGUUAUCCAACCCCAGAGUCAUCUGAAGGCAGCCCUGUAUAGGGAAGGUUAUUUUUAAUGUUUAAUGUUUUAUUAUGUUAUGUAUUUGGGAAGCCACCCACAGUGGCUGGGGUAACCCAGUCAGAUGAGUGGUGUAUAAAUAGUACAGUUGUUAUUAUAGAAUAGGACAUCCCUAUUUUCAUUGGAGAAAUGUUGGAGGCUAUGCAGUUGUUUAUGCACAUUAGCAACUUCACAGGCAUUGUACCUAACUGUGUGCUUCAUUUAACCUCUCAACUUUGCAUGUGAGACAAAACCUCUUAGCAAAAUUCAAUAUAUUGUUGAGAAGGAAGAGUGAAGUCUGUUGCACAAGCAGAAGUCUGGCCUGCUCACAUGCAGAAGGUGUUGGGUACUAUUAUUACUUUGUCUUGGAUGCUUUAGUUGAGAUUCCUGGAGGUUGCAGGAGGUUGGAUUAGAAUCAGGCACGUCCUACAGGUAGAUCGUGAUCUACUGGUAGAUCACUGGACGUCUGUGGUAGAUCACUGGUAGAUCACUGGCUCCUCCCAAAGAAGCUCAACAACUUUGGCUCCCCUAAAAAAAGCUCAACAUUUUUGCCCUGCACCCCAAAGAAAGAAAAAAGGGGGUAGAUCACCGCCAGUUUUUAACUCUGUGAGUAGAUUACAGCCUCCAGUCUCUUGGGAGUUGGCCACCCCUGGAUUAGAUUAUCCUUGGGGUCCCUUCCAACUUGAUGAUUCUAUGUUCCCCUCCAGGUUGCUAGCAUUUUGUGGAAGGGAUUCAUAAAUUUAGGUUUGUGAAAUUAAAGUACAGCUUUCACACCAGCACAACUAAUUUACUUCUUUUUUAAAAAACAAACAAACAACAAACUGGGUUUUUUGUGGUUAGGAAAGCGGUGCAGAAAUGCACCCCAAGGUGAAUGAAUGACGAAAGGGGAGGUGCAUGGCCAUCAUGUGAGUAAAUCAGAAUAAAGUCUCCUUGCCAUAUAACUUUGGCUUAAACCAGAAAGAAUGCUCAGUGGUGAGCAAACAUAGUCUAACCUCUCUGUAUGUUUUGUGCAAGCAAACCAGCAGGACGAAGGCUCAGUGAACAAGUCACCUGUAGGAGCCCCUUCUUCCAAAGACCUAAUGGGUUCAUGACUUCCCUCCUUUUCUUGCCCUUUAAAUUCUGGCUGCAAGGGAGACAGAAAGUAGAGAAAGCUGCUUUCUGCAAUGCAACGUGCUUCACUUAUUUAUUCGUCGAGGAAGUGGUUUGGUUUGCAAAGUAGCCAGUUCUUGAAACCAUCUUCUCCCUGGCCCCGAGCAUCUCCAGCUGAAAAGACCAUAAAACCUGCUAAAACAAUAUUUACAACUGUGUCUGCAAUAUGCGACUGUGUAUUUAUAGCCUUGGGUCAAUGCUGACAAAUAGGGAUGCCUAAUUAUUUCCCCCCAAAAUGAAAGGAACAACAGAGGAGAGGGAGGGAGGGAGUGGGGAGAGAGAAAGCGAAUCAAUGCAUGCACGCUUGGGGAGAGAGAGAGAGAGAGAGAGAGAGAGAGAGAGAGAACAUGCUUCUCUCUCCCCCCCCCCCCGGUCUGGUCUGUGGGCAAUUGAGCGGCGCUGUAAAUUGUUAUGUACAUACCAGAUGUAAGUGAGCAUUAAGGGGAAAGUGGGGCGUAUUUGGUGGAAGAGGCAAGGCUCGGAGUCUUGAACUGAUUUGCCAGCUCGGAUCAAUCCUGCACCAGGCCCAGGUGGUUCUUGUUGGGAUUAGCAUGACAAGUUUAGCCUGGCUGCCAAAUCAGCUGCAACGGGUUUGGCUGCCUCUGCUCUGCUGCUCCAAACCAAGAACAGAGCGCAGAAGACUCUCCUGCACGGGAGGCUUUUCAGCAGAGGUUGGAUGGCCAUUGGUCAAGCAUGCUUUAAGCUGCGAUUCCUGCCUUGCAGGGGGUUGGACUAGAUGACCCUCGGGGGUCCCUUCCAACUCUACAAUUCUGUGAUUAAGAAGGGAUGUGUGUGUGUUCGGGGUUUUUUAAAUUGUCUGUUUAUGGAUUUAUUUCGAACCAUUUUGCGUUCACUCUUCAGGCCACCCCUCCUUCCCUCCCUUCUCCUAAGAAUAUGCCUGAGCAUCAUUCCUUCAUUGCAGGGAGUUCGACUAGGCGACAUAUUUGCUUCCUUCCAACUCUACAAUUCUGUGAUUCUAUGAUCAGGGCUAGGAGAGAUUUACAGGGAUGGGAUGGACAGUGGAUGGAAAAUGGCAGCCUUACAGAAGUGAAACGGGUUUCAGAAGGGAGAGCUGAAUGCUGCUCAGCUGGUUGCUGUUGAUUUUUUGCUUUUUUAAAAAAAAAGUGUGGUAAGAUCUGUCUGUAUACUCUGGACCAGCUCUGCACAUCUCAUGACCUACUCAGCUGAUGAAUCUAGAUAAGUGGCCCUGCCAGAUGGUUGUCAGUGUCAAGGCUGCUGCCUUUGCAGUCCCAACAAGACCAGGAGGUUUAAAGGAAUUCUAAAAAGCAGCAGCAGCAGCAACAACAGCAGCAACCAGGCCAUAUUUUUCCACCUUCAGCAUGACCGUGAUGGGGGGGGGGAUAUUUUCCUGGCAUAAAGAUGAAGCAACAAGGAAUGCUUUGCCUGUUUCACUGCUGGGAAGGUGAGGUGGACACUUAUGCAUUGUCAAAAAAGAGGAGGCUGUAUCCAACCCUAUUUGCCUUAUUCAGAGUAGACCCAUUGGCAUUAAUAGGCACAGCUAAUGUAGGGCCAUAAGUGGUCUCCUCUGAUUAGAAGCUGGAUAUGGCUCAGGAAACGCAUCCCCCCCCCCCCAAAAAAGUCAAAUGAUGAUACAGUUUUUGCAUAGAUUCUGCACAGGGGCUCCAGCUUCGGCCCCAGGUUGUGGGUGCCCAACGGCACCCAUGACAUAGUGUGAUAUGAUGCCGUGACAUCAAGAAGCGCUUCUGAGGACUGGCAGGGCCUCCGACGUGAUCUCCGAGGCCUUGCGCAUCUUCCCCCGUGACUUUCGGGAAGGGCCUCUGACGUGACUUUCAGUAGAAGCCAGAAGUUGCAUCGGAGCCUGUGCUGUGGACCCACAAUUUUUUGUGGGGGUGCCUGGGCCCCUAGGGCCCCCUGUAGUUUGUGCCUAUGAUUCUGCAUAUUUAGACCUGGAUCUAGGUGUGGUUGGAGAGUAAGGGCCUGUUGAGAGGUAAGGGACUAUUCCCCCUCCAUACUAAUGAAGCUGUGCUGAUGUAAAUGGCUUUUGUGGGGUGAAGGUGGAAAGAGUUGUGAAAAGCACCACCACAACUUCACUGUGCUUGAAAACGGUAAUAUGAAACUCCCCGGCUGGAGCUGAUGUCCAGGACAUCUGGAGGGCAGCAGGUUGGCUAAGGCUGCUCUAAAACAUUUUGACUGUCUAUUUUUAAGAGUUAUCUUCUUUUUUUAUUUUUUUGUCGGUUUGUUCUUCACUUCCUGUUUCAGCAGAUGUGCUUUGGUAUGACGUCAGCUGGACGUUGGCUCCCAAAUUGCAAUCUGGCCAACACUUGAUUCUAGGAGUCGUUUCAAAACACAGCUCAAAAUUGCUUGGGCGGAUUCUUCCGCAGAGGGCUCCUUUUGCCCUGAGAGGCAUUCAGAAGUUCCAAAGUCAGGCCUGUUAUUGUGAAGCAACAAUCCCUGACGAUGUGAGCCAGCCACCCCCUAUAUCUGAUGGACUUAAGUGGUUCCCAAGUCAGUUGUGCGGAAGUCUUCGCCCCACCCAGGUCUGCAGGCUGCAGAUAAAAACUCUGCCGCGCUUUCCUUGAUUGCUUAGUCUGAGAUGAAAGAGAAGUGAGUUAAGAGCCCCAAUCUGAACUAUUCCCAGGGCUUUCUCACUUCCCUCUGAGUUCCCUUUAGCUCAUCUGCUGCCUCCUGUGUGUAGUGCACUUAUUCCACUGGAAUAUAUACUUUAACCUUCCAAAACUAAGAGCAUCAUCGGCCACUUAUCGCCAGGGAUGGAGAAAACCACCAAUUUUGUCUUUUCUCAGGCUUCUUAUAUUUUCAGUCUUCACCUUCGUCCACCCCAUUUCCGCAUCAGUUAGUAGGCAAAAACUGGCAAGCAUUUUUGUGAGUAUUUUUUCCUCAUUGUGUGCAUUUGGCAAACACUUCCCCAGAACGUCACAUCUUUGUGUACAUUUGUCUCAACAAUAUAUGCAUUUUUGGUAUGCCUAAGCUUUCACCUAAAAUAAUGCAUUUUGGGACACAGUUUUUUUGGCUGGAGAACUAAACAAGCGCAAUAAAUAAACUUGGGCUGACAAUUCGGAGAAGUGCGAAUUUUGAAGGUUAGCAGCAACUGAGUUCACUUACUGGUUCAUGAAGUGAACCUUGGGUAGAUUGGCAAUAAAAUGUGAAUGGAAUGAGAAUCUCCCCACACCUUCCAUGUGGUUGGUUUCCCUUUGGAAUAGCUGUAUGUAGACAGGAAACAUGCAUAAUAUGGCCCAGAGGGCAGAAUUCAGUCUUCAAUGAGUUUCAGUUUUGUUUAUUUAAAUUGAACAGUAUAUUUCUUUCUCUUAUGACAGCCAUCAAGUGUUUAUGCCUGCAACCAAGUCUCAGAAGCCAGACGUUGAUGGUGCUGGGAUGUGUGGGUACAGUGGUCAGCGAAUGGGGGCUUCAGCACCCCAAUCAACUCUUUGCCCCUCCCCAUCGCUAGCAAAAAUAGACUAAAUUGUGCCAGUUUUUAUAACAAAUUUAGGUCGCAGGAUUCAACCUUCCUGGAUGAAGGAUCUUAAUCUUUUGUGAGGUGAACUGUACACACAGCCAAGGAGCUAGGAUAACAAGAUGUCUAGAUUUCAGGCUUUUAAAAUUUGGCGUUGCGUUGGAAAACUCUAAGGACCCUUGGGUGGUUUCCUAGAAAGGAUUGCUUUCUCUUGGAGAUUAGACUAUUUUUGUUGUUGUUUCGUAAUCUACAAAAAAUGUACACGCACAGGUGUGUAGCAGUGAGCUGCCACAAAAGGGGAAGAAUUAUCUUUAGCUCUGGUUGACCAGCUGGUGAUAUGUUUGCUUCUUCCACCUCAUCCAGCACCUUCUACAUGUUUUCUGUAUGAAUUCUUUCCAUACCUCUGUGAGCUCUUAAGGUGUUUUUCCUAGUGACGCCCCACAAUCGUCUCCCUAUCCCCGCAGCCAUAAAAGCGGCCGUCUUCUGUAGCGCCAUGCAGCUGUCUUGGGGGGAGGCAGGGAGUCGGGGCGUGGUGCUGACAGUCCCAGGAACCUGGGCUAUGUUCAGCUUGGCCACAGACAGAGCCCACAGCAAUGUGCCAGGAAUGCAGAUCUACAAAAUGGGGGAAAGCUAGAGAGCUGGCUCUCCACCAAGGGCAAUAAAAGGCAAGAGGCAAGCACAAGGCCCCUCUCUCAAGUUCAGUCUGGCCAGCUUUACAAAGAUCAGGACAGGCCAUUGUGUUGCGGGGAAGGAACUUGCCUAGGUUGCUUCUAGCCUGUUUGGGCGAUAGAAGCCUCUUUAUCUGCUGCUGUAGAUUACUGAAGGAGCCCAGCUGGCAGGGACCCCAAAGGGUCCCUUCUUAAAUUUUGAUGCCCAAAAUUGGAUGCAAUAUUCCAGGUGUGAUCUGACCAAACAGGAUAGAACGGGACUAUUACUUCCCUUGAUCUGGACACUAUACUUCUGUUGAUACAGCCUAGAAUAGCAUUAGCUUGUUUUGCUGCUGCAUCACACUGUUGACUCAUGUUAAGCUUGUGGCCCACCAAGACCCCUAGAUCCUUUUCCAUAUGUACUGCUAGUAUGCCAGGUGUUCCCCAUCUUAUAUUUGUGCAUCUGGUUCUUCCUGCCUAAGUGCAGAACCUUACAUCUGUCCCUGCUGAAAUUCAUUUUCUUAGCUUGGGCCCACUUCUCCAGUCUGUAAAGGUCAUUUUGAAUUCUGAUUCAAUCUUCUGCGGCAUUAGCUACCCCUCUCACUUUGGUGCCAUCUUCAAAUUUGACGAGCAUUUGUUGCUGCAUCUCCUUUGAGUAUUUGGAUGUUUACAAAGGUUGUCCAGGAUUUUCAAAAUGCUCAACAUGCAAACGCUAAGAGUCACCAGAGUUGGGGCUUCCAUCAUAGCACAGCACACUCUAUGCAUUAGCAUUUUCCAGUAUGAGGUGAAUCUUCUGCCAUAAGCAGCCUUCUGCAUAUGAAGCCAUGCCAAACAAAAGGGCUGCUACUGUCAUGGGGCCUGACUGACCAAACUGCCUCCACCAAGUGGUUUUUCAUAUGUCUCAGCCCUCAGUCAGAUUGGGCUAAACUGUUGAUUUUGGGUUCUUUCAGUUUCUCAUUCUUCCAAACUCAAAUUGCAAAUUUGCAGUUUCGAUUUCCAAUCUUUCAGUUUGGGGGCGGGGAACACACACACAUCCGCGCCAGCAUUUUGGUGUAGAUUUCUUCUAAUUUCACAUAAUUUUGCAAGCUGUUUCCCCUGAUAAAACGCUGUGGGCUUUUGUUUUGUUUUGCUAUUUUGAAUAAUAUAAAUGAUACUGAUGGUGAUGAUAGCAAUAGCAGCAGCAGCAGCAACAAUUUAAUUUAAUUUUUUAUACCUUGCUGGUUCCCCCAGCAUAUUUUAAUACAUAUGAUUUGGUUAGAGAAGUGGACCAGAUUCAGAGAAUUGCAGAUUUUGUAGGACAGCUGUCUUUUACUUCGCAUAUUGUUUUGGAAGGUGUGAAUUAGGGAGGUCUGCAUUAAAAUCUGAGCAUAACUGGAUUUCACCCUCACUCUGAGCUCCUAGCUAUUUCAACUCCAGAACCCUCUCCCGAAAAAGGGGAGGCUGUCAGUGAAUCUUUUGCUCCUGGUUCCAGUAAGUUCCAGUUAAGAGCAAGAACCCAGGAGUUUCACUUAACAGUUGGGUGGAAGUGCAAAAUAUCUGAUUCAAUCUGCAACUCUGAGGCAAACGCUAGUUUCAGGUAAAGCCUGCCUGGGCAGCUGCUUGCCAGCUCAAAGAGGGAGCAUAACUUGAGUUUCUAGUCUAGUUUUGACAACCAUUUUUAAUUUUGGGUUUCUUCUCUUUGGCAUCCAGGAGGCCCUCUCCGUGGUGAGUGAAGAUCAGUCCCUCUUUGAUUCCACCUACGGUGCCGCUGCUCACCUCCCCAAAGCAGACAUGACAGCCUCAGGGAACCCUGAUUACGGCCAGCCCCACAAAAUCAACCCUUUGCCUCCUCAGCAGGAGUGGAUCAACCAGCCAGUCCGAGUCAACGUCAAGAGGGAGUACGAGCAUAUGAAUGGAUCCAGGUGAGGAGGGACAAACGGCUGUGCUAUUUUUCUAGAAAAAGAGGUGCCGGAACUCACCAUUAACACUAACCUUGUUUUCUUAUAAUGACAGUGGUGCUCACCUGACAGAAUGGCAAAAAAGCCCUGACAAAAUGUGUGAACAGGAUGCCUUGGUACCAGCUUGGGAUCCUGUGUGGGGAAGCUCAGAAAGGUACAUAGAGGAGAUCCUCACCUCUGGAGUUCAAGUUGCACUCUCCUACUGCAGGGCCAACAGUCUUUUUCCCCCUCCUGAGGUGAAAUGGGAAAGUGAAACCCUGCACAGACCCACACACACACACCCUUGCCAGCCUCGCUGCUUACUGGAGUUGUGUAGCUGUGGCUUCCAGGUUCUGGCAAAAUCUCUGCAAGAUCUCUCAGAGACCUCAUGCGGCCUUCCCAAGACUCUGGUAAAGUUGCAUGAGGCCUUCGCAAGAUUUCACAGGACUGUCGCUAAUUCUCCUCACUUCUCCAGCAGUGUGUGUGUGUGUGUGUGUGCGUGUAGUCUUCCCCUACAUCCAAGUAACCAAUGCCAAUCCCUCUUCCUGAAAUAGAAUUUGGUACUAGAUAAGAGCCUCUGGCAACUGGCCAUAACGUGGAAGGAAAAAAGGGAGAGCUUUUGCAUGAAAUUCCAGCACACACUGAAAAAUAGUGAUGGGGAACUUGCUCCCCCCCCAUGCUGUUGCUGGACUACAACUCCCAUCAUCCACUGGUUUUUAGACUCCAGGAUAAGGGUUUAGGGUUGUCAGUUUGUGAUCCAGAGGUGCUACAUACAUAUACAGGACAACUGCCUCUAGAUAUGUCAGGGGAAUCAGAGCUGGCGCAGGGAUGCCUUCAGCUUGCUCCAUUUCUCUCCUAUUUCCAGUCUCUGCCUCCCUUCUGCAUCUGCUUAGUGCAGUAUCCAAUGAACAUGUCCCAUCAGGGCAUGAAUUUCUGCUUGUACAACAGAAAUUCUGCCCCCUCCCAAGUGCUCUCUGAACUCUCCCCAAAUUGCUCUGGAGUUUCAGGGGAAUCCCUAGAACAGAGGUCACAGGAGGAGAAGAGAGGGGAGCUCCGUUGUGCAAGCACUGAUGAUAUGAAUUUUGUAUCACUAUUUUGGAUGCAACCCCAGGACUUCAUUUUUUGCACUCUGGGAAGAACAAGAGGAGAGCAGGCAAAGAGGACUUCGGGGCGGGGGCAUGAGGACCAUCCACGGCUGCGUCCCCUCUGCACCACAACCUGGAAAGCCAGCAUCAGAGAACAAAAUUGUGCUGCGACCUGCAAAUUGCAGCGUGCUUCUUUGUAGAGCACAAUUUCUUUCUUCUCCCCAGUAGUUUUGGCAAACAGGCCUUUGCCCCUCAUAGAAUCGUAGAGUUGGAAGGGACCCUCAAGGAUCAUCCAGCAAUUCAGCAACUGCAGCGAAAGAAUCCCAGACCGAUGGCCAUGCAACCUCUUCUUAAAAACCUCCAAUGAAUGAGAGCCUGCCACCUGCCACCUUUGUGAUCCUUGCCAAUCCCAAUGCAAAGACAGCUAAAUGGAGCCAGCAACUGUCAGGCCAUAGGUCACCCUUUCCUACACUUUUCUUCAGAGGGGCUACAAACGGGCAUCUUAGCUGUGGUGUGGUUUUGCCCUGAUGGCGCUUUUCAUCCCAUGAUCAGCAAUGGGUGAAACUCGCCGCUGGCUUGCCGUUUAGCCUCCCUUGUAACGUUCUUCUUUCCUGUGCCUCAAAUGAGGAAAUUCAGAAGCAGCGCCUGGAGGCAGAUGAACAGAAUUGGUGGCUCGUUCUGAGGAAUCUUGUGCUCCAAAAGAAAUGGGGACAAUAUGUCAGGCUCCAUGAGCCAAGGCAAUUUGAAUUAUUAUCCUUCCAGUGAGAACCGGAUAAAUAUUUUCUAGUGCCUGAGUCUGUGCCGGAUUAGCAGCUGUUAUUAUUUUCUGCAAACAGGACAACUCUGUAAGAAUAAUGCCUGGUGCUUUGAUUUUAAGGUUGCUAUAGGAUUAUGAAACUAUCGGGGUGGGAAUCUUAACCCUGACACCUUAGAGACAGCAAUGUUAAUUCUGAGCUCUACUGGCAAACUCCAUAUGCCUGUUCCUGGGAUAUUUUCUUUAUUGAAACAAUUUUUUUAUCGUUGUUUUCAAUAACCACAACAAGCAAACAAACAAAAACCAGACAGUAGGAAUGUCAACCUUUAUCAUUCAAAAAUAGGAAUUAAUAAAAGAUUCCCAAGAGCAAUCUUCAGCCCCAGAGGUUCUCAAACUCCUCCUACCUCCACAGAUAACUGUGGAUGGUUUUGGCGAAUCACAUAACAAUUUUUCUGCCUGUUGUAGCCAUUGUAAUGCACUGUGCUAGGUGCUGUAUGCGUUUAAAUUAUAUUUAAAUUACUUAUUUUAUUUCUUAUGUAGGGUUGUAUCGUAUUACAUUUUAUUUACUUCACCAAAUUUAUAUACUGCUUGAUGGUUAAAAACACACAAACAACUGGGAAAGUGAUUUACAAAAAAAUGCAUUUCGUAGAAUUUGUGAAGGUGGUGGUAGCAAGACCAUUUCAUUCUUCAUUUUUAAAAUAAUUUUAUUUCUCAUUUUCAUUUUAUAAUUGCAGCAUUAGAUAAUAAUCCCAAUAUCAAAUAAACAUUUAAUGUUGACAUCCCCCACCCUUUCUGUGGUUUACUUCAUUAUUUUAUUUUCCACAGCAUAUUCUAAUUGACGCCUUACUUUUUAUUUUCUCAUUUUUUUAUCUCAAUAAUUGUUACUGCUGCAUUUACUCUGUUGCUGUUAACUUUUUAAUAGGCUUACAAUAAUUUCCCAAAUAUUCCGUAAAACAUUUCCAAUCUUCUUUAAAUGUUUGUCCCCCCUAUCUUGGUUUCUUAUUCUGUUGGUCAAUCUUGCCAUUUCUACAUAUUCUAUCCAUUUCAUCUGCCAUUCUUCCUUUGUUGGUAUUAUAGAGUAAGACCAUUUCAGGCCAGGGUCUCAAAAUUACCUCAUUGGUUAAGUCUAACAGCUGCCCGCCACUGAACUGGAGGAGCACCAUGGGUCCUCAAAGUUAAGAAAAACAACAGAGAGGGUGGGGGGAAAUCCAGCACACAAUUGCACCUGCCUCCAAUUCCUCACUUCUGUAUUUCGCCUUGUAAAAAUACUAUCUGUCCCAUUGGGUGGAGUUUGUGACUUUCAGAAAGUGCCCUUCUCCACAUGGAAUUGUGGUUUAUCUGCCCAGGAAAACAGAGUGUGUGUCUGUGUGCAUGUGUGUGUGUAAACCAGCACAGAAAGUCCUCGGACAAGGGGGGACCCGGUUUAAGCAGCCCUUUAAAAUCUGCAGUGGCCUUGAUUUAUCCCAAUGGCUGGGAAGCAUCCUCACUGCACUCAUCUUAGCUCCUUCACAUCAGGGCCCAGAAUACUUACCUUUCUCCCUGGCUUAAUUCAUUGAUAAUGCCAAACUGAUCCAGAGAGAAGCGCCUGCUUAUCAACCGCAGCCGUGAAAGAAACAGAGGCUUCAGAUGCCUUCACUCAUUGCUAUCUUGGCUAUUCUGAUUUCUCUUCCUUUAGUCCGCAGGAGAUGGAGGGUUCUUGGAAAGCGGGGCAAAUUGUCCCCAUCUUUGGGUGGCUGUGGGGAAAUGCAGAAGGCCAGUUGAAAUUGUUGUGAAAUUUCCUCCUUUUACAAACACAAGGGGAGAGUUUGAUAAUAGGCUCGAGACUCAGUCAUCUUUGUAUAUAGUCUGAGUCCCCUCACUGGCAAAGUAGCUGGUGUCCUUGGCAUCGUGCCACGCAGAAAGGCCUUGCCCCAGCCUCCCCACAAAUAAUGCUGACACCCCAUGUUUGUGGUUUGCAGGGUCUGCCUCCACCUCCACCCCGUUCAUCUGUUUCUUGUACCUCACAAUUGUUUGGCAGAGCUGUGACUCUUGGAUUCUGAGUAAUAAACACGGUCUCUCUCACUCUCUCUCUCUCUCUCUCUUUCUUUUUGCCUCUCCCUCUCCUUCAUCCCCCCUCUUUACUGAGCUCCAGCUGCCUCCCAAGAAAGCAGCCUUUACUCUGUUCUUCACCUGUGCAUCCAGCCAGGGAUGGGCAAAUCCACUGCUUCCCCCCCUAAAAAAAAGUUUAGGGGUACUCUCAUUUUGACUCAAGAAAAUUACCAUUUUAUAGUUCAAAUCGGAAAAAACAACUACAGUAAAUGGACAAAAGUACAAAGAUUCACAAAAUGUUUAGGGGUAUGCGUACCCCUGCAUACCCCCAGAAAAAAAGCACUGGGUAAAUCUGUCCCUUUCACUUCCUCUCUGGAUCUGCUUUUCUGCCAAUCUGUUCUCUACCUUUCCACACUGGUUUGCAAUUUCUUUUUUAAAGCCUUCGUGAAAAUUCAUCCUCAUUCCCAUGUGUGAAAUUCCCCUAAUUUGUAUGCAAUUUCGCCCAAUAUAGAUUUUUUUUCUUUUUUGCAAAGCUAUCUCCCCAAACGCGAUCCACUUUGCGGUGCUCUGUUUCGUGAACAGGUCCAUUUUAAUGCAUGUUUUACCCCAGUAAAUGCAUUUUCGCACCCCUUGCUUGCAAAAUUCAGAAAAGUGAGACUUUUUAAGGCUGAGCAUGACAAUCGUGGCUAGUAGCUCUUGGUAGUCCUUUCCUUCUCCAGGAAUCCAUCUACAAAGCCCUGUGAACUUAGAUGGUGGCAAGGCCCAUAGCACAUGCUUUUCAUCCAGUUCUUUAUAUCUCUACCUGGACUGGAAGAACUGCAAGCCACUGUAGACAAUGCUGAGCUAGAAGCCCCAGUGGACUGACCUGAUAUGAGAUCCUUUGGAAACCUUAGGUGGCUUUUAAACAAAAUAAUUGAGACAACUGCCAUUCUCAUAUUCAUCAGAGAGACCAUACGUGGCUUUCUCUAUCCUCAGUGAGUCAAUGCUCAAAGCACUGUGACCAAUUGCUGCUCUCCAUCAUGUCCCAUUGAGUGUUUAUCGUAUUCAGAUCUCCCCUUCCCACUGUGAGAAACACCAGGGUAGUCACAGCAUGGUUGCCACCUAAGAGUCUCAGCUUCUGGGCCCCUCCUAGAUUGCUGAAGAAGUUGUUGUCCCGAUGUUGCUGGACUUCAACUCCCAUCAUCCUUUGGUCUGUUUGGUUAGGACCAGUGCUUUUUUUUCUGGGGGGGACGCAUACCCCUAAACAUUUUGUGAAUCGAAGUUUGGCCUCACUGAGGGGCAGUAUUUCAAUAUGAGUAGGGAAAUGAGAGUACCCCUAAACAUUUUUUUAAUAGAAAAAAAGCACUGGUUGGGACUGAUGGGAAUCUAAGGCCAAUGAUAUCCAGAGGACCACAGCUUCAACCCCUCAGCCUUGCAGCACCAGACACCUGAACCUGAAACCCUGACAGCAGUUUCUGCUCUCUGAUGUUGUCCCAUCUUAUACAUCUGCUGGCAGCCCAAACACUACUUUGGAGAAGGCUGUAAUCCCUCCAGAGAGAAACUCUGUAGCAUGCCAAAGAUUUUGCACUCCAAAUACUUGCAGCUUUUAACACCUGACACUGAGAAUUUCUGCUGCCAGUGAGGAAAGGUCUGGCCCUCUCUCUCUCUCUCUCUCUCUCUCUCUCUCUCUCUCUCUCUCUCCAAGGCUUGUCUGCCCUGCAGUUCCUCAACACCCCCCCCCCGACUGCCACGGGGACAUUAUAACUCCAGCAAUUUGCCUCUCCAAAGACUGACUUUGGUUCGGUGCCUGGAAAAACAGUAGGCGAAAUAGUGCAACCUUAAAUUCUAACAUGUGUAAGUUAUACAUCUUAUUUCCAUUUCCAAGCAGCCUUUCUCCCCAGAAAGACAUGAGGAAAAAAUUACCAUCCGCCUCGAGAAUAUCUCAGCGGAACGUUUAUCUCCUAGCCACGAUAACUAUGCUAGAGUAAUUCUGCCUCCGCGCCUUAACAAACAAAUUUAAUGUUCUCAAUUGGAAAAUCCUUCAGGCUUGUUCGCCAGAUGGAAAUCCAGCGCAGAGUUGUAAGGCUUCCCUUUGCAGUGAAUGGGGGCAAUUAUUUCAACGCUGGAUUUUGUGUGUGUGUGAAUGUGAAAGGUGGUUGUGAGUGUGUGUGUGUGUGUGUGUGUGUGUGUGUGUGAAUGUGAGAGGUGGUAAGUUCAGAUGACACACACAUACACACCCUGAAAUAAUAUAUGAUGUAUAAUGUCCACUGUUCGUUGGAAGUUGAAACUGCUUCACAUGUACUAUUACGUUGCCGUCUUUAUGAGGAUAUACGUUUGACUUUCAUUACAUCUGUCUUGCAAAAGUCCAGGAAAGAAUCGGAAUACCAUAGUUUAAAACUACUGCUAGAGGAUAAGAAUCCCAAGACUACAUUAAAUGUAGCCAAAUUCUGUGCGUCUGCAAUUAAUCGCGGAAGCAAGUGGUAUCCCAUAGUGACCAAACCCCCAAAUGUUAAUUACAGGGGGCACGCUAAUAAUUAAUUUUAAUUUUUUAUAUUUAAAUCCUUGUUACACUCAUAUUGACCUCUGUAUUUCUGAUAUUUUUUUAUGAUCUGUGAUAUUGUGUGUGUUGACGCUGGUCUGUGACCGUAUUAAUAAAUUCAUUCAUUCAAUGUCCACUGUGCCAUGUGGGCAAGCUCUGCUUUCCAUGGGUAACACAGGCCGUGACCACAUCCCCUGCCCUCCCUGGGUGUGGCUGGCAUGUAAAAGGAACAUGGAAGGAAGACCCUUGGUCCAUCUAGCUCUUCAUUGAGACAUUGAUAGGCAGCAGCUCUCCAGGGUUUCAGGUGAAUGAUGUUCCCACUCCCACCUGAGUUGCCUCCACUGGAGAUGAUGCCUGGGACCUUUUGCAUACAAAACAGAUGCUCUAACCACUGAGCUACAACCUUUCCCUUUAUACUUGGUCUACACUGAUCAUGGUCCUCAAUUGUUUCAGAUGGGAGUUGCUUUAAUGUCCCAUGGUGGGCAGGCCUGUGGGUCAUCAUGGCUGCCCAGGGCUUUCCUAACACAUUUUUGCUGCCCCACUUUCCCUCCUUGGCACAAGAAGCCCUCUUUCCUCUGCUCAGUGAUCAGGUGGCAUUGCAGGGGGUUGACCCAUUGGAUCUCUUCUAACUCUACUGUUCUGUGUAGUUGCACUGGAGCCGACGAUUGCCUGGUACUGAUCUGCCCCCUGUGUUUGCAUUUCAGGGAGUCCCCAGUGGAUUGCAGCGUCAGCAAAUGCAACAAGAUGGUCGGUGCCGGGACCGAAUCCAAUCCCUUAAAUUAUGGCACCUACAUGGAUGAGAAGAACGGACCUCCUCCCCCCAACAUGACAACCAACGAGAGGAGAGUCAUUGUGCCAGCAGGUAGGGGCUCAACAGUUUCUGGGACACUGGCACCCAUCUGCAUAGCCCAAAUUUGGUUUUGGUCCUAACACGAAGUCUUUCCUCAGAGAAAUGAACAGGAAUACUGUAGGCCUUCAAUGAAGAGUGGCUAUUGUGGUUGCUCCCAAACGCUCCGUUUGGGGUCAGUGAUGAAUCUAAACACCAUGGCAAGAUGGCAAGUUGAGGAUACAUGAAUUGCCUUGCUGAAUCUGGUCCAAACUUGGGGGACCUGUGCCCUUGCCCUGCCCCCAGAUGCUGUUGGACUCCCAUCAGUCCCAGUCAAUAUGGCUGAUGGGCAGGUUUGAUGGGAGCUAUAGUCGUGGAGUGCCACAGGCUCCUCAUCCCUGAUCCAAAGCCUUGCCACAGCAGUUCAUGCACUUGAAUUACUUCAAGAUUGGAUUACUGCAGCACGCUCUAUUCAGGGCUUCCCUCGCGCUUCAUCCAGAAGCUGCAGUUGGUGCAGAAUGCCACAGCACGAUUGCUGCCAGGUGUAAGGGUUUGCCAGCAUAUAGCACCUUGUGCUCAGAGAUCUGCACCAGUUGCCAAUUUGCUGCCAGGUCAAGUUCAAGGUUCUGCUAUUGGUUAGAAAGCCCUAAACAACUUGGAACCUAUGAGAUCACCUUACCCCACAUGUGCCCACUUGCUGAAUUGGCACUACUACAAGUGCCACAUAAGACUCGUUCCUCAUUUGUAAGAACUUGGUUGUUUAGUGUGGCAGCAUCUGUGCUGUGGAACUCCCUGCCUCUUGAUGUCAGGCAGGCACCAUCACUGUACUCUUUUUGGCACCUGCUAAAAACAUUCUUGUUUAGACAAGACUGUCCGGAUACUUAGAAAUGCUAAGAUGGAUUUUAACCUGUUUUAGUAUUUUAACAUUUUGCAUGUUUCAACUUUUCUCGGUAAGCAAGGAUGGUCAUGCGAGGACUGUUCCAAGGAGACGGUUCAAGUGCACGUGUUUUUGCUUACACGCACCAACCCUGGAUCAUAACCCCCAUGCAAGAUGCUAUUGUGCUGUAAUUACAAUUGCAAGAGUUCACCUGAGGACAGAAUCUGGGAGAGCGGAGAAGGAAAAUAAAGGGCAUGCAGAAUAUAUUCUGCCAUGACUCUUUUCCCGAAGGGGACCCCUGCGUGUCUAGAUAAGAGUCAUGAGAAAAAUAGCACAGGAUGCAGAUAAAGAGGCAGACAUGCAGUGAUAGGUACCUCUGUAAAAACAGCUUCAGACCCUGAUAUAUUGCUCCCUAAGGAGAGGCACAAGGGUGUUGUUUUUAAAGCAGAACCUUCAUAGUUAGAUUUCCUUUAUUUUAUAGUUAACUGCGGUUCACGGUAACUAUGGUUAGCUUUAAAUAACCCCAACCAUGGUUUAUGGAGCUGGCUUGUUUCAACUGAGCAUGCUUCUCAACUCCUCAGCUGUGUAGAAGGAAAAAAGGAGGGAGCAAAUCAAGGAGCCUGGGGAAAUCUAGGAUCAUGGGAUCUUCCAUUAAACCAUGGUCGGGCAUUCCGACCAAACAUGGCUACAGCAGAUUCUGCAGAGUGAAUGGGUUUGGAGGAAGAAGCCAUGGCUCAGUGGUAGAGCAUGUGCACCGCAGUCUGAAGCGCCUAGGUUCCCUCCCUGCCAUUUCCAGUUAAAAGAAACAGGUGGCAGAAUGAGAUGUAGGAAAGGUCUCUUCCUAGAGAGCUGCUGGUGGUCAGAGUAGGCAACCCUGGGUUUGAGUCUGCACAAAUGUGUCUGCACUUAAGGCAGCUUUCUGAUCUUGCUAUAUCAGAGUCCGAUAAAGUUGGCAUAAGGUAAAGGUAAAGGGACCCCUGACCAUUAGGUCCAGUCGUGGUCGACUCUGGGGUUGCGGCGCUCAUCUUGCUUUAUUGGCCGAGGGAGCCGGCGUACAGCUUCCGGGUCAUGUGGCCAGCAUGACUAAGCUGCUUCUGGUGAAACCAGAGCAGUGCACGGAAACGCCAUUUACCUUCCCGCUGGAGCGGUACCUAUUUAUCUACUUGCACUUUGAUGUGCUUUUGAACUGCUAGGUUGGCAGCAGCAGGGACCGAGCAACGGGAGCUCACACCAUCGCGGGGAUUCGAACUGCCGACCUUCUGAUCGGCAAGUCCUAGGCUCUGUGGUUUAACCCACAGCACCACCCACUUCCCUAAAGUUGGCAUAAGGCCAGCCUAAUGUAGUUGGUACCCUAAACUCCUCCAGCCUGCACAAGCCAAGCGUGGAAUUGCCCUAUCAGUUCCUAGAAUCGCCACUGGUGGUUAGCAUUCUGUAUGUUAGUCCUUGGCAGCAAUGUGUCGUGGACGGAAUCCAUCAUUCUUCCUGCCCUCCUCCUCCUGUGUUGACUCUGCAGGGCUAGCGUGGCAAGGGAAGGGUGAGUGGGCGGGGGAGAGUUUGUUUUUGUCAGCAGGGUCUGGAAAUAUGACUCAGACCGAGGAAGCCAGCUUGUCUGAGCAAGGAGAGGUCAUUUUCACAGAAUUUACUACUUUCUGGAGCGCAGUAAGGAACAUCCGUCCAAAAAUUUUAAUAACCCAUCUGUACGAGAUUUGCAACGGGCCGCGAGGAGGACCAAAUGUGCUGGCCUGCCUGUUUGUAGCUGCUUUGCAACUGGAGACCUGCAGGAGUAGCUGAAGUGGGGUGGGGUGGGGAGUAAGACCUCCUGCUCUUCAGAAAACAGAGGUGCUGUGAUGGGGUCAGUGUGGUGCGUGCAGUGAGUUGUUGAGUGGUGAGGUCAAAUCCUGCCCAUUUGGCUUCUGACACAAGCAACCACAGCUAAAGCAGAAUUGAGCUCUGCCCUCCCAUCCGCUGAUGUCACAAGUAUGUCCGCUGAGUGACAGGUGAGCGUGGCUUGGGGAAAAGGUCAUUGGAGGCCAAAUUGGGACCCCUGGCCAGCCAAGGUUAGCCCACCGGCCAGUCUGUAGGAAGAGAGAGAGGAAGACAGAGGCAACCCUCUUAGUCCCACUGAAGUCUUACUGAUGGAAAAGUUUCUCAUCUAGCUCAGUUGGUAGAGCACGAGACUCUUAAUCUCAGCGUCACGGGUUUGAGCCCCACGUUGAGCAAAAUAUUCCUGCAUUGCAGGGGGUUGGGGUAGAUGACCCUUGUGAUCCCUUCCAGCUCUACAAAUUCUACGAUGCUAUGAUUCUAAUCUCUUCAGUAUCUGAAACUGAUGGCUCAUCGAUAGGAAUAACACCACCCCCAACAAUCUUUCGGUGCUUGUUUGCGUUUUCAAGUGCCCAGAGCCCUCCCACUUCCUUUUUUUAAAUUGCAAUCCUUACAACAACCCUGUAAAGUAGGUCAGUGUCAUUAUCCUGAAUAUCGCAAACAGGGAAGAUUGAAGCUGAGAGGGAGUGCCUUUCCUAAAGCCAAGUGGUGAGUUCGUGGCAGAGGUGGGAUUUGCACUGUGGACUUUCCCAACGCAUAGCUCAGUCUCACAAUCACACAGGGAAAAUAUCCUUAGCUACCUGUACAUUGACAGAGCAGGAAAGCUAUGGGGGGGGGUGAUUCCUGGCAAUCCCCCCCCCCAUGACUUUGGACUACAACUCCAAUAAUCCCUGUUCAUAGGCCAUGCUGGGUGGGGCCGAUGGGAACUGGAGUCCAGCAGAAUCCAGAGGCCUUCACAGGUUGCUCAUGCCUGCCCUAAACAAUCUGGCCCAACUUACCUGCAGAACUGUCUUCACUCCUGUGAUCCACUGUGACCUACAUAAGAACAAAGGGGCACAGGCAAAUGUUCUCAGUGGCUGCUCCUCAGCUUCAGAAUUUUCUUCCCCUGGAGACUCUCCAAAGCCAGAGCCUGUGCAUCUUCUGGAAGUGGUGGUUUUAUUCAAGCCAGUAGCCCGGAUGUGAUUGUUAUUGCAGUUUUUUACAGCAAAGCACAAUUGCAGGUUUUACAGCAAUUAAGUGGUACAUAAAUUUUGUUGAAUCAAUAAUACAGUGGUACCUCGGGUUACAUAUGCUUUAGGUUACAGACACUUCAGGUUACAGACUCCACUAACCCAGAAAUAGUACCUUGGGUUAAGAACUUUGCUUCAGGAUGAGAACUGAAAUCGUGUGGAGGCAGCAGAAGGCCCCAUUAGCUAAAGUGGUGCUUCAGGUUAAGAACAGUUUCAGGUUAAGAACGGACCUCCGGAAUGAAUUAAGUUCUUAACCCGAGGUACCACUGUAAACACAUUGGCAUAUAAUCCACUCUGAACACUUGGAAUCUCAGAGGCUAUACACAUUGUUGCAGGGAGCAGGAUAACAGUUUUACUGUUGCUCUAAAGCAGGAGUGGGGGGCAUUUUUUUGGUCCUCUGGAAGUUAGAGAGCCACAACUCCCAUCAGCCCUUGCAAGCAUGGCCAACAGCCUGAGAUGAUGGACAUUGUGGUUCAACGACUUCUGGAGGGCCAGAAGUCCCCCAUACCUGUUGUAAAAGAAAAACCUUGACGACUCUUGCUUUAUCAGUAUCUCCCCCUGCUUCCUUCUGGCAGACCCCACAUUAUGGACCCAGGAGCAUGUCCGCCAGUGGCUCGAGUGGGCUAUCAAGGAGUAUGGCUUGAUGGAGAUCGACACCAACCUCUUCCAGAACAUGGAUGGGAAGGAGCUCUGCAAGAUGAACAAGGAGGAUUUCCUCCGGACCACAUCUCUCUACAACACGGAAGUUCUGCUGUCUCACCUCAGCUACCUCAGGGAAAGUAAGUGACUGCUCUGUUCUGCCGCCUUCUUUCUCGGAGGCCUGCCUGGCACGUCAAACAAAGAGUAGGUUCUUUUGGCCGAGAGCUGAAGUCAGAAGGGUAGCUGGGAGGAGAAAAGGAAGGAGGUUGAAAGGGGGCCAGGGUCAACAGCAAGAGCCAGUGUGGCACAAUGGUUAGAGUGUUGGGCUAGGACCUGGGAGAGCAGAGUUCGAAUCCUCACUCAGCCAUGAAGUUCACUGGGUGACCUUGGGACACCCAUUGGCUCCCUCACAGGGUUGUUGUGAGGAUGAAAAUGGGGAGGAAGAGAACCAUGUGCCUCUCUUUGAGAUCCUUGGAAAAUAAAGGUGGUAUAUAACUGAAAUACAUACAUACAUACAUACAACAAGAAAUGCAAGAAAAUAGUGUCCUUCCCGAUGUUUCUGGACUCCGACUCCCAUCAUUCCUGGCCUAUGCCUCUGCUUCCUGGGGCUGAUGGGAUUUGGAGUCCAGGAACAGUUGGAGGGCCAAAGUCUCUCCAUGCCUGAAGCAAAAUCUCCCAAGCUGUGCUUGUUCUGCCUGGUUUUUUCUUGUACCCGCUCUCAGAGGUGGAUUUAGGGCAGCACAACUGGUUCCACUACUCUGGGCACCAAGCCAAGGGGGCAUUGCAACAGUAGUGAAUUGAGCAGAAAGGGAGAGGUGGUGGGGCACUGACUUUUGGCCUCACACAGGGCACCUCUGAAAUUUGAGUCCAAAGUCCACCCCUGAGGCUCCUAUCACAAAAACCUAGCUGGCGUUGUGGAAGAGCAGAUCCACCGGGUUUCCUCUGAAAAUGCAGAUCAAUGAAUUGCUUAUUUGUCUAGUUCUGUUAUCUCGCUGAGAACAACUUUUUAAAACACCAAGCCGCAGACAUAUUGUCUGACUGAAAAAAGGUGUCUCCAAUUAACUGAUGGAAAGAUUAAGUAGUUAUAGAAGCUCUGUCUCUGUGCAAGCGAUACACAGUGAAGUGUGUGGGGAGCCUCUCCUUAGGGGGACAGCACACAUGACCCUUAUGGGGGCCAAUGGGAACUUUGCCCCCCAUUGCUAAUUGCAGCACAGAGUAGUUUUUUUCUAUUAGGGUUGCAGUUGGGGAGGGAAGGUUCACAUGUUCCCUCCACGCAUGGUGUAAUCCACAUGGAAAUCCAUGGGUGCCUAGGAUGUUGUUGUUUUUUAAUCACCUGAUUGGCUGCAAGUCCGAUGGCUGGUUUAAUGUUUAGUUAGGUUUGCAUGCAGAUGUAUGUCAUAAUAAAGAGCUAGAGCAGAAUGCCUAUAUGCAUGUGAACUCAGAAAUGAGAUCCGUGCAAAUCUGUUUGGCAUGGGGAGAGUGCAAAAGAGGAACCAAAGGGUUUGCAUUUCUGCUUUCUGUACACCUGGAAUUUGUAAGAUCCAGUCACGAAGACUUGUAUCCAAUACAGAACAGAUUUGCUGAAUUUUACUGGCAUGGCUAGCUUAGGUCCAUUCAUUUCAGUGGGUCUACUCUGUGUAGAUGUUAGUUGGCUCCCAGUUCCUGGGUUCAACCAGCCUUUCAAUGAGUGAACCCAUCAAAGUCUUUUUUCAGUGCAAUCCAAAGCCAAACAGAUUUGCCAGCAACCUCCAGUUCAGCAGCCUCCCACUCUUAUCUGCCUCAAAAUGUGGUUUCCUGGAGUGCAGCAACUUUGAGGACGUAAUGCUCAGCACUGCCACGUUCUGAGGCUUCUUUCCGCCCACAUCUGACUUGGCAACUAGAAGAGUUGCGCUGAUCAACAUCACUUUCUUGGUGUUUUCUUCCUGUCACAGUGCAGUGACCUGCAUUCAACCACCAUAGAAUUGUAGGGUUGGAAGAGACCCAAAGGGUCAUCUAAUUCAACCCCAUGCAAUGGAGAAGUCACAGCUAAAGAAUCCCUGUCAGACAGCCAUCCAGCCUCUCUCUAAAACAGUGGUUCUCAACCUGUGGGUCCCCAGAUGUUGUUGGACAACAACUCCCAUCAUCCCUGAGCUCUGGCCUUGCUAGCUAGGGGUGAUGGGAGCUGUAGUUCAACAUCUGGGGACCCACAGGUUGAGAAAGGCUGCUCUAAAAGCCUCCAAUGAAGGAGAGUCCAUCGCUUUCCAAGGUCAUCCAUUCCAUUAUUGGACGGCUCUUACUAUCAGAAAGUUCUUCCUGAUGUUUGGUUGGAAUCUCCUUUCUUGUAACUUGAAUCCAUUGGUUUGGAUCUUCUCUUCUGGAGAAGCAGAAAACAAGCUUCUUCCGUCUUCUGUGUGACAACCCUUCAGAUAUUUGAAGAUGGCUCUCAUAUCGCUUCUCAGUCUUCUCUUCUCCAAGCUAAGCAUCCCCAACUCCCUCCUCCGCUCCUCUUCAGGCUUGGUUUCCAGACCCUUGAUCAUCUUGGUUGCCUUCCUCUGCACACUUUUCAGCUUGAUUGCUGUGGUCAACAACUUGCACGAGCCUGCCUCCCUGGGCACCUGACCUGUUCCUUUCUUCUGUUUUGCACACUGACUCCAUGAGAUGAGGCUGCGAUCCUCUGCGCUGCUUUCUUGCUGCUGCCAUCUUUGGCUGUAAUUGGGGGUGGGAAGAGGUGUGGGCUUUGAGGGAGAUAGGGCAAAGCCUUGUUCUCAUUAAAGUGUGUUCACAGGCCAAGCCAGGCUACUGGACAUGACUCCUUUCCAAACAGCUGUUCCUGUGCCUGCUUCACGACAGUCUGGUUUCUGGAUUUCUGGGCAACUCCCUUGUGGUGUCAUGCCUUUGAAGGGAAUUUAUUGUUUUUCCAGACUUAAUUUCCACUGGAUGUUUUGCGCUGCAUCUCUGAACCAAGAAGGGUGCUGGAGGAGAUGGCUCCUUACUUCCCCACAACAGAGGGACAUUGGGGGCACUUUAAUCCACUGCAGUGAGUGAGGAACACUUUGCAGAGAGCAGUGGAGCAGCUGGGGAAUUUUAGACUCUGGGUUUAAUGGUUCUCCAGAUGGUCACUUGCUUAAAAGUAGGGCAAGCCAGCCCUAUGGUAGCUGACUGGGGUCCUGGGCCAGAGUCCUGCCCUGAAGGCACCAGGGUAAGAAUUGCAGACAAGCAGCUUACAGGGGGAUCAACCUCAUCCUUUUUCAGUCUCUAGAGACUCAGCAAGUGGUGAGGUGGGAUAUCUGGUUCACUUGUCAUCUAAAGGUAAAACUAACACAUUUGCACUUUCUGAACUGAAACACCAUGGGUGGGGGACCUUUUCUGCCCAGCAGGACAGAUCCUUUCCUCCUUACCCUUAGAGGCCCAAAUCUGACAGAUGAGCUGGGUCACCCACCUGUCAGUUGCCCGAUAACAUAGUGACAUCAGGUGAUGCUGUGCUUUGAAGCCCCCAGCUGUUGGGGCUACAAAGCAUAGCAUAGGGAUUUUCAACACACACACACACACACACACUUGUUGUUGUUUAGUCGUUUAGUCGUGUCCGACUCUUCGUGACCCCAUGGACCAGAGCACGCCAGGCACUUCUGUCUUCCACUGCCUCCUGCAGUUUGGUCAAACUCAUGCUGGUAGCUUCGAGAACACUGUCUAACCAUCUUGUCCUCUGUUGUCCCCUUCUCCUUGUGCCCUCCAUCUUUCUCAACAUCAGGGUCUUUUCCAGGGAGUCUUCUCUUCUCAUGAGGUGGCCAAAAUAUUGGAGCCUCAGCUUCAGGAUCUGUCCUUCCAGUGAGCACUCAGGGCUGAUUUCCUUCAGAAUGGAUAGGUUUGAUCUUCUUGCAGUCCAUGGGACUCUCAAGAGUCUCCUCCAGCACCAUAAUUCAAAAGCAUCAAUUCUUCGGCGAUCAGCCUUCUUUAUGGUCCAGCUCUCACUUUCAUACAUCACUAACACACACUCCAUGGACAAAGACAACACACGCACACACCUCUAAAUGUCUGGGUAGUGGAGGUUUAAAAGGCAGCAUGUGGUUGUUUGCAAAAGGACUUUCAAGCAGCCCUGCACUCUGCAGCCAAAUGAUUUAUCAGCUUUCCGUGGUACAAUGUGAAAUUUCCUAGUGGUCUUAAGUACUCUGCUUCUUUGUCGUGUGUUUGAACUUCUGUCGUUUUUAUUGUAUUCCUUUGUUUAACUUACUCUGAUAAAAAUGAUAAAAUGAAUAAUAACCUGGAAUUAGCAGUGAGGGCUUGCCAUCCCACCACGAGCCCUUUAGAAUGUAAAAGUUGUCAGUUAAAGAUUCCAGGUCUGGUAUUUCUGCUGGUCUCAGUGCCCUUAAAGUCUUGAUGUCUGCUUCGUUCUUGCUCCCCCUCCCUGCACACAUUCCCCUCCUUUUUUCAUUUAAGCAUCUUAAUAGGAAACACAUUUUUCUUCCUUUUCUGGUGUUCCCAACUAGAAACCUCAGACUGCCGGGCAAAGGUGAGAACUUUCAGCAAUAAACCUGGGGCGACUCUCUCCCUUUUGACGGCCACAACUUGUGCUUUUCAGCAGAGAGUGGCCCUUGUUUUAUCUGACAAGUUCACUUAGACGGGAAUUCCCCCUCUCCCUCGCCAGCCCCACUCCCUGCCCCACCGUCUGCAACUUCAGCCAUGUAGGCUGUCUGUCUGAUCGCUGGGUCUUGGGGCACUGGGCUGGCUGGCUGGCUGGCUGAUGCUGGUCGUACUGAACAUCGAAAUCUGGAUCCGUUUCCAACCAGAAGCCAGAAAACGUGUCAGGCAUGAAUUAGUUCCCUCGCUGAGAUAUUUGAGAGGAACAAAUUAAAAGCGAAACGAAACACCAACUGAAAACCAAGGAUAAGGGGGUGGGUGAGAAGUUUGGUUUGGUUUGUAUUUUAGUGUGAACCAACCUAAAUAAAUCACAUGUUCUCCGCGAACCAAAAUGCAGCAGUUCCUUGGAAUUUGCACCUCUCUGAUGGUUCUUGAUGUGAUUCUCCAAACAAGUAAUGUGCACAAAAAUUUGUAUUGUAAGAAGGAACGUGCAUAAAAAGGCCAGCAUUUGUGAAAAUAGCAUUAAGGGAAAUUGCUUGCAAAUGUGUUUCCGUUAGGAGACCUUGGCACUCAAAUGAGGAUUAGGCAAAUUCAUGGCGGAGGAGAGGACUGUUGACGGCAUCACUGCCUCCACUGUGAGAGGCAGCAAUGCUCCUGAAUACCACUUGCUGGAAGCCACAGGAGGGGAGAGUUGCUAUUUUGCAUUGAAUCCUGCUUGCACGCUUCCCCUAAUGGGCAUCGUAUGGGCAUGAUGGGAAUCACAUGCCGCUUGGCAUGUGAGGAGUGGAGAAUCUGAGAUUAACAAUGCCAUCCUGCAUAAAGCUAAUCAGAAGGAAACCCCAUGAGUUUAAUGGAAUUUACCCCUGUUGAAGAAUCAGUGGAAACUGAUUUCAUCUCAAAUUACCAGGUCAGUUUCAUGAAUUUUUAGUUGAAUCACUGUUUCCCAACCUUAGCUGUAUCUAAGUUCUACUCAGAUCAAACCCACUGAAAUUAAUAAACCUAAAUGAGUCAUGUCCAUUCAUGCCAGGGGGGGUCUACUCUGAGUAUGACCAACGUUGGAUACAACCCAUAGAUAGAUAAUAUAAAUACUUAACAGUAGUUUUGGUAUGUGUCAUAUCGUAAAAGGUAUUCCCAGUUCUCUCACACUUGGCCGAAUGGGGGAAAUGCCUCUUCUCUAACAUGGGGGAUUAUUGUCAAAAUUAUUGUCUCGUUUAUAUUCAGACAGGGAGAUUUAAUUGGCUAGAUACUUUGAACUGAUUUACGGCCUUCAUUUAUAGACUAUGGCAACUAGUCAUAGAUAGUGCUCCAUCAAGAUUAGAAGUGAUCCCUGAUGUUGAUCUCUGAUUAUGAUGAUCCACUUUCCAGAACACCUGCUGAUUUUCCUUUUGAGAUAAUGAACGUUAGGAAUUCUUUAGCUGUGAUUUUCUGCAUUGCCGGGGGUUCGACUAGAUGAUCCUUGGGGUGAUUCUUCCAGCUCUACAAUUCAAUUAUCCUAAUUGCAGAAGGGAACUAGGAAACCAUUUGUUUCUCCUUCCUUUCUCUGCACAGAUCCCUUCUAAGCAAAUAAUUUGAUCUUGAAUACUUAACUGCAACAUUUCUCUACCCUACCCCCAUCCAAAAUACAGGUUUUUCCCCUACACAUUUUUUUAAAAAAUACCCAUUUUUGCACAGGCUAAACCUCUUCUUGUCCUUUAUUUUUUUCCUUCCAGGUAGUUCCUUGCUGUCUUAUAACACACAAGCCCACACGGAACAAUCCUCUCGACUCAAUGCCAAAGAAGGUGAGUUCCUUCUUCUGGAUCCUGAUCAUUUGUCUGAGACUGUUUUGCUGUAAAAAGCACCAAACUAGGAGCUCAGUUUGGAAAUGUGCAGAAUCUGCUUCCUUGUCUUUUCACCCAGAGGCUGGGGAGGAUGCUUUCCCUUUCUUCCCCAUUGUCUAAAGCAGAUGUGAGGAACCUUUGACCCUCCAGAAGCUGCUGAACUACGACUGCCAUCAACCCUGGCCAUUGGCCAUGCAUGCUGGGGCUGAUGGGAGUUGCAGUCCAGCAACUUGCUGGCGUUAGGAGCGGUUCAACAGCAGAGUGAACUCCCUCAGGAGAUUAUGGACUCUCCCUCACUGGAGAAUUUAAGGCAGAGGUUGGAUGGGCAUCAAUCAUGGGUGGUUUAGUUGAGAUUCCAGCCUUGUAAGAGGAUGACUCUUGAGGUUCCUUCCAACAUAACAUAUUUUGUUAUGUGCAAAUGGCUUUAAAUACCUAUUAGGUCCAUAAAUUACCAUAUAGCAUAUAUUCAACAACGAAAACAGCGAAAAUUCGUUGUUGUUGACAAAGGACAGCUGGACAUAAAAAGGGCCCCAUUACCUUCAGUAGCUGAGGGCCUCAUCAAGCCUAAAUCCGGCCCUGUUCAUGGCCUUCCGGUAGAGGCCCCCAUCCAUGCUAGGCAGCCCCUGGACCUUCCCUCCUCCAUGGCCUCCUCUCUCCUUCUCUAUGUCUGCAUCACUGCCAAGCCGAAGCUCAGCAAAGGUCCAAAGCAGGUCUGCAGCACUUCUUUAGGGGUUGGGUUUCCUCAUCAUGUUAAGAGGGGUGCAGGAUGUGCAAUAUCUGAGCCAACCCUUGUGAGUGUAUGUGUGUGAAGGCUUUGACCAUAGCAUUGUGGAGGCAGGAGGUGAGCAGAUGGAAAGUUUAAAGUGUGUGCAUCCCAGAGGCUGAUCUUGGUCUUUGGAUGUGUACUGCAUUGUCUUGGCCCUCCUGGCUUGCCGUACCAGGAACUGAGUCAGCAAUCGGGCAUCGUGCUUCCAGCUCUGCAAUAAAGCUCUACACACACACAGCCGCCCCUGAAAUUAACUGCUUUUGGAAAAGUUCUUCUGGUUAUCCAUCUUUUGUGCAGCCUCCUCUUCAUGAUACCAGAGGUUGCCACCCAUCCCUAGAAAAAACAGGAUUGCCCCAUUUUUGGACAAAAGUCUUCCCUGUCCCAUUUGGACUUCAAACACAAUCCCCGUAUUUCAGCUCAGCUGGCCCAAAAUGGCGGCUGUGUCGCUGUUGGUGCGGUUGAUGAGGAGCCUGGCCCGGUGCAAGCGACAAUAGAGAGGGGGAAGGAACAACUCCCUCUCUCAUCCUCUCCUUUGUUCCAUUUCACUGGUGCUCCACAUCAGCCACUGCCUGUUGGUCUAGCAUGGUGCAAGUCUGCUUGGCUCCCUCCGCCACCCAACCUGACCUCCCCUCCUACCUCCUCUGAAAUUUGUGAGGCAGUUCUCUGCCCCAAAAGGAUGCUAUAUCUAUAUCUAUCUAUCUAUCUGUCUAUCUAUCUAUCAUCUAUCUAUCAUCUGUCUAUCAUCUAUCUAUCAUCUGUCUAUCAUCUAUCUAUAUCUAUCUAUCAUCUAUCUAUCUAUAUCUAUCUAUCAUCUAUCUAUCUAUCUAUCUAUCUAUCUAUCUAUCUAUCUAAUCUAUCAUCUAUUAUCUAUCUAUCAUCUAUCUAUCUAUCUAUCUAUCUAUCUAUCUAUCUAAUCUAUCAUCUAAUAAUAAUAAGUAGAGUUGAUUGGGGAACUGCAGAAAUGGGCCCAAAUUGGAUACAAAAGUUUGCAUACAGGGAAAAAAACCCCAGAAACAUUUGUGCAGAUUUGUACAGGAAAAAUUGCAAACGGAUGUGGAAACGAGGCAGAUUAAAUUUAAGCCUGGAAAAAAUGAGGGGCACCGAAAUAGACAGAUUUGCCCAUUUUCCUUAAUGCAAAAAUAUUUCUUGCAUAUCUGGGGAGGGGGGAGGGGCAGGUUUUUCCGCACAAAAGCACCAAACCCACGUUAAUCCUGCAACUUGAAUUUUGGCAAUAUGCAAUCUGAAUCCUACCCACUAAACAAUGACUGUCUGGGAGAGCCCUUACUUUCAGAUAAGUGUGCCCCAUGGGAUUGCAGUGCUCUAGAUCCAUGGAGAAAAUGUCCUGUGGAUCGCUCAAAUGUUGAAACCAGACGACUUUGGACGUCUGAUUGUCUAGAGGCCAACAAGCGAAGAAUCCUCCUUAUGACUUUCCAGGCACGGCACCCACCAGAGCCUGCUUGUUCUCUGACAAGGGGGGUGGGGCGGUGUCUGGAUUUUAGCUAAUUCAUGCCUUUGCAACUGUCUGUUUCAGCACAAAGCCCACAUUUUAUAUAAAAAUCCCUUCUGCAAAGUGUUGUGUCUCGUGGUACUUCCACAUUCCCACAUCCUGCAGCCGCUGAGUCCAUUUCCCUUAGCAAUCACUUAAUCUAAAUCCCAGCUUCAUCCUGGCUUUAUAAGCCUAACCCUCCCCACCUACAGAAAAAAGAAGACGCAAGCAGCGUAUCUGUUUCAGUUUAAGCUCUGCCAACAUCUCCUGUGUGCUGACGGUUGAUGGGUUUGGCUCUAGGAGAUUUUGGGGGAGGGAAAAGGGCCAGGUCUUUUUAUAACUUGAUGUUUCAUUGAUUACAACUUCCUUUUUUAGAUGUGUUUUUCAUAUUUACAGCCAUAACAGCAUAUAAAACGAUGAUAUAAUAAUCAAGAUCAAAGCAAUGCAAUUCAAUAUCACAAUUUUAAUUUAUUACCUGCCAUUCUCCCUAAGGUCCCAGGGUGCAACCAUUUAAUAAAGAGCUUAAGAAUUUAAAAGAUGCAACCACCCAAAAUAGAGUGGGUCCUGAAAAUAUACGUCUUAGGUGUCAAAAGCCAGGGUAAAGAGCUGUGUCUUCAGUAUCCUCUGGAUGAUAUAUAGUUAAGUUGCCAAAUGUAUCUCUUUGGGAGGGAGUUUUACCACUUUGGGGCUGCCACAGAGAAGGCCCUGUCCUGGGCCUCACAUGCAGGUCCUGCAAUAUAAUAUAUAACUGAGUGCUAAAAAGGGGAGAUAGAUCUAGUACAUAAGGGAAAACUACAACUGGCCUACACACGCAUUUUAGGAACUACAAAUCUGCAAUUUGACUAAAAGAAGUGGAGCAACCAGCUGCGAAAUAUUUCAGUUCAGAGAAGUGCAGCCUGUUGGAUUGAUCAAUAUUGCUGUAGAGAUGACAACAACACAAGCAUAGAGGGAGAACCUCUGGAUGUGUAUACAGGACAUGUCAGCAUGGCCUCAGGCUGGAGAAUGGUCUCUGCAUCAUGGACGAUGUCCUCAAAUCUCCUCAACUGACACUUUGGAAACAGUGUCGUUUCCUUUUUAUCAGAGCAGUUGAUAAACACGGAAGCCAAAACCUCUCACCACAUACAUUUUUCUAUAAAAAGCUCCGUUUUGUUAAUCAGAGUAACAUAGAUAUUAUUUUAGUGUUUAACUGGAUUCUAAAAGGAACCCCAAGCAAGCUUGUCUGAAGUGCUUGGUGUGGGCUCUUUUGAGCUCAGGUGUGCUUACUGCUGCCUGCGUAGGUUCUACUUGUAAAAAAAAAAAAAAAGGUGCAUUGAGCAUUAACAAAAGAUCUUCAGCCAACUGAAAUGCAACCUUUGGCUUUUAAUUAGAAAUGCAAACCCUCUUGCAAAGAAAGCUUAGCAUUAAGUUUGCUAGCAUGAACUGGGAACCCCACUGAAGAAAAGGAAAGAAGGACCCAGCCUCUACUUAAUUAUUUCCCUGAUUCUCCCAAGUUCAAUUUUUUUUGAAAGCCUCCUUACUUUGUUUAUUUAUAUGAAUAUAUAUGUACCACCCUUCAUCUUAUGAUUGCAGAAAUAAAACUAGUGCAGACUUAAUAAAACCCUCACCUCUGUCAUUAGCCGGAGCAAGAAGGGUCUGUCUAGGAGCCCAAUACCCUGGCAGAUGACAUCACCCGCCCUGCUCAUAAAAAGCUCUGCUCCUCUAUCUUUGCCCUCCCCUACUUGUAGAGCUUUCAAUGCAUGUUACAGAAAAGCCAAGGCUCUGAAAUGGGACUGCAAUUUUCCACAACCAGGAAGACAAAAAGACAGGCAGGAGGCAAUGAAAGCAACAAGAAUGCAAAAAGGAGUACCUGCCAGGUACCAGCUAUCAGGGACAAGAGGCCUGUGGGUUGUUUGUUUGUUUUUAGAUCACCUGCUUCAGAGAUUUGCAUAAGCUGCUUCAGAAAGCCUUAAGAUUGCUCCUGGAGGAGGGACUGCUUCGAGCUUCACAUUAAACCAACCUUCCCUGACAUCUUAGGAGUUGAUGGAAGUUGUGGUCCAAAAUUCUCUAGAGGGCACUCAAGCCUGUGAUGGCUGCAAUGAAUGCAUGCAAUUCCAACAUUUCUCCGAUGAAAAUAGGGACAUCCUAAGGAAAGGUGGGGACGUGGAUGGUGCUGUGGGUUAAACCACAGAGCCUAGGACUUGCUGAUCAGAAGGUCGGCGGUUUGAAUCCCUGCGACGGGGUGAGCUCCCAUUGCUCGGUCCCUGCUCCUGUCAACCUAGCAGUUCAAAAGCACAUCAAAGUGCAAGUAGAUAAAUAGGUACCGCUCUGGCAGGAAGGUAAACGGCGUUUCCGUGCGCUGCUCUGGUUCGCCAGAAGUGGCUUAGUCAUGCUGGCCACAUGACCUGGAAGCUGUACGCCGACUCCCUCGGCCAAUAAAGCGAGAUGAGCACCGCAACCCCAGAGUCGGCCACGACUAUACCUAACGGUCAGGGGUCCCUUUACCUUUUAAGGAAAGGUGGGACUUUCCUGGAUCAAAUCAGAAACUGGGAUGGGUUCUGUAAACAGGGACACUUGGAGGGUCUGUGGACCUAAACCUUGAUAGCUGGCGCUGAUGAGGACUAGUUUCUUCUUUUUGCAUUCUUCUGAGUCCCCACUCCCCACAUCAUUACCGGCUGCAAUGAGCAGCGGGGCGUGAUUUUGCAGGUUGUGACGAUGCACUCCCUGAAGAGGUAAAGAUGAGCGUAGGCCUUGUGGCAGAGCAGUGGGAGAUCAUCAUGAGGGUGUCUGCUUGGGGUGACACCCUUGUGUUUCCUGCUCUGUGUGGUUUUGGCCUCAGCAGAGGAUGUUAUCUGAUUCUGCUGCUGAGCCUUUUAACCUCAGCCGCCACCUGCCUCGCAGGCAGAGAGAAGCAGUACGCAAACAUUGUGUGUGUGUGUGAAUACGGCACCCUGCAGGUGCUGCCAUUGUCUCCGCAGCAGCCGCCCACUUGAGCGCCCUGUGCCCUCCUCGCCCUCCUCUGAGCAGCCCGGCUGCAAGGUGGCAACAAAGCUCACCACGCUUGCCUCCAGCUCCUUCUCUGGGUGAAUGGGUAUCUGUUUGAAAAUAAUAACAAAAGCUUGUUUGGACGAAGCAAACAAGGAGAGCCCAGAGCCUCUAUCUGAAAGCGGGGAGUGCACACAAACCCAUCAACCUCACUGAGAGAGCUGAGCCUCAUUCCUUUCUGGACCCCUUGGGGGACAGGUGCUGCGACUGUAAACACAGGAAGGCAAGCAGAGAGAGACAGAGAGAGACAGAGAGAGCGCGCUCAGGCUGCAAAAGUAACCCUUCUGGGUUUUGUGCGGUUUUGUUGAAUCUGGCGUAACUUCUGUCGCUCGAGAGCAGCCCUGUGUUCAUUUUCAAAAGGCAACCUGGCUAGAUAUCUUUUUGUACAGAGCAUGCAAGAGGCUGUGUUUUAUUUGGUGUCUGGCCUUCACGCCGUUAAUGUACAGGGGUGCUUUCCUCAUUUGUCUGUCUCUAAAUAAAAAUAAAAAAGGAUCAGAGUAGAAUGAAGAAGAAACAAAUGCCCACAAAAAUCCCAAGAAAAAGAAAAGGUCUCCUGAGAAUCUGUUGGAAAGUAGCACAGGGAAAUGCUGUCUUCCCCCACCCCUCUUUAUUAGAUUAAGGGCAGAAUAAUUUAUAAUUCAAACAACAAUCACAACUUGACUGUCAGUUCUUGAAAUUAAGACUUCCAGAAUGCAGCAAAUGGAUCCCAUAUUUGCUCAAACUGGUUUGAAAAAUUUGGAUUUUCCCCAAGCGCGCUUAUCUUGUGCAAGUACAUGAUGUUCUAAGUUUAGUGUGGCGUAAGGAGAGCUUUUUCUGGACUAGAGAGUGUAUUAUGCGAUGCAGGAAGUCAGGAGUAGCCAACCUGGUGCUCUCCAGAUAUUCUUGGGUUCCAACUCCCAUCAAUUCCAGCUAGCAUGCCCAGUGGUUAGAGAUGUUUUGUGGGCUUUUUUUUUGCUAUUGCUAUUCCAGUUGUUUUAUCCAAAAAAAAAGGGUCUCAAAGGUCUCGAGAUAAAAUAUAGAUUAAAAAAAAAUUUAAAAACCACAUUUAAAAAAGUGUGAAGUACAGCAUUCCCAAAACCAAAGGGCUAGCUGAAAAAAACAUCUUAGUCUGGUGCCUAAGAAUGGACAAGGAUGGCACUAGGCACAUUUCCCCAGGGAGAGCAUGUCUCCAUGCGGACAUCCUCCACCCUUCCUUUGGAAGAGACACACUGUAAAGGACAUCUGAUAAAGAUUAUGGGGCCUGGGCUUGUUUCCACGGGAUGAUGGGAAUUGUAGUCGAGCAACAAUCCAAAGGGCACUCCGGAAUUAAGUGAUAUUGCCUACUGGGACUUGAGAUGCACCACAGGUUAAAAGGGGAUUUUACACACUGUGGAGCCAAAAGACCAUGAAACUCAUGGCCAGCAUUUCAGGGGUUGUGUUUAUUUGCACAGUAUAACUGGGGAACAGAAAUGACUGCUAAAUUAGGAGAUUUCUCUCUCUCUCUCUCUCUCUCUCUCUCUCUCUCUCUCUCUCACACACACACACACACACACACAUGCCUCCCCCCAACAACAAUUAGCUUGGCUGCCACCUUAGUCGGUAAGUAUGCUAUCAUACCCUCCAAGAUUUCUCCAAGGAAAAUAGGGAUGCCCAAAGGAAAAGCAGGACAUUCCAGGAUCAAAUCAGAAACUGGGAUGGCUUUUGCAAAUCCAGGACUGUCCCUGGAAAAUAGGGACACUUGGAGGAGCUGUGCUAUGCAUUCCUUGCUGGUGUUAAUUGGCUUUUAAUCAGCAUUCAUGGUUAGGAGCCAAGCCACUAAGCAAGAGAGCAGAUUGCUCCUAACAGUAUCACAGGCGGUUGUGGUUUUGCCGGGGAACAUGUUCAGGUUGUCUCUGGCUCCCUCCACAACAGUCUGCCUUGUGGUUCGUGUGGCAGGUUCCUUUGGGAUCAAGCCCAGCCUCCUCUGGACAUUGGCUGAGGUUCCCCGUUAGCAAGCAUCCCAACCGUACAAAUGUACGGGGUUUCGCGUCCUUGGUACAAAUUGUCUUCAGCUGCCUUGGAGACCUGAGUGGUCCUAAUGAGAAUCAUCAGGCUUUCCUGGCCAAGGAACAAUUUUAUUGCAAACGAAAUGAGGCUCCUCUCAUCACUAAGUGGAACGAUUUGGGCCUCUCUGCUUGUUUUGUUUUAAUGGGAAAGAGUCUGUUUCGGUUUCCAUGACUUGGCAGACCAGGUCAGAUAUUGCAGGCCCAUAAGGAAAAUGGAAAAGAUCACAAGGUAGCUUAUGUACAGGCAAGGUAGCAUCCUCAGAACACCGUUCGCGUUUUGCCAAACCCAGAUUUCAAUAUGUCAGUGCAAAACGGCAUGGCUUAUGUAAGGAGUGGCUAAAUCUUUUGAGGCUGAGGCCUUGACCCUCAGUCAACAUUCUUAGGGCCACUCAUCAAAGUGGGUGUGGCCAAUGGGGGUGUGGCAAGAACUUUAGAAUUCUCAGGUCUUCUUCUUUGUCCAUUAGCUGUUCAGCGCCAUUUUAAAUCCUUAUUUUUAUCAUCCAUCGUUCAAUUCAGCAAAAAGCAGUGACAACAAUUUAAAAGGACAAAUGUAAGGGGUGAGCACAGAAGACAUGGAAACCUUUUGGCAUCGCAGCGGUGAGCACACAGGAAUGGUCAGGAAUGUUGCUUUUUAAAAGGGGAAAUUACAUUUUUGUUUUUAAAAGGCCAGAUUUUGGUGAGGGGCUUUGGAGUCCGCAAAAAGCUUUUGGCAACAGUUUUUAAAAUGGGAAAAAAAUGGUGUGUGGGGGGGGUUGAAGACACAAAAAACCAACAGAGGACCUGUGGUGGAGGCAGAGGCCCCAGACCAGUUGCCACCGUGGCACCGGAGAACUGGAGCUAAGGCAGCGGGUGGUGGUGGCAGGCAGAGAAUGGGCACCCACAGUGAAAACUUUGUGGGUACCCAGGGCCCCCUGGAGAUGGCGCCAGUGCCUUUUGGUAAAAUGGCAUAACAAUAGGGGAACCACAGAUGGUGUUUGUGUGUGUGAGUGUUUUAUUUUAGUUUUUAAUUUGUUUAUUUAUCUAAGAAAGGACAUACAGUUAAGUAGCAUGCAAUAUAAGAAAGAAAAGAGACAGACAGACAGACAGACAACACAACCAAAUGAAAAUUAAACAUACACACAAAAUGCAAAUUUGAGUUGUUUCGUUCAUUAUCCCUGAAGAUAAUUAUUAUUGGCGUUGGGAUUGGGAUGGGGGCAGUAAUGCCUCUCUGCCCCGCUAAAUUUUAUAGUUUUUACUUAUUUAUUUGUAUCCUUGUAAAUAGCUUAGAGAACAUUGUAAUUAAGUGGCACAUACCUUGUUUGAAUGAACGAACGAAUGAAUGAAUAAUUCUAUGACCUUGAUGGCUUUGAUGUCCCAGUCUAAUGCAAAGCAGGCACUCAUGUACCCCUCUGCGGUAAAAAUGCACAAACAGGACACAUUUCUAUUCAGAUUAUUGUAAUUCUCUAUAGAUUUGUCUAUAAAUCAGCACGUGCAUGUUUGUGCAAACCAGUGUCCUCUUUUUCCUCAGUGUGUUUCCUCUUUUUUUGUGUGUGGGCAGGGUGGAGGGAGUUGCAGUGUGCAAGUGGUUAGCCUAUUGCAGAUAGUGGGCAGACACCCCCACUCCUGUUCCAACGAGGAUGGCAGUCAGGGCAAUGAGUUAAAAAAACCCCCACAACCUUCCCCACAUGUGAGGUCCAAAUCUGUUCUUCCCUCCAAACACACACACACACACACAGAGAGAGAGAGGGGGGGGCACACAUACACACACACACACACACACACGACAAUUUAAUUAAAACAGCAACAGCUAUGCAACGCUAAAAACUCUUUAACAAAUAGCACCUCUCGCUGCUUAAAGACCUCCAAAGAAGGAGACCUUGUGGGGGGCUGGACUAUAUAUUUUUGCCCCACAAAUAACCCAGAAAUGCAUUUUAAAUAAAAGGACACAUUCUACUCAUGUAAAAACACGCUGAUUCCCAGACCAUCUGCGGGCCGGAUUUAGAAGGCGAUUGGGCCGCAUCUGGCCCCUGGCGGGGCCUUAGGUUGCCUACCCAUGCUCUAUAAAGAGUGAGUUCUAGACCUUUUUCCACAAGGGAAGGAUCACACACCCCCAUAAGUAAUAUAUUGGUUUUUGAAGCAUCUUUUGUGAAUGCAGGAGGCCACCCUGCCAGGAAGACCUUCUGCAGAUAGAAAAACACACCUUUGCUUACCCUGAGAGCCAGUGUGGUGUAAUGGUUAAGAGCGGUAGAUUCGUAAUCUGGGGAACCGGGUUCGCCUCUCCGUUCCUCCACAUGCAGCUGCUGGGUGACCUUGGGCCAGUCACACUUCUUUGAAGUCUCUCAGCCUCACUCACCUCACAGAGUGUUUGUUGUGGGGGAGGAGGGGAAAGGAGAAUGUUAGCCGCUUUGAGAAUCCUUCGGGUAGUGAUAAAGUGGGAUAUCAAAUCCAAACUCUUCUGAGAGAUUUCAUAGAAUUGAAGGGGAACCCCAAGGGUCUUCUGAUUUAGUCCUCUGCAAUGCAGGAAUAUCAACUAAACUAAAGCAUCCAUGAGAGAUGGUCAUUGAACCUCUGCUGAGACUCCACCCCCUCCCAAGGGAGUCCCUUGCACUGUCAAACAGCUCUUCCCUUCAUUACGUUCUUCCUGACAUAUACUGUAGUUGGAAUCUCCUUUCUUUUUAAUCAUCUCUCCCUCUCAGGAACCCUUUGCAUCUUUCCCUCAUUCCCCUUUCCCCCUUUUACUGGCCAAAUCCCUGUCAGGACUUGCAAGGCGCACCAAAAUUUGCUGUUGUCCCCCACCUGCGACCACCACCACGUAUACUUUAUGUUGUUGUUGCUGCUGCUCCUGCAUGGAACUAUAAAGCCGGGAUUCUUUGGUUCCAGGAGAAACAGUAGCUUGCUCUUGGGGGCUUAAAAAAAAACCACCACUGUUUUCCUUUGAAAUUCCAGGGCUGGUGUUGUGUCUGCAUUUCUCCAUGACCCUCUUUGGAGGUAGCCAUGUGCAUUUUUCAGAGAGAGAGAGAGAGAGAGAGAGAGAGAGAGAGAAGGGGGGGGGGGAAGGAGGGGAAGGCAACCCCUCCUGGAAACAAAGCCCUGUUGUCUCUGUGCUGGAGCAGGCCGGAAACACUGCUCACAGGGGAUCCCUGAAGGCCAGGACUGUCCCAGCGCGAGACUCCAGUGCGCUGAAUUCAACCUGACAGCUUGUCUGGAGCACUUUCUAAGUAACCAUUAUCCUUCCUUUGCCCCUUGCUAAAUAAGGGGGCUUCUCUGCCCCCGUCCAUCUCCCUCCCUCCCUCUGCCUUAAGUGCAUGGAGUGCAGUCCUCUGGCACAUGUGUGCAAGGAAUGCGCUGGAGGGGAUACCUUUGCCCCCUUCAGAAAGAUCCCAGACUGAUCCGGGCUUUUUCCUAAGACAAAAAGUUAAUGCGUUUCCUGAUGGUGUGUUUCUACAGACCAACAGUGUGUGUCCAUCUCCAGCUUGCAUUACGCCUGUGCUCAUGCGUAUGAGUGCUGUGUUUCCACACAGUUCUGGCUGCAUGCACAACAUGCAAUUGAAUCCCGUUUCCUCUCCCCUGAGAAUCCUGGGGACUGCAGGUUUUUUUGAAGGGUGCUGGGAAUCAUAGCGCUGGGAAGGGUAAGCUACAGCUCCCCAGCAUUCAUAAGAACAUAGGAAGAAGGCUGCUGGAUCAGGACCAUGGGCGCCUAGGUAGUCCAGCAUCCUGUAGUCACAGGGGCCAACCAGGGGCCCCAAAGGGAAACCCACAAGCAGGAUUCGAACACAAGAGUCCUCUCCUUUCCUGCAGCUUCCAGCAACUGGCAUCCACAAGCAUUGCUGCCUCCAGCUGUGUAGGCAGAGCAUAGCCAUCGUGGCUAGUGGCCAUCGAUAGCCCUCUCCUCCUCCAUGAAUUUGCCUAUUCCUCUUUCAAAGCCGUCUGAGUCGAUAAUCAUCCUUGCCUCCUGUGGGAGGGAGUUCCAUAGUUUAACUUUGCAGAGAGGGAAUGUGCGUCAAAUGAAUGGCACGUCCGCAGCCUCGCCAUGCAGAAACGGAACCAGGGUCGUGUCCUGGUUAAAAGUGUUGGAUGAGGACUUGUUCUUCUAGUCCCCACUCGGCCGUAACGUUCACUGGCUGACCUGAGCUGGUUGCUAUCUUCCCGCCUAGCCUGCCUUAUGAGGCUGUUGUGAGGGUUACGUUGGGGAAGAGGGCACAGAACCACGCAGAUGCACCCUGAGCCGUUUGGAGAAAUAGAUCUUGCAUUUCUAUUUCUGCAAGAGUGUAGAGUCCAAUUCCUGAAAAUCUGUUUGAUUUUAUUUUUUUGCUGGGUGGGGGAAGGCUGACAGCAGCAUUACUUUCACCAGCGGAGUCCCAGGACUUAAACUAGUACAGGGGAACUAACACCAGCACAUCCCUGGCUGAGCCAGGAUGAGGAAGACCCACCUGUUGUGGGGGCACCUAUUCUGAACAUACUCAUCCUGCCAGACCUUGGGCUUGGAUGGUGGUUCAAGUGGGUGGAAUUUUCCCCACCUCUAAAAUCACUUUAAAUUAUUUUAUUUGCAUACGCUGCAACCCCACUCUCAACAUACCUUUCCCUGGGUGACUAACAAUGGAAUAAGCAUAAAAGUGCAUUUUCUUUAAAAAAAAGAAAAUAAUAAAGUUAUUGGCAUAUAGAUGAACACAUCAGGAAGCAACUGUUUAUUCAAGAGACUAGGGGUAGCUGACCCCUAAGCCAGAUCUAGCCGGGCAAGCUGAAAGCUUGAUCACCCCAUUUCAGGUCUGUGGGGCUCCCUCCACGCUGAGAUGGGGAGAGAAAAUGUUUUCUGCCUGCCGGCCCUCCUGGCCCUCCUGAGAGGUUGCUUACUAUCAAUGUGGCCCUCAGGCCAAAGGGGGUCAGCUACCCAUGAAGCAGGCGAUUAAAUCGAAAUAGUUCUACAUGUUAAAAGAUGCUAACAUUAGCUGUUCUUAAAAGCCUGGGAAAACCAGAAAGGCCAAAAGGAAAGUACAGUGGUACCUCGGGUUAAGUACUUAAUUCAUUCCGGAGAUCCGUUCUUAACCUGAAACUGUUCUUAACCUGAAGCACCACUUUAGCUAAUGGGGCCUCCUGCUGCCGCCGUGCCGCCAUCGCGCGAUUUUUGUUCUCAUCCUGAAGCAAAGUUCUUAACCUGAGGUACUAUUUCUGGGUUAACGGAAUCUGUAACCUGAAGCGUAUGUAACCCGAGGUACCACUGUAUUUCUUUAGGCAAGCCGUGAUUUCCAGUGCAUCUUAUACACCAGGGGUGUCCCUGUAAAUGCUGCCAGACUCCAACCCCCAUCAGUCCCAGCCAGCUUGGGCGAGGUCAGUAACGAUGGGAGUUGUAGUCCAGCAGUAUUCAGAGUCCCCCCCCCCCAGGUUCCGCAUCCUGACAAUGUAAAUCAGAAGUAAGCGCCACUGAAAUUCAUGGGACUUACUGAGGCCUGAAGUAUUUUAUAGGCCAAGGUUAGCAGCUGAAGAGGUCCCUGCUCCAAGGAACUUCCAGUCCACAUUUCAGCAGUUGGCUAACUGGGAGGGAAAGCAGCCAAGGAGCGAUUCAAAGCUGAAGCGUCCUUUACAGGAAACACCAGCACAAAGGCGGCAGGCAGAGCUGCUCCCAGAAAUUAUCAAUGAGGCCUAAAUGGUCUGCAAAUCUGAGAGAUCUUUGGAUGAAAGAGUCCGUGACGUUGUAGACAUUGUUUAAUAUCCUUUUUCUCUGGUUUGCAAUAGAGUCUGUGUUCAUUCAAGGACCUUCUGGAUGGAAACCAGAUGGCUGCGAGAUGACGGCUCUUGAAAGCCUCAUAGGAUUUAUAUUGUGCUUUUUAAUUUUGUUGGAAUUGGACACACAUUUGUCAUGGAAGCCGUCACAGAGAUCCUCAUAUCUGCUGAAGCUGGCAGGAUGGCAGCGAGCUACCCCAGAGGGCAGCUCUUUUUUCCUCAACAUUUGCAAAAUAUUGUUACGUGCCACCUCAGUCUCCUACAUCACCCUCCAACACUUCUCUGAUGAAAAUAGGGAUGCCCUAUUCCAUAAGAGGGACACGGGUGGCGCUGUGGGUUAAACCACAGAGCCUAGGACUUGCCAAUCAGAAGGUUGGCGGUUCGAAUCUCCAUGAUGGGGUGAGCUUCCAUUGCUUGGUCCCUGCUCCUGCCAACCUAGCAGUUCGAAAGCUCGUCAAAGUGCAAGUAGAUAAAUAGGUACCGCUCCAGCGGGAAGGUAAUUUCUGUGCGCUGCUCUGGUUCGCCAGAAGUGGCUUAGUCAUGCUGGCCACAUGGCCCAGAAGCUGUACACCGGCUCUCUUGGACAUUAAAGCGAGAUGAGCGCCGCAACCCCAGAGUCGGCCACGACUUGACCUAAUGGUCAGGGGUCCCUUUACUUAUGGGGGACUUCUGGCCCUCCAGAAGUCAUUGAACUACAAUGUCCAUCAUCUCAGGCUGUUUAUUCCAUAAUAAUUAUAAUAAUUUAAAUUAUUUAUAUCCCCCCCCUCAUCUGAGUAGGUUGCCCCAGCCAUUCUGGGUGGCUUUCCAACAUAUAGAUGACAGCAUAAUAAAACAUUAAACAUUUAAAGGGCUGCCUUCAGAUGUCUUCUAAAAGUUGUAUCUUAUCUCCUUGGCUCAGGGGUAGCAUAACUCUGUACCUUCCAACAUUUCUCCGAUGAAAAUGGGGACCUCCUAAGGAAAAGCAGGACAUUUUGGGAUCGGAUCAGAAACCAGUACAGCUUCUGUAAAUCUGGGACUGUCCCUGGAAAAUAGGGACACUUGGAGGGUCACCUAGUGGUGAGAGACUGCAGGGAUUCCAGGCGCUUACCUAGGUUUGGUUUCCUUGGAAUGAAGCUCAGCAGAGAUUGUGGUGUCUAUUGGAUAUAUUUCCACACAUAUGGAGGAUGGAGGGGCUCCCAGCAUCAACACCCCAACAGAUACUGCUUCUCCAUUAGUUGCAGCUCUGGAUCCAGCAUAGAGCAAGCAGGUCUCUGGGUCUCCAGCUUCCAGCCUGCUUUUUAAUCAGCUCCCACACACCCUCUCUUUCCCUGCCCCACCCCCCCGCAGCUAGGGGAAGGGGAAGCACCACCCAUUCAUUCUAUGGGCGGGGCGGUAAGGCACAUCCAUUUGUUCUAUGGCACAGAGCAAUUUAUUUCAUUACAGUCAUACCUCGUGUUACGUCCGCUUCAUGUUAUGUUCUUUCAGGCUACGUCCUGCGGCGACCUGGAAGUACCGGAAAGGGUUACUUCCGGGUUUCGCCGCAUGCGCACAAGUGCAAAAUGACAUCACGCACAUGCACAGAAGCAGUGAAUCGCAACCCACGCGUGCGCAGAUGCACCGCUGCAGGUUGCGCUCUUUUCAUGUUGCGAACGGGCCUCCGGAACGGAUCCCAUUCACAACCAGAGGUAUCACUGUACAUUAAUCACGAUGAUUGACUAGUCAGCCACAGCCAUUGCCUAGACAAAGGGGUUGGUUUGGCCAUCUAGUUUUUGUACAUUCAACCCCACCUCCAAAGAUACAAAAUCCCAAUAAUUGGAAGGGACUCGAAGCAUCAUCCAGACUGACCCUACCCCCAACUUCCAUAGCUCAGAGCUGCAUCUCAGUGUUUGGCUGGGGUGGGGGCGGAAAUCCAGCGUCUCCUGCCAACUUUGCCCAACUCAACAGGCUGGCUGCGAGCUCUGUCACAAGAAUGGGAUUGUUUUUGCAAAAUAAAUAAACAGAAACCCCGUGCUCUGGAUUGCUUCCCUGGCUGAGAAUGCCUCAUUGUGUCUGAAACACAUUUUGCAAGGCUCUGGGUUAGGUGGCUGCCGAGUGCUGCGUGGUGCACACAUUGCAUUCAUUUGGCUGAUGGCAGGGGGGUGGGCUUUGGAGCCAGAGAGCCAGAAAAAUGUUGGCUCCCCUGAGCAACUAUUGUCAUUGUCAUUUUGGAAAGAUGUGGAAAUGCACUCAUUAAGUUCCCAGUUGUUGCUGAUUCCAAAAUCCCCAACCCAAAGCUCCUCUGCCUGGGGCCGUGUCUCCCUUGCAGGUUUCAGCUGGAAUCAUAGAAGCACAGAAUGGUAGAAUUUGAAGGUACUCCGAGGGUCAUCUAGUCCAACCCCCUGCAAUCUUUUGUCCAACGUGGGGCUCGAACCCAUGACCUUGAGAUUAAGAGCCUCAUGUGCCACCAACUGAGCCGUCCCAGCUUUUAGCCUCAUUUCUUCUCCAUUCUAGCUGUAGCGUUGGGCCAAUGGGCUGACUCCAUAUAAGGGAGAUUCCCGUGUUUCUAUUGCAGAAUGAUGAGGACUGGGAUCUUGCUUGUUUUUAGGGGAAGGACUGUAGCUCAGUGGUAGAGCAUCUGCUUUGCAUGCAGAAGGUCCCAGGCAUCUCCAGGUACACCUGGUAGAGAUCUGUGCCUGAAGCCCUGGAGAGCCACCGCUGGGCAGUGCAAACAGUACUGAGCUGGAGGGCCCAAUAGGCUGACUCAGUAUAAGGUGGCUUCCUGUGUUCCUAGCGACCUAAUCCCUGGGCGAUGAGACAGUCCCACAACCAUCCCGCAUACACACAAAUACACACAAAUAACUGACGAAACAUGCAUCAUGCAUACAGAUGACUCUGCCUCUGUUUGUCUGUUGUUGUUUUAAAAAAUCCACACCAGCUUCUAGCAUUUAAAAAAACGAAACCAGGAAAAUACCAAGGAAGCUUUCCCUGCGCCAGCUGGAAGAGACAACAACAUGAGGGGUUUUUUCCAUCUGACAAUUUUUGCAGUCUUUGUCAUUCCCAAAAGGAGCAGACAAUAGGAUCUUCUGGCUUUAAUUCGUUUGGGAGAUUAAAGCUGUUCUCCUUCCCAUCCCAUCUCAGGACUGGUUUUAAAACUGCCCUUUCAAGGGUCUCUCAAGUGCCAGGUUCACCAGAUGGCAGGGAUGGGAAUUUGCACUUGUGGCUAAAGGAAAGCGACAGAAAGACAGAAAGUGGUGGGGUUUUUAUUAUUAUUUUUACAAAAAGAACUGAAAAUGAUUGGCAAGGACCAAAAGUUUUCUCAAACUUUCUGGUGGUAGGUUGUCAGUUUCUUCUUCCUUGCAAAGUGUAUUAUUUCACUGACUCAGUGUGAUCACAUCUACUCUGUAUAUUUAAUACAUGAUUAUACAGCUUUUAACAGUCAUGGAGAAUCCUGGGAACUAUAGUUUGCAAAGGGUGCCGGGAACUGUAGCUCCAGGAGGGCAGAACCAUUAAAAAAAAACUACGCUUCCCAGGAUUCUCUGUGAGUGUUAACAGUGGCAUAAAAUUUCUUUAAAUGCACGCCAUGGAGGUGACCUUGGACCAGAGUCUAGUAAACCUGUAGUAUACAGAAGUGCUGUGCAGGCAGCACUGUUGUAGUUUUAAACUUCCAUAAUGCUGUUUUGUUUUGAAAAUAAAAAACCAAUGAGCCACAAAAAUGGGGCAUCUCAUUUGCUGAUGGUAAAAUGUUGGAAGCAUUUAGUUUUUAAAAAUGCUGGUUCUUUUCUUGUUGAGUAAGGCUGUGGCUCGCCCUGUUACUCCUUUUGGUAUUAGGCUUUGGUCCUGUGGAUACUCAUUCAAUAAUAUCUCCCGGUUUCAAAUCCUGUUGAUUCAGAGCUGUUACCCUGAGGCAAAAUUCUUGCUCUCUUGGAACAUGGAAAUUCCAGGAUUUAUUAAUAUUUUUUUUUAGCGGAAUUGCUGGCUGGAAAAGAUCAAAGCCAGCAUGCACACACAUUGAGUAUUCAAAUGAUAGAAUCACGGAAAUGUGGGGUUGGAAGGGAUCCCCAGAGGUCAUCGAGUCCAACCCCAACAUCCUAGGGCUGCUGCAGCUGCCACCAAGAAGCAAAACAAGGCAGUGAGUCAACAAAAAGUGCAAGGGAAGUGGGAGGACUGAGGGAGGGCAGGCAAAUGGUAAGAGAGGUUACGAUUUGGCUUAGGGUUACAUGUCAACAAGUGUAUUCACAUUUUUUAAAAGGUCCCACAGGAAGAUGGUGCCUGUGGUCUAUUUGGCAUGAGCACCCUCUGCAUAUGAAACAGGACACCCCCUGUGUCCGCUUCCUACAUACUGUAUUUUUCGCUCUAUAAGACGCACCAGACCACAAGACGCACCUAGUUUUUGGAGGAGGAAAACAAGAAAAAAAAUAUUCUGAAUCUCAGAAGCCGGAACAGCAAGAGGGAUCGCUGCACAGUGAAAGCAGCAAUCCCUCUUGCUGUUCUGGCUUCUGGGAUAGCUGCACAGCCUGCAUUCACUCCAUAAGACGCACACACAUUUCCCUUUACUUUUUAGGAGGGGAAAAGUGAGUCUUAUAGAGCAAAAAAUACGGUAUUCCUUUCAAGGUGCUAUUGGCUGCGUCCGUUAUUUGCAUGCUGCGUCUCCUGGGCUCAGCUUCACUUUUCAGAUGUCUCAGAGCACCUCACAGCUGCCGAUGGCAAUGCCCGCCUCUCACAUGGGUAGGCUGCAGCAAAUCCAGGACAACAGGAGCGAGGGAUCUGUGGCCCUUAAGAUGCUGUUGGACUCCAACUCCCAUCAGUCCCAGCCAGCAUGUCCAAUGGUCAGGGAAGGCGGGAGUCAUGGCUCAUCAACAUCUCAGAGAGCACUAGCUCACCUCGAUCCCUAGAUUGUAACGAAAGCAAGCACAAAUUUUUGACACCAGCCAUUCUUUUCUCCCGUUCUUGCCUCUGUGCCCUGCUCUAAAUGAAACAUUCGCUUCUUCUUUUUUCCUAGAUGCUUCUUCCUACGAUGCAGUCAGAAGAUCAGGAUGGGGCAAUAGCAUGAACUCCAGCCACAACAACAAAAGUGAGUUGCCGAUGGCCUAGAUGACAACUGGCACAUCCUGUUUAACUUUUUUUAAAAUUGAAUUAAACGCUACAACAAUGGCUAUGUCCACCGACUCUUCUCCUCUCACACAAAAGAAAGAGAGAGUCUUUAACCCACUUUGACCUCAAAAUAAGCAGAGACUUCAGCAGAUUUCUUCAGUUAGGCAUCUCAGCUGUCACUCUCAUCUGUAUCUCGGCUUGAGAACACAAGGUGUUCAGCUGAGAUAUAGAAAGGGAGAGUAGUGCCAUUGGCUCUGUUGAUGUUCAUACCGUGGAGGAAUGGGGUUAAGUGAUGCUGAAGUCCCGACCACCUGUGUUACUGUGUUUUAAUUUUAGUUUAAGCCAUCUCAAGAACUUCCGUUAGUAAACAUGCGUAAAUAUUGGGUUAGAUUCAGACUUGCUUUAUGAAACAUGGGCUUUAUUAAAGGACUCAUGGCAAGUUAGGCAUGACUUCAUUUGACUCCCCCUAUUUUCAGUGGGAGCUCUGUUCAGCUAACUCAUCUAUUUAUUUAUUUAUUUAUUCAUGUAUUUAAAAUAUUUGUAUGCCGUUGUAUCAUAAAAAAAAUCAAAGCAGUUUAUAGCUUUAAAAACAUACACUAAAAACCAUUAAAAAGUUUCAAACAGACAUCAGUUAGCAUUGCAGAAGGGAUGUUUACUUUAGCAUCCCCUCGUAGCACAAAGUUUCUGGGCAGCUUAGAGUCAUAAAACAAUGUAAAUAUAAAAUGAAACAUUUUUAGAAAGCAUUGAAAUCAAAACUAAAUAAAUGCAAGCAGGAUUUAUGACGGGCAGAUCAAGUUUUUGUUUUGUACCCUCUGCUCUGCGGACUUCCGGGGUGGCGCCAUCGGUAAUGGCGGACUCCCUCUGAUCCGGAGGGACCAGCUCCACGGAAAACGGGUCUUUCCCGCUACGGCGAAGCAGGGACCCUUUCAAAAACCACAGGCGGAUGAAGCCUGUGACCAUGGGACUCAGCGGGCACCUUCAGCGCCCCCUAACCCGUAAAGGAACCCAUUUACGGGCUCCGGAGCAAAGAGGGGGAAGUGGCGCGGUGCUGAGAGUCAACUGCUUCUUCCGUGGAGCGAAGCCACACAGCCGUUGCCGGAGAGCGCUGCCUUUUUCCUGGGACAAUUUGGCUUUUAAAACAAUUACCCGUGAGUACUUUAAUUUCGGACAAUUGGACCUUGAAUAAUGACCUGCGAGUAGAAAGGAAAAUUGGACUAAGAAAUUCAUCUCAAUUUGGCACUGAAAUGGGAAGGUCUAAACAGGAAGUCAGCCUUCUGUUUCUUGUAGAUAGAUUAAAGCAAAGACAUGGCAAACUAGAGUUCAGAAAAUCGCUUGUAAAGGAUUAACCUUCAUCAUUUAAAAUUGUUGAACCCCCUUCGGAAGCAGGAGAAGAGGGGGGAUUUUUUUCGGACUGUUUAAACCUGCAGAAAGAGUGUAAAGCAAAGUAAUUUUCCACCGUCUUGAUCCUGGGAGCGGGUGUCAGGACUGACGUUCUUUGGGAAGCUCAUUGACCAGAGACAAACGUUUUUGACAGAUAGUUAAAAGAAGAGAAACAUAGUGAUUCCAUUGUUCUCCUUCGCAUUUUAAAGGAACAAAUAUUGACAAAAUAUCUGAAAAAGGAAACUUUGUUGUUAGAUCUGCCUUUAAAAGAAAAGAACAAAUAGAAGUUCUUCCCCUAGAGGGAGCCUGUGAAACUGUUACUAAAUCUGAAUCGGGGAGCUCUGCAGCUGCAGCAGAUUACGAUCGUGGGAAUAGACUUCUGACCUUGCAGAACAAUGUAUUCAGAAGCCCUGAUGUGUGCUUUCUGCAAAACAAGUGCCCUACUGGAACAGCUACAUGAGAAGACGGACUUGAUGACUGCUGCGAUCGGACAUUUCGGACAGGUAGUGGGUAACUAUAUAGAGCCCACCCAGGAAUUAAAUCAGGAGUGUGCUCUGACAGAUCAGAUGAGGGAAGAGGAUGUUGUUGAACCUCGGGCGCCAGAGAUGGAGGGAGCUGUGGCCCAGCAGGAACAUGAGUUUUUGGAUCUGACAAAUGAACUUGGAAAAAGCCAGAUUUGGAAAGAUAAAGUUUGGUUUGGUUUGGAAAUGGGGGGUUGGAUAGACCCCCCCCUAUGCAGGGAUGUUUGAACUUUUCAAGUCUGGCAAUGGGCCGUGAGAUGUUUGGGGUUGUGGGGGCUCUUAAUUCUGGAGGGACUUGAAACAUGUUUUUAAAUACCACAUGGAGUUUAGUGUGGAGCAUGGAAAAGGGAUUGAUUUGUUGAGAAGGGUCAAAAACACUGUUAAGUUGGAGUUCCCACGAGUGAAAGGAGCAGGAGACAAAGUAAAGUACAGGUAUAAAUAUGAAGAAGAGCCACGGGAGGGACAUGGAAGAGACUUAAGGGCCUCGGACAUAAGAUUACCAGGUUAAUGCGCUAGAUUGAUGGGAUAGAAAGGACUGACAAAACCCGGGACCAGGAGGAAGAGACGCUGGAUGAAGAUUGGAAGAAUUUUUUUUUUAUUAGGAUUGUUUUAUAAAAUUGAUGAAUGUUAGAAAAAUGUUGGAACAAAAUUAUUUGGCUCUAGCAAAAAUGUUAAAAGAAUUAUGUAAGAAUAUGUUAUGGUUAUGAGAAAUUGGUAUAAAUAAGAUCUAAGUUUUAAGUUUUAAGGUCUUUUAUAGUAAGAUAAGGUUAAAAUAGAUUAAGGUAAUGUAAUGACAGAAUAUUAUGAAAAAUGGAAAGGAUUUGCUGUGACUAUUAAUAACUAGGAUACAAAAAAAGGGAGGAGUGAGGAGGUCAAAGAAAGAAGGUAAUGACAGUCAAGCAUAUGAGAAUAUUGGAUUUGUUUUUAAAUUUUUGUGGCUUAUUUUUGCUUUUUGAUUGUGUUCUGUUACGUGCUUAGUUCUUAUUUUUUGAUUUUGAUUUUUAUCAAUUUGUAUUGUUUGAUUGUGGUUUGUUUUUCUUUUGUUUUUUCUCUUUCUUUUUCUUCUUUGUUUUUUCUGUAACUUUAAAACUCUUAAUAAAUAUCAUUUAAAAACAAACAAACAAGUUUUUGUUUUGUACCACCUAAUCUGUAAAUUCACCAAAAGCCCGCAUAAGACUCUCUAUGCUGUGAUCGUUGACUUCUCCUCAGCCUUUGAUUUAAUAGAUAGGGGACAGCUGUGGAACAAACUGGCCCAUUCAAAUACAGAUAAAAGACUUCUCUGGCUCACUCAACAAGUACAUCGAGGGAACCUCAUGCAAGUGAGACUGGGCCUUCAAGGCAAUUCCAAUUAACAGAGGUGUCAAGCAAGGAUGUAUACUGGCACCCUUUUUUGAUUUUUGAUCAGGAUGCCAACCAAGACAGAGCACCCACCAUUGCCACCCAUUACUCUACUUGGUACCCCCCAAGUUCAGAUCAAUCACUCAAGGCCCCAUUACCUUGAGACUCUGACCUUCCCACAACUAUGCAGGGCCUUUGUGGAACUAAGAUUUCAACAGAUGCCCAUAGCAUAUUUGGAGGGGAGAUAUCAGGAAAUUCCCCAUAUGGAUUGCAAAUGUAUACAUGGAUGCAAUCUGGCAGAGGACAUCACACACUAUCUGCUGAUUUGCCCCCUGUAUACAACGCCCAGAGGAAAAUUUAUACUGCCAAUUCUUAAAUGGCUUCCAGGUCAAUCUGCACAGGACAUAGCAGUUGAACUCCUAGCAGAUAAACAUCUACAGGUACAUAUUACACACCAGGUAGCCAAAUUUGCACUGGCAGCCAAGAAGCUCCAUUCCAGCUACGUGGCUGCACUCCAAUUUUAAGUUUUAAUGUUGUAAAUUUCUUUUUAUGCUGUAAACUGCUACAGGUUACGUUGUAUGAUUUUAGAUCAGGCAUAGGCAAACUCGGCCCUCCAGAUGUUUUGGGACUACAACUCCCAUCAUCCCUGACCACUGGUCCUGUUAGCUAGGGAUGAUGGGAGUUGUAGUCCCAAAACAUCUGGAGGGCCGAGUUUGCCUAUGCCUGUUUUAGGGGAAAGUUUCCUUUUAUUCUCCAUUGUAAAGGCCUUUGGCUAUAUACAAUAAAAUUGAUUGCCUUAUCAACUAAACAAAUGCAAUGAAAAUAGGACACACAACACCCCUACGAUUAAAAUGCACAGGGUUUUUUGUUUUUGUUGUUUUUAGAGACCCAAAUUAUUGUAGGUUAUCUGGAAGGCCUGCAUAAACAGACCACAAAGAAGAGGACCUUGGAUUGACUGAGUCAAUCUGAGAAUAUUUAGGGGAGUGGGGGGAAGCUAGCAGGACUGUGGGGGUUGAAGGACAGAGCGGCUUUGUGGUGAGGUGGACAGAGUGGCCUGGUGGCAAGGUGGGGCAGGGCAACUGGGAAUUCUUCUCUGGAUUGGAUUUGAAUCCAAACCAGAGAAAAAUCCAGGAGCUGGUAAGGCUCACCUCUUCUCCGAGGCAGGCUUUUUUGAGCUCACAAAGUCUCUUGCUCAGCCUGGCUCAGGAGAACUUCACCAGCAUCACUCAUUGGUGAAAAACACGGACUAUGGCGACAAGGUCUGCCUUCAAAUACUGUAUUACACAGUCUUCUUUUAUUGUGCAUGGAAUCUGUUUCCUUUUUUCUCCUGCGAUCUGAAAUGCUUUCAUUUCUCUGAUACCCCCAGGUCCUCCUCUGGGAGGGACGCAAGCUGUGAGCAAGAGUGUGGAGCAACAGCGACCCCAGCCAGGUACUGGUGUCGAAAGUUUAUUCCCUUAGAAAAAUAUGUAUAUACCCAGCCAGAUGGGUGGAACAUUAUUAUUAUUAUUAUUAUUAUUAUUACUAUUAUUAUUAUCAUUAUACCACUAUGACAUAAGAGUGGUUUUACGCUUACCCAAAUCAUGCCUAUUUGCCUCGUAAUUCAGAAAGUACACAGAGGUGAUGCACACCCUUAAUAAAUAUUCUAUGUAUAACUAUUGGUUACCCAGGAAACGAACAGCAAGCAGGGAUCUCUCAGGUGCUCUUAUGGACAGUGGAAAUAGCAUCCCGUUGAAGCUAACAAUAACAUUGCAGUUUGCAGCUGUGAUAAGUAGUCUUUGGUGCAGAGGACUGAACAGUGUCUAAUUUUCUUUUCCUUUUGUUGGUCUCUUUACUUAGAUCCCUACCAGAUUUUAGGACCUACCAGCAGCCGUUUAGCGAACCCAGGUGAGUCUAGUGGGUCAACAGGUUAAUAGCCCAUGGGCUCAUUCUAUCUCUCCAGUUCUUAGAUCAAUACCUUAUGGCUCUCAUCUCCUGUAUGGGCUGCAGUUCUCACUCUGGGUCCCACCCCCCACCCCGUUCAAUGAAACACUCACCAACUAUUGGGGUCACAUGUUGUUUUAGUUUAAGGUCACUGGCUUUCUGUCCAGGGAGCAUUCCUGUUAGCUGAGACCUUUUUAGGGUGGGGGCCGAGCACAGUAUUCGUUUUGGAGAAAGAAAGAAAGAAAGAAAGAAAGAAAGAAAGAAAGAAAGAAAGAAAGAAAGAAAGAAAGUUUGUUGAAUAUAUAUUGGCUAGCUGGAGUUUUCUAAAUCCAAUGCCAAGAUUCACAAGGCUUGAAAAAUCAUACCCUGAACACAGACAUCCUAACCACAAGGAAUGUCAUUGUUGAAUUCUGAAGGCAGGUAUGGGUGGGUCACAGUUGCAUUGGCAACACAAAAAAUAAAAAAAACCUGUCAGUUUCAUCUGGUCCAAGAAAUAAUAAACCAAUGUAUGGCAUUGACUUGAUGGAUCAGCUUAUACCUCACCACAGCCAGUUUGCUCAUUCACAAAAUAUUAGCUGGAAUUUCUGCAGCUGCUUUGAGCAUGUGAUUACAUUGUAACCAGGCAGAGGGCCUUCUCGGUGGUGGCACCCGCCCUGUGGAAUGCCCUUCCAUCAGAUGUCAAGGAAAUAAACAACUAUCUGACUUUUAGAAGACAUCUGAAAGGCAGCCCUGUUUAGGGAAGUUUUUAAUGAUUGGUGUUUUAUCAUGCUUUUAAUAUUCUGUUGGGAGCCGAAGUAGUGACCAGCCCCCAAGCUCACCCAGGGAGCUUCAUGGCCAAGUUGGGGGAACUGAACCCUGGUCUUUCCUAGAGAUAGAAAGAAGACAAAGUCUCUACCAGAGAAGAAUGGCAGAUGAAGUUGAUGGACUAUGCUGAAAUGGCUAAAGUGACCAGAAGAAUCAGAAAUCAGGAAGGCCAAAAUUUUAAUAAGGAAUGGGGAAAAUUAUAACUGAUCUUAAAGACCAUUGUAAAUCGUUAGUAGUAUUGGAAUAUCACUAGUAGUUUAAGGGUGAAUUCUGGACACAAUGGAGAUGUAAAAGAUUUGGAUUAUCAUAAAAGAUGCGGAAGGAAAUGAUUAAUAACAGGACCUAUAAAGGGGAGGAUGGAAGUCCAGGAGAUUCCUUGGAAUCUUGUUUUCAUGAUAUAUGUUUGAUAUAUCUCUGAAAAUUUUUAAUUUGAAAAACCAAAUAAAUAAUUUUUUAUAUAUUGAAAAAGAACCUUGGUCUUUCCCCGGUCCCAGUCUGGCAUUCUAACCACUGCUCCACUUUGGCAUUGAUCAGUUAUCAGUUGGCAGAUGAUAUUCCCGGCCCCUUGGCUUUGAGGCAUUGUACCUCCUGGUAACUGGGCAUUUUGUGGCCUCUUCUCUUGCAGGGAGCGGUCAGAUCCAGCUCUGGCAGUUCCUCCUGGAGCUGCUGUCUGACAGCUCCAACGCCAGCUGCAUCACGUGGGAAGGCACCAACGGGGAGUUCAAGAUGACGGAUCCCGACGAGGUGGCCAAGCGCUGGGGCGAGCGCAAGAGCAAGCCCAACAUGAACUACGACAAGCUGAGCCGGGCCCUGCGCUACUAUUACGACAAGAACAUUAUGACCAAGGUGCACGGCAAGAGGUAUGCCUACAAGUUUGACUUUCACGGCAUCGCCCAGGCGCUCCAGCCUCACCCCACCGAGUCCUCCAUGUACAAAUAUCCUUCGGAUCUCUCCUAUGUGCCUUCGUACCACGCGCACCAGCAGAAGGUGAACUUUGUGCCUCCACACCCUUCCUCCAUGCCCGUCACUUCCUCCAGUUUCUUUGGCGCCACGUCGCCCUAUUGGACUUCCCCAGCAGGAAGCAUCUACCCCAACCCAAACGUGCCCCGCCAUGCCAACUCCCAUAUGCCAUCGCACCUGGGCAGCUACUACUAGGUGCCUUUCUCCAUGUGACGAGCUGUUCUUUUCCCAUCCGUGGAUAUCUCUGGACAUUUCUUUUCUUGUUGCUGUUGGACAUGUGCCUUUCCGUUGGGAAGAAAGCUGAAAAACUGGAUAUUAUAAUUAUUAUAAUUAUUAUAAUUAUUAUUGGAGUCAACUUUUUCUUUUUUGUAACUCUGUCUUGGACAGGCAGGUGGAUUCUCCGGCGGGCCAGUAUUACGCGUUUUAUUUUGGUUCUAAGCCUUAUAUCCUCUCUAGAGCCAAGUGGAAUGCGUUUCGGAAUUUGCAGUGGUUAUCACUUCAGAUCUUAGACAAAGUGUUGUAAAGUCCAAGGCGCUUAUUUUGUUUUCUUGUUUUUUUGGGAAGGAAAAGACCAAGACCUCUAAGUCUUAGAAGAUAAAUGUUUGUUUGUUCCAGACUAAUGGCGACGACCAGUUUUUUUGUUUUGUUUUGUUUUCCGGUUUGGGGGCGGAAGCAGAAGCAAGCUCCUAUAUUAUAGGACUUUGUUUGGAGACACCCAACUGGAAUCUUAGCUAUGAAGCCAAUUGUGGCUUGUUGCUUUUCACCCAACUGGAAAAAAGAGAGAGAGAGAAAUUAAUAAAUAUAUAUAUUCCUAUAAAUAAAUAUGUAUAUUUUAAGACAAGGGCAUUGAAAGGACCUUUUGAGAAUGUGCAUUGUUGUAUCAGUUUUGUUAAUAUCUCCAGAAGCAUCUGAGACCAAGGGAAAAAGAAGACGUUAUAGUGGAUCAUGGGCAGGUAGUCUUAUGAAUGCAAAAUGGAACUAAUUUAAAUGACAGCGGCUCCCAAGCUUAGGCAGGGUUUCAGGGGCUGCAAGAGCAUAACCGAUUCACGAGCGCUGUGCGUUUGUCAGGCCGCUACUCAGAGGGUCAACCAAGUCAGAAGGCAACUUACUGUAUAAAUUAUGCAGAGUUAUGUUUUUACCUAUAUCUCACAGUAUUAAAAAAGAAAGAUGAAAACUAAAACGAGUUGACCUCGGUCACAAAUGCAGUUGUUGUUGUUUUUUUACUAUCAAAUCCAUUGUUGUUGGUGUUGUUUUUAAAAAUGUAAUUUGUACAUCUUUUCAAUCUGUACAUUUGGGGUGCAGCUUUGUAACUUUUUUUUGCU